AUGAGGCGGCUCGGGGGCGUCCGCCCGCCCCCUCCUCCUCAGCCGCUGUUGCUGCUGCUGCUGGGAGCCCUAUUCUACGUGCGAGGUAAGCGCUUCCGAAGGGACACCCCCCCCCGCGGUUUCCCGCGCUGCUCUCAGCCGCCGUGCGCUGUGAACGAGACGCGGCCGCAGCGCGGGGCACUUGCGUCGGGGAAAGGCUCCUUUCUCUCCUUUGCCUUUCUGCCGUGCGGCGUCCCGCGGUCGAAGUUGCUCCGGGCUUCCCGACAGGCGCUCGGCCCAUGCUCAGGCGCGCUCGUCUCGCUUCACGUUUCGGACCGAGCCCCGACUUGAGCUCUCGCCAGGAAUCCCCGGACUCGGCCAGUGGCGUUUUUCUGGCCCUCAUUGCGGGUGCGCCUGUGUUCUGCUUGUACAGAGCUGCUCCCCUUUUCCUAGACCUGCAGCCCCCUCUGGGCACGUACCUGGGAACAAAUCCCGCUGAACAAAGCAGGACUUUUAAAUAGCACCCAGCGCGAUUAGGUUAGCGUUGCAGGGGACCCCCCCCCCCCUUUUCUUUGCUCCCCGGGGUCCUUGCCCUCGUGGCUGUGGACCAGAGAAACCUCGCAGUCUUCUCUCUCCUCCUCCCUUCCCCCACCCCUUUGUUUCUAAAACUAGAAGUGAUGGCAUCCAAGUUUCGGAGAGUUGGUGUGUCGGAGAGAGUUGCCUGUGUUCACUUGGCAAGGGCAGAAAGAGCACUCUGCACAUGGUACAACAACUUCGCGUAAUGAUUUGCCCCCCCCCCCCGGCCAAAUCCGGCACACCCUGCCCUAGCCGCUGGUGGCGGGGAGGUGCUCUGGGGCAAAGCCUGGCUGAACUCUGGCUCAAAUUAAGCCCGCUCCCUCCACGCGCAGGAGCAGCUGGGUGGAGCGGCGGCGGCUUUGCUCAUUUGCAAGAGGUGCUCGAGUGUUUCUGGCGCCGGCGCGCGGGGCAUCCCGCCGUGCUAACUACCUGCUUUCUUCUUCCCUACUUGGCAUUGUCUUUGUCCCAUCCGUCACACGCACGCCUCGUUCUCCGGCGAUUCCCGUCCUCCUCAGCCUUCGCAGCUCAUAUUGUGUAGAGCAUGCAUCUGUUCGGGCCGCUGAUCGGCUUUCCUGUCCCAGCCCUUCAAAGGUUUCUUCUUGCAACCCAACCGGAUCCCUGCAAAGCCACAGCAAAGGGAUCUCCACUUCCUUCAUGUACUCUUGCCUUGAAACAUGCUUGCUCUCCCCCCAUUCCUCCAAAGGGCAGCCGCCGCUUUUGAUGCACAUACGCCCACCUCCUCCCCUCUGAAGUUGAUCUACUAAAUUUAUCCCUUUAUGUUCACCUCCCCCCCCCCUCUCUCUCCCUCCCUCCCUCCCUCUUUCUGUCUUCCCUGCUGCGGGUGAGUGAGAGACUGUGGCAUUGUUAAAUUCAGUGCUGGAAGGUUGUAUGUGUGCAGGUUAUUUCUAGCCUUCUCUUGCGUGUUGGGACAGCAGCCCUUCCUCAGCAGGAAUGCAGCUGCUCUUCCUACCAGACAAGCCCCUUAAAGGUACAGACCUGCUAGGGUGGAAUCUUAGGCUCCGUUUACUUUCUUUACCCUCAGAUUUUUUGUGGUCUUGGGAGUGCUUUUAUAGUAGUAGUAGUAGUAGUAGUAAUAAAUGCUCAAAGUGAGCACUCGUAAUAAAUGCUAUGUUGGGAGCAGGAAAGCAUGUGAAGAAGAAAACAGCAGCUUGCUCCCUGCCUGUUGCUUGGAAGGAAGACUGUGCAUCUUAAGUGUUUUGCAGUGCUGUAUUUGAAACUGAUGUAGAAAAUGUGUUGUGGUUAGUGGUUCACAGAUGUGUGCUGAGCACAUUAUUGGUGCUCAAUAAACAGUGGCAGAGUAAUAGUAACUGUGUUCUUGGAGUGUGGGGGGGAGAUAUGCUCUGCUGUUUAUUAAUAAGUUGAAGUUGUUGUUUGGGGGGGGAGCAAAGUUUCCCAGAUGUUUGUGGACAAGUUGACAUUUUCUGUAGCAGGAAGUCGGAAGCAUAAAUGCAUCUUCCUCUUCUUUUGGCUGCUGCCUGUGUAAUUUCAUCCACCUGUCUCUCCAGAUGCUGAUUGGGAGUUGCAGGAAGUCUCUGCCUUAGAAGUAUUGGCUCCCAUCAUUCUCACAAGCAUUGGCCUUGGGGCACAAUGAGGUUGUGUUUAGCUUAAACAGUUCCUUUCUGAUCAGAAUGCUGCUUGCGCUCACAUACACCCACUCCCCCUUGCAGUGGCAGGAGCGAUAGUUUGAAAAUGCCGGAUAGAACAGGCGGAACCUUAAUUUAUUUUUAUUGCUAACCGGAGGAGUUUAAAUUUCUCUGGCAAGUUCUGUGAGAGCGUAAAGGAACAAUUUAAAGGCUAGACCACUGCCUAGAUAGAGGAGUGGGUGGGAUUUUAUUUUGGCUCUUACCCAGGUGCUUCUAUUUAAUGUGUCCUGGCAGUUAAUGACUGUUGGGGGGAUGGUUUGCUGUAAAGUGUAGGUCAUUUGUCAUGCUUGCUUGUUAAGUGGCAGUGUGUUGAUGUCUGCAGAAGGCACUUUUAUGCCAGGUUGACUCAGGAAUAGCAACAUCCAUAACUGAGGCUUCAUUCCAGCAUUAUUCUCCUGAGUGUCCCUCUGGGGAAAAGUGCUGGGGUUUAUGCCUGAAUAAACAGUUUAGCACAUUUUCUUCCACAUAUAUGCAUUCUGCUUCAGUUUUUCUACUCACUGAUUUUAGUUUUAUCUCCAUUUGUUCCUGCUUCCUUGAAGUAUGCUAGAUGAAAUAAAAUAAUAAAAAUUAAUUGGGAAAAAUAAUUUAUUCUUAAAUUUAGGAUACUUGCAAGAGCUGGUGCCUCUUUGUUUUUGUGAACAGUAGCUUCAGUGUGAUUGUGAAGACAACUUCAUAUAUUUAAAAGGUUAAUAGAACGAAGGGCACAAGCAAAUAAUUUCAGAUAAGAAACUCUUUCCUGUUUAAUGUUGUGAUACUGUACCGUGCUGUCAGGCUGCACCUUUAUUUGUACGGCAUCUAAGUGUGUGUACACAGGAUAUCUGCUCUCCCUAUUCCUAUUCACAGCUUUUAUGUGGUGUCCCUGUUGUGCUGCGCCAUGCCAGUAUCUGUGGGAAGAUUUAGGUUCUUCAGAAGUGAGGCUACUGUGGCUGUGUGAGACCUGUUGGUUGGCCUUUGUGUGGUGCCAUUUGUUCGUAAUCAAUAAGUUUGUUAACAUUGCAUGCCUUCAUGACUUCCACACCAUGCCCCAUAGUUAUAAUACAGUGGUACCUCGGGUUACAGACGCUUCAGGUUACAGACUCCGCUAACCCAGAAAUAGUACCUCCGGUUAAGAACUUUGCUUCAGGAUGAGAACAGAAAUUGUGCUUCGGAGGCGUGGCAGCAGCAGGAGGCCCCAUUAGCUAAAGAGGUGCUUCAGGUUAAUGAUAGUUUCAGGUUAAGAACGGACCUCCGGAACGAAUUAAGUACUUAACCUGAGGUACCACUGUAUAGCAAUGAUUCAAACAGAGUAUAGCACACAUACUGCUGCAUCUUGUCAAGAAUUUUGAAUGACUGCCCCUUGACCUUAAUUUAAUAGUUAAUCGUAGAGGGAAGUUGGCACUCCAAUCAAAUUUUUAAGAGAGCUGCUUGAACAUAAGCACUUGUGGAAGUUCCAUCCUCUGUCCUGGUAGUUUUUCUCUGUGACAUGCGGUCACUCAGUAUCAUGAAUGUACUAGCAAACUCCCAAUUAUUAUGAUAGGUGAGAUGUUUGUGGAGGAGAGUUUUAAGGACUCCAGAGUGGAAAGGUCAGUGAAGACCAGGUCCAUCCAGGUUCUGGCAUGGAAGACCCAUCUUAACUUCUGUUCAUUGUUGUGCCCAGGUGCAUCCUUUACCUUUUCUCGUAGGAAUUCAUGAAAGCCAUUCAUUUGUGUGGAAGAAAGUACAUUCAUACCUUGGUUGCUGAACAGAAUGCAUUCCAGGAGUCCGUUCGACUCCUGGAACCAUUCAAAAACCAAAGCACGGCUUCCAGUUGGCUGCAGGAGCUUCCUGCAGCCAAUCGGACUCCGCGCCGUACAUUGGGCUUCCAAAAAUCGUUUGAAAACCGGAACACUCACUUCCAGUUUUCGAUCAUUUGGGAGCUGAAACGUUUGGCUACUAAGCCGUUCGAGAUCCAAGGUUAAGUGCAUUCAGAAACAGACACCUUCUGGAAAGGGUGCUAAAUCUGUUUCCUGCACCAUGUGAUUUCAACAAUGGAGAACCCUGCCUGCUUCCAUCUGUGUACUCUCACCAUGGUUUCUGUUUCUUGAUCACACCAGAGUGUGAAAGAAUAUUGGGAACUGGUCUCCUAAUGUUUGAAUCUCUAUAUACUUGUCUGUAUUUAUAGUAUUAUUACCUCCUGUAAUAGUUAACUCGGGUGGUGAGUGCUAACAGGGUUGCAACCAAAAUAAGGACACAGGAAACAAGGAGGAAAGUAUUGGUGUGCCACAGGGAAUACUGAAGUUUUCAGGUGUACAAAAAAUCAUUUUAAAAAGCCCCAAACCUAAGGCGGCAUCUACUUACUCAGCCCCACAAAAACCUGCCGUAUGAAGGCUGAACAUGCUGUGUAGCCACAGAAUGAUGUGUGUUAGUUGGAAAAGAAAAUCUGUAUAUGAAUGGGGGAGGGCCUGACUAGUUGACUGGAACCCUGAACCAGGAGCAUUCCUUCUGGAAAUUGAGGACACAGUGCUAUGUAUGUGUGAGUGAGUGGUACAACAUUGCCAUAUUUGGAGACUGAGACUCUUUUGGCAAGGUUCUCUGAAGUCUUCAGCGGAUAUUCUUCUAAGCCCUGUUACCUAAAAUUUGUUUAAGCAGCUCCUAUCUGGGACCUUCAGCAGCCUAUACAUACCCUUUCCCUAGUGACCCAUAGGAGCAGUUUUGGCCUACCUGUGCUAAAAAGUGGUUGCAAACUUUGGGGGCUCUCCUGAGACUAUUGCAGAUGAUAGAAGAGGAAAGAAACCCUUAAUUUGACGGUAGCUCUUUGCUUCAGCAAGUACUAUGGCAGCUAUCAAAAAGAAGGCUGAUAAGAUAAAAGUUGUUAUGUUGGUCCUGAAGUUCAGAAUGCCAGAUAAUAAAUUUACCAGUGUACAUGUCUGGCUGGUAUGAAUUACCCCUGCCUUUGAUACCUGAGAUACCGUACUUAUUUAUAGGACCCAUCCUAUUCCUGUGACUAUACUUUUUUAAAAAAACUUUUAAUAUUGAAUUUUAAAUUGCUGUAACCCACCCUGGAAUCUGUUGGCAAAGGGUUGGCAAUAAAUUAUGAUCAUGAUGAUGACGAUAUAUGCAGCAAACCAAAUUAAUUGAAGGGUUCUGUUGAUUGAACCCUUUUGAUUUACCCCUUUAAGCAAGAAACAAUGUAGAACAAUGUAGAACACCUAUAUUCCUGCUUUUUCCUCUGAAAGGUCUCUUAGCUCUUUGGACCUCUGGAUUCCCAUUUGACUUUCUUUGCUCACAGAAUUUUUUUCCUGCUUAUUCUACUUUAGAAAUCUAUUAUAGGCAAGCAAAUUUCUCCUGGGCUGAUUGGAGAUGAGUACUUUGAAUUGUACUUAGAAUUUACACCUUACCUUGUACGGACUGAAGUAAUGGAAAAUAAUCUCUGUCUGGGAACUGAAGAAUGUAGUUUGGAGGUUUUUAAGCAGAAGUCUAGUGGUCAUCUGCCACGGAUGCUUUGCUUUGAUUCCUGCAAUGCAGGGGGUUGGACUAGAUGACCCUAGGGGUCUCUUCUGAUUCUAUGAGUAUUGUAUAAUGGAGUACUUCACAGAGGCAAACUUUUCUAAUCUUUAAACCACUUGGUAGACUCUGAAAGGCUACUAUUAGGUCAGUUUGAGUUCACAGUUGUAGCUCCUUUUUAAAGACAGUUUUCCUAAUCCGGAUAAAUUAAAUUAUUCCUGUACCAUCUAGUUUAAGUUUUUAAAGGUUAUUACACGGACAAAGCAUGUGAUCUGUAGUAGACUCAAAAGGUGGGGUGAAAAAAAAUGGUGGGUGUAACAUUCCCAUCAUUUUUAAAUGAAAGGUGUUGCUAGUUUGCUGCAGGGUAAUAAUAGAUAUUUACAAAUAUUUUCAGUCUCAAACAAGUUACACUCCUCAAUAAAAGUAAUACCUAUCUUCUCAGUUAUGCGUUCAAUAGCUUCUCCUCAUCCUCAAAAGGAGGUGGCAAGUAACACAGUUUGUGAAAAUGAGGCAGAAAUGUAAAUAGUUACACUUCUCUUUAUGUUAGAAUGCAGAUUGUCUGGGAUAUUUAUUAUUAUUAUAGUUACUGUUUCUUUACUGACAGGUUUUGUUUGGAAAAAUGCUAUUCUAGGAAGCAAAUAAAAAGGAUUGGGGGAGGAAAACAUGGAAGAAACAGGCCACCAUUUACAAAAACUGCAUGUGUGUGUGUGAUGUACGGUAUAUUAAAAGAGUGUACACACAUAGUAUUAAUGGCGAGGCAGCCUUAUAAUAAGCUUGGGAGAUUGGAUUACUGAAAAGCCCCACCAGCUGAAUCUUGGUAGGAGAUCAAAUAAAUUCUGAGGAGUUUCUCACAAUUUACUUUCCUUAUAUUCCUUUUAAGGGGUGACAACCAUGAGAAACAGAUACAAAUACAGAAAGAUUAAUUGUCUCUAUGUGUUUAUUUAAAACGUUUCAGGUUAUCAGAAUUUUUGUUUUUACUCAUUUAAAGCUAUUGUAGUGUUGCUCUAUCUUUUUUUCUUAUUUCCAUGGAAUACAUAGAGUGCCCUUACUGGUUUUCUCUUUAUGGGCAUUGAAGUAUGAAAAAAAGGUUCCCUUAAUUGAUGUGGGACUGAAACAUACUAAUUAUGGUGCUCUUACAGCAUUCUCUCUCUCUCUCUCUCUCUCUCUCUCUCACACACACACACACACACACACGCUAUAUCCUAUGUAAAAUAACAGACAAUAAUGCAGAUUAUACAGUGGAACAAGUGCUUUAAGACAGAUACAAUAUGAAGCUUUGUAAAAAUCCCUCCGUGAGAUCUCAUGUUUGUGUUUCCAUGCAAUUUUAAAAAAGCUCUUAUUCUUUCUUCUUGCUGUGCAAACCUUUUAGGCAAGUAGAAAAACUUGGCCAUGCAAAAGUCGUGGUUUUGAAGAUUUAACUCUUUGACUGCCACUGCGAUUUCAUUUAUUUAUUUAUUCAUUUAUUUCAUAAAAUUUACAUACUGUUUGACUGUCAAAAUAAUUGAAGUGGUUACAUUGCAAUGUUUUGGUGUCAUUCUCCCCCCCCCCCCCCCCCCCGGUGCAUGCGGAAAUUUUGUAGUGCUUCAAGCGAAAACAAGGACUGGGAAAAUAAAAGCAGUUCAUAGAAGGAUGGCAGGCACCAUUGCUGUAUCUCUGCAUACCUUUUAUUGAGACUGCCACAUUGCCUGCUGAGUAUUUGGUGCCCAUUUUUUAAGUACAGUGGAACCUCUCUUGUCGAACGUAAUCUGUACCGGAAGAACAUUCGACUUCCAAAACGUUCGACAACCGAGGCGCAAAGGGCUGUCGGUAGUUUCCAUUGAGAAAAUGGAAAAACAUGCAGCGGAAGCCGUUUGACCUCCGAGGCAUGUUCAAAAACGGAAGCAUUCACUUCCGGGUUUUUGGCAUUCGGGUUCCGAAAUGUUCGGCUUCCAAGACGCUUGAAAACCAAGGUUCCACUGUAACACAUUCCAUUACCCUGUGCCCAAACAUUUCUGAACAGUUAAAAAAGUAUACUCUGUUAAAUAUUUAUUAUUUUUCUAGUUUGUGAAAAGCCGGAUGCGCAUCUACACAUGCUCAUGCUAGAGUGGUGUUUCUUUUAGGAGUGAAAUACAAUUGGUGUAGAUAAUUUCACCACCAUUGAGUUGUAUGUGACAUGGGGACAUAGCUGCAGUUAGGAACUCCCGCCCUCAUUUUGCCACUUCUCUUGUAUUCUCUUGUAUUAUGUUGUAAGCUGCCCAGAGUGGCUGGGGAAACCCAACUAGAUGGGUGGGAUAUAAAACAAUAAUAUAACAACAACAACAACAACAACAGUGCUGGAACAGAUGCAGAUUGCCUUGCUACUACUAUCUCUCCAGAUAAAUAAUAUCCUGGAUGCAGUCUAAUUUUACAGAGGAAACCAUGAACCUGUUAAUAAAUGUGCCUGCCAAAUACAGAUUAGAUAAACAAAGAUCUUUGCUAAAUCCCCUUUCUAUUGUUGUUUCUGUGGCUGUUCCUUUAAUAUUACUUAAGGAAAUCUUUUCAGGAAUAUGAUAAACCAUUUCCUUUUUGAAAGUGCAUGCCCUUUAAAAAGUAUGCUGCUGGCUUCACCUGAUGGAGGAGCCUUUGAGCUGGGCUUCUCUUGGCAUUCAGCAUGCUCACACUGCAUUAAUUGGCAUACUGUAUUUAGUGGCUGUCUGCAUUUCACACAAAUCAUGACAAAGAACACUAAUUGCAGCUGUUGUCCAUGAAGUUAAUGUGUCUAACGGUUCGGCUUUUACCAUUGAGUUUGCAGUAUCUUUGGUUCACUGACAUGGCUGUUUUGUUAGGUGUCGGUCUUCUAUGGGAUUUUGUUCCCUGUGCUGAGUGUUAGGGAUAUCAGUUUAAUCCAGGGGUAGGCAACCUAAGGCCUGGGGGCCGGAUCCGGCCCAGUCACCUUCUAAAUCCAGCCUGCAGACGGUCUGGGAAUCACUGUGUUUUUACAUGAGUAGAAUGUGUCCUUUUAUUUAAAAUGCACCUCUGGGUUAUUUGUGGGGCCUGCCUGGUGUUUUUACAGGAGUAGAAUGUGUGCUUUUAUUUAAAAUGCAUCUCUGGGUUGUUUGUGGGGCAUAGGAAUUCGUUCACCCCCCCCCAAAAAAAAAUAGUCCGGCCCCCCACAAGGUCUGAGAGACAGUGGACUGGCCCACAGCUGAAAAAGGUUGCUAACCCCUGGUUUAAUCCCUCUUCUCCAUCUCGACAAGAACAGAGUUUGCUAAUAUAGAAAGCGAAAGUAAAGUGUAUUCCCUUCCACUAUCAUUGCUAGAUUGUAAUCCCAGGAAUUAUUGGUCUUGUUUGUUUUGUAUAGAGUUGGUAAGAGCAAAGUAGUGCCCUUUUUGAUUGCUUGCUUGAAUGUGGAUGAGACCAUACUUAGCUGUUCCUCCAGCAUUUCCUUUGGAGUGGUGAGAUGAUCUAUUUCAUACAUGGGUAUGAAAUACAUAGGUAAAGGUAAAGGGACCCCUAAACAAUUAAGUCCAGUCGCGAACGACUCUGGGGUUGAGGCGCUCAUCUCGCUUUACAGGCCAAGGGAGCCAGCGUUUGUCUGCUUCUGCAGACAGUUUUUCCGGGUCAUGUGGCCAGCAUGACUAAGCCGCUUCUGGUGAAACCAGAGCAGCGCACGGAAACACCGUUUACCUUCCCGCCAGAGCGGUACCUAUUUAUCUACUUGCACUGCAUGCUUUCGAACUACUAGGUUGGCAGGAGCUGGGACCAAACAACGGGAGCUCACCCCAUCACGGGGUUCAAACCGCCGACCUUUCAAUCGGCAAGCCCAAGCAGCACAGUGGAUUAACCCACAGUGCCACCUGUGUCCUGCAUGGGGGUCCUAAGGUUGCUGUAAAUCAAGUGUUUGUGAUUGCUCCUCUCCUCCAACAACACAACUCUAAAAAUGGUUCUAGGGCAUGUGAAAGCAUACUCAUUUGAUGAUCCAGCAUAGUCUAAUUAUACAUAGUUAACUCUGUGAAUUGAUGGAGUGUAGUAGAUUCUGUAGUUUGAAACUGAGUAGCUUCAUUUACAGUGCCAUCCUAUACUCAGAAAUAAGCCCCACUGAGUUCCAACGAAGUUUGGUCCCAGGUAAGCGGGUAUAGGAUUGAAGGCUCAACCAUGCAAGUGUUUUUGAUGACUAGAAUUGCCAGUGUGGGAACAAAUUUAUUCCAGUGGAAAGCUUUAUCAUUGUCCCAUUGCUAAGUAAGUUGCAUCAAUAUUCGUGACCUUAGAAUUGUAAUGAACAAUGUUGGCUCUUGCUGUUUUGUGGAAAGGUUGGCAUUAUGCAAUUUCUUUCUAGACUAAAGUCACACAUCUAUUUUCAGAUGCUUUAAUGACCUCCCUCCUCACAGUCCCCAUGGAUAAGUUACGGUUGUACUGCUUUAAAUAUCACCACAAACUCUCCAGUCAUUGUGGAAGAAGGUUCUCUUUCAACCUGCCUGUGUUACCCUAUAAUUGGAUGUGAUCCUAUCUCAAUGCAGUUGGUGAUGGUGUGUAACUCCUCUCCACCGUACUUUUCUGCCUCCUCAGCCACCAUUCCUCCUCCCUAUUGAAACCAGCCUGAUACAGGGGGAAACCUUUUCAAUUUCAUAGAUCCUUUAACAACUUUCUAAAAUAGUACCAUAUGCAUCAAGGCUGAUCCACAUGCAUGCUUUUUGAAAGAGAGAAGGCAGUGUAAUUUAUUUAUUUAUUUGGUUAUAUAUUGAUAUUUCUUUUCACAUUUAUUUUUUAUUUAUUUUUCUUUUUUUGCAUUAUUCCUUUAUAAAUGAAAAUCUUUCAAUAAAAAAACUUUUUAUAGUACAUGUUGAACUUCAUUUUUGUAUUUCAUAUGUGUAUAUCCAAAGCAUGAGGGUGGCUCAAAAAAUGCUUUAAGUUGCAUGUAUGAAAUCUGCUUUCUUUUAUAGCCAGGGUUGGAUCAUAAAUUAGUUCAUCCAAUUGAUUAAAACAUCUGCCCAGCUUGAAUAUGUGUUUGCACUGCCACUUCAUGUCCCUUCCUUACGAAACAUACAAAGGUUUUAAAAUACUCCAUCAUACUGUUAACUCACAUAAGAUUACCCGUGGCUAAUAAAUAAAUUUAUCACUUGCUUUUCUUCCCUAGUUACAUCUGCUGACAAAAGAGUCCAGUCAAGCGGUUUCUGACAUCUGUUGUGUCAUCGUUGUCUCCGCGAAGCUCCUAAAUCUCACAUAACCAUCGCUGGUAUUGGUUAUACAGUUGGCCCACAUCUUAUGCAAGGGAUUGGUUUCAAAGGUAACACGUAUUUGCGGCAAUUGUGUAUAGCCAAAAUCGUGUUACCCUUGGAACCACCCUGAGGCUAUCCAAGCUAGGCUGCCUUCUAGAAGGCAGUUGGUGAGGGGAAGAGAAAAAGCAUCCCUAUCAGUCUUAGAGCUGGGGUGCCUUGCCCUGGAAGCAACAGCAAGAGCUUAAAAGCCAUUUUCGUUCUGACUCCGCUUGUGGUUACCACAACAAGAGCUUUUAAGCUGUUGACCUUGCUUCUCAGGCUCAUUUGACACACAGACUCUGGGACUGGUAGGGAUGCUCUCACGAGAUCAUAGACCACACCUGCCUUGCCCACUUAUAGUUGAAAUAGUGUAGGUUAAAUGUGCUCAAGGUGCACCCUGUUUGUUGAUCAGAAUAAUGAUCCUGUGAAAGCUGGAUGGGUGAUAAACUAUUGUGAUUUACUUUAGGGAAAUCCGGUGCUUAUUGAAUAGCAAACAGUGGGUGCUUUUUAAAAACCAAACCAAAGUGAUCAGCACAGACGUAGUCUUCAAAACACAUCUACUAAUCACCCAGCACACCAAUUUAUUCCUUGUUACUAAGAUAGGCAAGAACUUUAGUAUUCUUUUUGUAACUGGCUGGCAGUCCAUCCCAGUUUAUGGAUUAUUCUGUCCCCGUUGCAUCACUGUUAUUGUUUUAAUAUUGCAUGUCUCAUUAGUGUUCAGUCAUAAUCGGGCUAGCUCUCUGGUAGAGGGUGGUGACCUAGCUUUCCCUGGUUUCCUUCUUGCCACUCCUCUUUAUGACCCCUGUUGUCUCUUUGUUUUCCCCUGUUAAAUUUGUGCUGGUGAUGUGGCAUGUGUGCUGUUUUUCCAAAUAGCCUGAAGUUGGCUGUAACCAAGAGCAGCAGUUAAGUAGAGCCCAAUUUCGCUGCUUCCUGGCGUUCAAUUGUUUAACUCCAUUUUCUGGAUUUCUGCGGUUUUGAUUUACAGAGAAGCAAACCUCCGUGGUGCCUCUGGGCAUCUCUUAAAGCCAUUAGAACAAGCUCCAUUAUUUUCUGGUGCUUAGAAAUUCUUCUCUUCAGUCUGAGCAUCCAUCAAAAUAAUGUAUUCCCUGUAAAGGCUUCUGGAAAAUGUUUUAAUGGGACCUUUUCACACUUGGGGACAGUUCUUGGAUGGAAGAGAAAUUGGGGGAAGAGGGAAUGCGGGUCAGGCUCAUAGAGGGUCUGACUCUGCCUUGCACUGAGCAUUGACCUGUAUCCUCUCUGCCUUUACCUCUGUGCAAGAGGGAGUGGUGUGAACAGAGCAGAACCAAAGCUGGCCACAAAAAGCGCUGGGAGGAAGAAGGGGAAAAAAGACCCCACUCUUGACAAAGAGGCAAUUGUACAAAGGUGCCGUAUAAUUUAUCUCCAGGAGUUUGUUCCUAGUCGCUUUUCCUGGAAAGACCAAAAAACUGCCUUCCUCUACUCACUGUUUCCCUCUUCAAGGGAUAUGCUGGAGAGGAAAAAGAGAGAGAGGAAACAUUUAUUAGUGAAAGACCCAUCUAUCUUCCACUCUCCUUCUCAUGCCUAUGCUCUCCCCACUCCACUUGAAAGGGCAAUGCCUUUGGCAGGAAACCUACUCCUGCUAUUGGUCUGCCAAAUGAUUCAGUUUCUUUUAAGUCUUUGCCUCUUUCCUAGUUCAACUCUUCAAAGUUAAAUCGGUCUUGGAAGAGUUGUUUGAGGAGGUCUGCUUGGUGUGCACUUGAGGUCAUGGGAACUUUGUUCCCAUUGGGUUGGAUAAAUUGUGCAGCAGAUACUUAUUUUGGUUAAUAUGGCAUAUGCGCAAAAUGAGAUACAGUCAAUUUGCAAUUUAUACACAAUUUAACUUGAAUGAAUUUAACUUCACAUGCUUGACCUAAAAAAAUUAAAGGGGACAGGCUUUUUUGGGGGGUGGGGGGAGGAACAUUGGCAGUCCCACCUGCCAUUGCACUCACCUUGGGAGAGCGUUUGGAUGUUCAGGGAGCAUGUUCAGCAGCCUUUGGAAAGUGUGUGUGGCCUUGGGAGAGAGUUUAAAGGUGCAGGGACAGUUUCUUUAGACUAUACACAAUUUUGGCAUUUUGCGCUAUCCCAGUACGUACGCCCUACAUAAGUUGAGAGUCGAAUAUGCUAGUUAAAAGCAGUGCUGUUGAUAGAAAUCCAUCUUGACAUAGGGUACAGCAGGCAUUGUCAAGGGGGCACCACAAAUGCUGGGGUGCCUCUGAAAUCUUCCCCUGCCAUCUACAAAGCCUCUGAGCACACACGCAUGCACACACACAAUUACUGCCCCUUGGUCAUACCCUUUUCUCCCUUUAAAUUGACAAUGAGCUAAAGGACGAAGUUGGAAGAGUGUUUUUCCAAGGCCAGGUUAAUUUGACUGGAUCUUACUUUUACCCACAUCCCUUAGAAAAGUGUGUAUAUACACACUUUGUCUCUUUCAGUCUUGUGGGGAAGACCUGAUCUAGGGGAGGAGGGAGAGGGGAGAGGAAGGGCCAGAGGUGGGGAGGGGAGCCCAUAGCACUCACUCGAAAAUCCAAAUAUGCGCAUGGGCCAGAAAUGGUUGGCAACUCCUGGGAGAUGCAGAGUUGACAUUCUGGCAAUGUGGGAGCAUUUAUUUAUUCUCUUCCAUCUGUUUUCAUAUAUGUUCAGUCAUAGCCUUUAAGAAAGGAUUAGUGUCAGCGCAAAGUGUUUAUUUGAGAGGAAUAAGAGGGAAGGAAGUUCAGAGACAGAAGGUGUUGUGGAAGAAGAUGCAAACUUAGCAGUGAGGGACAAUUAUAGAGGUGCCUCAUCAACAAAGAGAAGAAGGAGCAGAGGUGUUGGCAGGAGCCAGUCUGUCUUCAGGCACAGAAGCGCUAGAGCUUGAAGAGGAAGAUUGAAACUGUAAGGCCUGAGUGGCAGGUGUGAGAUGCGCUUUGCUGAUUGCAUAUUGAAGUGCUAGAUGAAGGGGUGCAGGGCAUCAACGGAGAGGAAGUGGAAGGGAAAGGGUUUUAAUGCUUUGCAUUGAGGACAGAUGCUGGCAGAGUUUUAAUUGGGGUGGGGAGAGUAUAGAAACAUACUCAGAAUUUUGAUUUGGUUUUGUAUUUGCCACUUUCCCAGCCACAAAGCUGAGAACAAACUGGCUCACGGGAAGAGGCAAGUAUUAAAAAUAGGAAACCACAUAAUAGAAUAUGUAAGAGAGGCCAUAUCCACACAGGUCAGACCAUCCUGUGUUAGGGUGCUAAAAUAUCAACAACCCAGCCAAUGGUUUUGGUGACUGAUUUUCAAGAAGCUGAGAUCAGGGAGCACAUGACAGAGGGCUGCAGAGUACAAUGAACAGGGAAGGUAAUUUAAAAGUUAAAUACAUGAGAGUAACUGCUCCAGCAUUGGUUCAGAAUUAGAUUGUGUUUACUACAUCAGUUCUGUGUGUUUUGUUUUCUAGUGGAAUACACAAUCUGCGCAUAAUACCAUAUUUCAUCAUUAAUAUUCUAAUACAGUUUUUAAAUACAAAAAUGGUUAACACUGUAAGUAAAAUGUUUAUUCUAUUCAACAAUAUUUUAAAAUGUAUGGUGCUGUAUCAAGGAAUAUAGUUUUAAAUAAUAAUAAAAAUUGUUGCUAUACUGGCCAGUUGUAUGAUUUGAGUAUGGCUAAUUUUAUUUUAAUGUAUAAUGUUUCUCACCAUAAGGUUUCAGAGUGGGUUACAACAAUCUAAUAAUGCAAUUAAAAACAAGUAAAAUAGUUUAUACAAUUUACGACAUGGUUGUUAGUUUUAAUGUUGCUUUGUUUUUACCAUUGGGGGGUGGCUUUGGAUUAUGAGCUAUCACAAGCUAAUUUAAUUUUAUAAUUAGGUAUUACCAUUACCAAAUUGUCCCUUAAUUGCUAGCAAAGGCCAUGUCAACAAGCCACACAAAGUUUAACAAAACAAAAACAAGCCACAUGGAUGAACUAACGACACAGUACAAUCAGACUUGGAACAAGGAACGUCCUAGACACCCUUCUCUGUGUCUGAUUAUAUUGUAUGUUCAUAUACAACUGGCUUUCACGUAUUCCUUGUUAUAAGGGCUCCAAGAACAGAAAGAAGGAACUAUUUUGUUUCUUUCAAUACAAUUCUGAGUAGUUGCAAUGUGCACAUGCACACAUGAUGCAGUGCUCCCCACUCCUGCACCAUUUCAAAGCAUGUUGGGAAUCAUUCAUUUUGCACCAUGUUCCUCACUGAAACCUCCCAGCACAUAGAAAGCUCAUGCAUCCGGGGAAAGGUUAGCAUAGAAGAUGAUGCAGCAUGCACUGCUUCGUGUUUGAAUCAGCUCUGAGGCUGCAUCCACGUGAGCCUACCACUCUUUCAGUCUUCAUUGUUUUGGCACAUAGUAGACAUCUCUCAGCCAUUCUGUCUGUAUUAACCACAAGGAGAAAAAUGAAAGCUAAACUUUGCAGAUAAGUGUAUCAGAAAAUGUUUAAAUACAUAUUUUUAUGAAUCCCUGACCCAUGUGGAAGUCAGGGUGGUGGACACAAAAAGGUCAGAGCAUAGAUCAAAGACCUUUUCACCCUUACUGGGUUUUACAAAUCCUGUCUAGCUAUUCUCUUCCCAUGGUGGCCAUGGUUGCCCACUGUGAAAACAGGAUGCUCAACUACAUAGGCGAUUGGCCUGGUCCAUCAGGGGCUUCUUAGAUUUAAAAAGACCCUUUAAAUAAGAUGCAGAGUCAUGUAGAACCCUACAUGACUAAUUGAUUCUAAUGUGCCCUGUAUCUCAUGGAAUUGUAGAGGUGGAAGGGCCCACGAGGGUCAUGCAGUCUAACCCCCUGCCAUGCAGGAAUCUUUCACCCAACAAGGGGCUUGGACCCAUGGCCCUGAGAUGAAGAGUCUCAUGCUCUACCAACUGAGCUAUCCUGUUUCUCUUGUAUAUGCAGGCCCUAUUCUGUAAUGGGCUGAGAGGGCAUUUUAAUUGUUAAUAACCCCCCUUUUGAAAGUGCCAUAGGUGGCCUCACACCACAAAUCAAACUUCAAUGGUUGAUGUUCUGGCUAGAACUGCAAAGCAUUUGCAGGCAGCCAAAAUGCAGUAUUGGAUCCUGAAUUUCCAAGGGCGUACUUUUAUGAUUUAGGGAUGCUUUUAGUUGUUUCCAAGAUUGAUUCAUAGAAGUUAUCGUGAAGUUCUUGUUUACACAUGCUUGGUAUUGCGUGGGGUGUUAGCUACAUUCCUUGCUUACUAUCUUGGAUCAUUGCUAUGAUACUGUGUUUGCUUGCUGUGAAACACAAACCCCACCUACACCUGCCUGCUCACCUGUGGAAAUCGCCAUGCUAGUAUAUUACAUAGGUGCUUCUUUCGAGAUGAAGUUGCAGCAAGUUUCCUUAUUUUCAUUCUGGUUCAGCCUUGGGUUUAAACCCAUUUGAUAGUGUAAACAGAUUAAAGUGAGUUAGAGCAGUUGGGUUUGUUAAGUCACAAUAAAUGAUCAUGUAAACAAGCCCCCCAAUCGGUUGAAAACAUGGCCUUUGGCAAGUGGGAAGAAUGACGGACUAACUCGCACUGAAUGUGGCCGCUUAUCCCAAGCCAAGUACUGAAUGUUUAGGACUCCUGGGGAGUGUUUAGAGGGGGUCACUGGGGAGAUUAUUCAGAUUUUGAAGUGGUCCUCAUUGAGCACUGGCUGACUCCCACACCCCUUUGAGCUGCCUGCCUGAAUGGACAAGAGCACUCAGAAGCACUUGCUACUUAGCAGACAAAAGGUGCUGUGCACACUUUCCCCACCCCCUUAUCCUUGCCGUGCUAUUGGGGCUCUUGUGCUUGGUGCCCUUUCUCUGCUUUGAUUGGGUGCUCGCCCAGUGAUUUGCUCAGGGAACAGACUCCGUAAAACCAACAAUACCGGCUGUGCUGGAGGUCUCCGGUGUGGAGGGAAACACUCCAAAAGGAACUGUGACUUCUCAUGGAGCCAGCUGAUAAGAGAUUUUGAGGCAGACCCUUUUAAAGUUUUGUGGUUACCGUUUUAUAGAUAUCAUCAAGAUCUGUCGUGUGAUUCUUCACAUUUAGGAAACAGGCACAAUCACAUUCCUCCAAGUUAGGAAAAUCAGAGUUGCUUUGUUUAGCAAUGAAGCACCUCAGUCUAGCAGGCUGCACCCCUUCCUGGCUCUUGGACAGACCCUGAUCCACUCAGGUCUUUCAACGUGGUUCCUCCGCCCCAUCCCAGUAGCCUCACAUGCAGCUACCUGGGCACUUCAGGGGCAGUGCUGAAGUUCUUGCCACUCUCCUCUUCUCCUGUGGCCAGGAGGAGAUGAAGGGAAGUGUUGGAGCUAGCCAGGAAGUAAGGUAGCUGGUCUGGUUAGUCCAUGUCUGAUGGCUCCUCGGGAUCAUUGACAGGAUGGAGAUCUGCUGGGGGUGGGAUCCUGCUCCUCUUGUUCUUCACUUGAGGAGACCUCAAGUUUGAAAUCUGGGUAGGGCUGGAUCCUGGCAGGCACAUACACACCUUAUUGAAUCUCUCCAAGUGAACAUAGAAGCAAAACAAAAACAAAGAUAUAGAUGGAAAAGCAAGGGAACUGAGUCUCAUGGUUUUAAGGUCCUCGGUAGAAAAGCGCAAAGGAAGCGAAAUGUCUGCUGUAGAAUAGAAACUUGGUUGAAACCCACCUAACAAUCAAGACAAAGUACAGUAAAAUUGGAAAGGACUAAGACACCAUACAGGCCCUGUUCCUUAGGCCUUUCCUGCACAUAAACACAUGGAAUCCUGAAUGCAUCCCACAUAGUGCCAUCCUGCGAACCUAGAAGAGUGAGAAAUCAGUGUUUCUGCCUCCUGUGCCACGAUGAUACACAGAAAACUGGGCAGAGGGGAGCUGGCAAGCUAAGCUUUGCUUCCUCAGCAGAAUCUCAACAUUUUUUUCAUGGCAAAAACCAGGGGACGCCCUGCGCUCUUCUCCCAUGCCUUCCUCUUGGAAUUUCCUGAUUGGGUUAAAUAUAUUUUCUUCUGGACAAUCUCCUCUCUUUUCCUGUUUUUUGUAUGAAUAAACUAAUCCCAAUCUUGCCUGGCAUUGAUGAGGGGGUGAAAAAGAGAAAAGGCAUCAAAACUAAACAUCAGUAGUUCUGCUUGUGUGCUGCUUCCCUCCUUCCAUAUUUUGAUUGCUUCUUCUCCUCCUAUGCCGUCUUUUUAAACAUAGAUAUGGUAUGUUGUAGUAGGAUAUUUGCAAAAUGUCUUUAGGUGUUGGUACAAAUGGGAAAAAGACAACCCCAGGUGUUCGAUAACUUUCUGAAAAAUAGAGGCCCUUUAAACCCCUCUUUCGCCUGAGAGAGAGAUCUUUUAAACUUUUUGAUAAUGUAAGGUAUUUAGAGCAUGCUGGUCACCAGGGUCAUGUCUAAACACUUGAGUAGGUGUGCUCAGACUGAAUGGCUGAGUGGAAACUUGAACCUCAGUGUCCCUGGUCUUAAUCCAACGCUAACUGCAGCACCACAUCAGUCCUCUUGAUUAGUUCACCCGAUGCAUUUGUAGCAAGUAUUUGGGGAACCAAACAAAUCAAAAGUUUAAAAAAGAGUGGGAGUGUUAUAGAGUAUAUUUAGAAAAACAUUGUUCCCAAGUAAAAUCCUUAAUGUGCUUUGAUUAAUUUUUGCAAAUUAUAUAACAAGACAGAUAAUGUAUCUCACACAAUACCAGUGAAUUACAAGGUGAAAAAGGACGCAGUUAAAAAAAGAAGAAAGGACCUGUAGUGAGGUGGAUGGAAGUCACACCUAAAAAGUAGAAGGUUAUUUAUCUGUCAUUUAAUGUAUCAGCGACAUUUUUGUUGAAUUGUGUUUUCUUUUUUGUAUCUUAUUUUAUUUUGAAUAGCGAAUGGAAUAAUUGUAAUACUUAACAAAAUCAAUAAAGAGCAUGGGGGGAGCGGAAGUAUUUGAGGAACUUGUGAAAUUUCUGCCUGCACAUUCACUAUCUGCUGCUGUGGUGAGGAAACAGCACAAAAAUGUUUUAUGGCUUCAUCAGGCAGAAAGUCUUGGGUGUCUCUGUAGCAAGUGUCUAGUGAAGCUACACCUGUAGAAUCUCUGCCUGGACAUUUUAUAAUUCCCCCCACUCCCCUGCUUUUCAUAUUGCUUUGUGCCAGAGUGUCUUUUCAAAUAUUUAACUUAUUCAAACUAAGCCGUGUGUUCUCCCCUCUACCCCAAAUUCAGCAUGGACCAUCCUUUAAAACUUCCCUUUCCUGCACUGUCAAGUUUCAUAUUGGUCACUGGGUUCAGGCACAUACUUUGCAACAAGUUGAGCAGUUUUUAACUAUAAGUUGAAGAACCUAUUCCCCCUCUUUUUCAUUAUAUGGCAAAAUGCAGUUCUGCCAACUUGCCCUUUUCAGCAUAGGUCUGCUACUGUGGCUAUAUAAUAAUUGUAAACGGUUCAUUGAUUUCUUCGCUAAUUUUGGAAUGCACAAAAACAUGGGACGCAACAGCAUUUGCCCUCCUGGUGCCCUCCAGUUAUUUUGGAUGACAACACCCAUCAGCCCCAGUCCAAAAAUUCUGGAGGGAACCAGGUUAGCAAAGGCAGGCUCCUCCAAACCAUUACUCCCCCCCCCCCCCAAAGAGCCUUACUUGCAAGAUUCAAUUUUCAGGUUUCUGCUUUGCUAAUAGCAACUAGAAUUACCGGUAUAUAUUUUAUAUGUAUGCCGUAUACAUACAUAUGCACAUACAAAUGUCUUCAGCUAUAAACAGGCUCUUGAAGCAACCUACACAUCAGAUACUAAAACAGUAAAAUAGUCAGUCAAAUGAAGCAUACCAGCAGUGGCACCUAGAUAAACAAUUUAAUCUGCUGUUGUCUGCAUAUAAUUUAGGCCCAGAUCCCUUUGACAUACACCCUCUAUUGUGGUUGGCUAUAGGUUUCCUCCUUCAUUUACCAAUAUCUUCUUUCAGUUACCGGUCUUCAGAAGUUUCUUCUGCGCUCUCCAUUUUUCUCAUCUACAGGAUGAGAGGCUGACAUUGGCUUUUCAUUCUUUACCUCCUGUUUUUUGUUUGUUUGUUUUGUUGCUGAAUGGAAUGCUCUGUUUGUUUUACAAGCCAAACUAUAGAAUCGACAAUGAUUUACAAAUCUACAGCAUACUUCAGGAAUGGCUUUGUAGUGUGCUUGGUGACUUGCUUCACCCAUUGUAUGAGUGUCCAGUAUAAUUCAAGGCACAAACCAUUCUGUUUGAAAGCUUGGAUAGGGGCACAGUUCCUCUGCCACCUGUACUUUAAAAAUUCUGUUUCCUAUGAGAGUGUGGACCCUUGCUGUGAACGCUAUAGAUAUUCUGAUGACCCAGUAGGCGAUUUUGUCACUUUUGCCUAUUCUUAGCACAGCCUUUCACAACUUGGUGACGUCAGAUCAUUUCAACCACAAUUUCCAUCACGGGGUUUGUAGUUCAAAACAUCUGGAUGGCAACAGUGUUGAAGAAGGCUGUCAUAGCUGGACUACAUUUGCUGUUGCCCAUUUGGAGUUGGGUAACUAAUCUCUCAAAUCAAAUGUAUGUGCUGAGACAUUAGUCUGCGUGACACAGGAUUAUUUUGUGCACGUAGAAAAUAUGUCCCACGAAAGCUAAUUUAUCUUUGUUGCUCAUAUCCCAAUUAACUUUUAUUGUUAGAAUGCCAAGCUGGAGGUUUGCUGGCCAUCCAUCAUGUAUGCCUUAGCAAAGAUUUCUGCAUUGCAGUAGCUAACCCUUGCGUUCCCUUCCAACUCUACAAUUCCAUGCUUCUGUGAUUCUAUGAUUCUGUUCAGCUAACAACAGAUCAAGAGCAGAAACAAUGCCUGUAUUAAUAUAAUGCUUAUUGCAAGUUUAACUUUUAAAUACUAAUGUUGAUACGUGCUCAAUUUACACAUACACACACAAAAGUUCCUUUCUUGGUGAAGCAUGAUUGGAGGGAAAUUACUUGAUUCAAUCUUGUACAAGGAGGCAGAUACUACAAAUGGAAUGGGGGUUUGUAAGUAGCUACUUGCCUAGUUGAGAGGUAGCUCCUUAUGCAGCCAUGCUCACAGGACUGCAGGUUCUCAAUGAACUCUUGAGUUUAUAGCAGUGGGUCACUGCAUCUGACUGUUAACCAGAAGGCUGGUGGUUUGAGCCCACACAGGGAUGACUAUGGGCAGGAUUCCUGCAUUGCAGUGGGUUGGACUAGAUGACCCUCAGGGUCCAUUCCAACAAUUCUGUGAUUCUGUGACACUCCAGUCUCACAGUUCUUCACAAGCCAUGAAGUUAUUAUAUCCCCAAACAAAUCCAGACAGACUCAGCUUUGCCUAACAAGUGUGACAGUCUUCACAUUUGUACAGAAUACCAGUUGCAAAUGGAUCCACGCCCACUCUGGUGGGAUCUUUUAAAGCAUUUGUGCUGUGCACAAAUAUGACCUCCCUCUUCCAUUGCUAUGCCUUCUGGUCUCACUUUGUAAUAACAUCCCUCCUCCUAGUCUGUACUAUGUGUCUACGUAUAUAUGUCAGAAGAAGGUAAAGCUUCAGGCAAGUAUCAAAAUGGGCUCUUGCCCAUGGAAACUUUAUCUUAAAAGAGAUUUGCCCUUAAGUAGUUUUUGUUGCAGCAGAUUUAUCAUGACUAUUUGGAAAGUACAAUAAAAAAAGAAGAGUUUUCUGUGUUUUUUCAUAGAAUCAUGGAUUAGAAAGUGACUGAAAUAUAAUUAAUUUAAAUCCCUAACAUGAGUCAAGAUGGUCAAUUCAAAAAUGAAUCACAGUGUACCACAAGUAAGGAGCAAGUGCCUCACUCAACGUACUUCUAGCUAAGGAGGACUGCGCCAGAGGGAAACAGAUUUCACAUUGCUGAUAAAAUAUAGCAAAACACCUGAUCUUGUAUUUCUGCCUCUAGGGCCGGUCAUAUGGUUUGAAAAGCAGAAGAACAUAGGAAGCUCCCGUCCACUGAACCUGAACCAUUGGUCUGUCUGCCUCAGUUUUGUCUACUUUGACUGGCAGUAGGCUCUCAAGCGCUAUCUGGAAACACCAGGAAUUGAACCUGGGACCUUCUGAGCUUCCCAAAGAUGAAGGGUAGGGUUGAGAAAUUGGCUGAUUAUGGGGCUCCCUCGGCCAGUAAGGCGAGAUGAGCGCCGCAACCCCAGAGUCAUCUGUGACUGGACCUAACUGUCAGGGGUCCCUUUACUUUUUACCUUUAGGUUUCCCCCCAAUCAUGUCCUCUGUAGAAUGAUGUUAAUCUGUGAUUCUAAGCUUAUGAUUUCAGAAUUCUAGGGUGGUAUUCUUUCGUUGUAUCCUUGUAGCCUUUAUGUGUACUUAUAUCCUACUUUUUUUAAAAAAAAUGCCUUUUCUGCUUUUGCCCCAGUAUCUGCCUGUAGGCAUUUUAUUAUGGUUCUGCUUUCCUUGGCUUGGGUAGCGCAGCUUUUUCUCUGCACGUGCUCUCUGUUGCUCUUCUAAUUAAUCUUCCAGACUUUCAUUUUUAAAACUCCCUUUUGUUUAAUUUGUGAGAAAGGGGCCUCCCAAAUAGAACUGUCCUCUGACAACAUCUCCUUGGGGGGUGAAGAGUGCCCAUGUGUAAGUAAGGAAGAUUUAAAAGACUCGGAGAUUGGCAUAGGAACAGUUGCAAAUUGCUACAGGAAUAUUGUUGUAUGGAGCUGGCACACAGAAGCCCACUGGGCGCAAAUAUAUUGAAGAAAUCCAAUGUCUUGCUUUCUUACCAAGAGGGACAUGGAGGAAUUCACAUUAGCUGCCGUGCUGUCCUUUUGAAGCAUUGUCUCCUCCCUGGCUGAGCUGCAGAAUAGUCACUUAUUUUGUUGUCGGAGAAAAGAAACAUCCCAGAUUUUUUGACCUCUAAAUUCUGUAUUCCUUUCUUUUGCUCUCUCUCUCUCUUUAAAAUGUUUCUCCCCUUGGGCAUUGUGGGAGAAUCUUCGCCUCUGCAGGGGAUUGUGGGAACCGUUCUGGCCUCACUUAUCACCAGUGACAAAUCAAUGGCAGGCUUCAGAAAGCUGAACCCCAGGAUUCCAGCUCAGCCCAGCCUGGGAGCAGUGGGAGGCUUCCCUGGUGGAUAAAAGGCUCCUUGCAGCUCUGACUUGUUGCCUUAAAUCUAACGGAGGAAACCUUUUCACUCCCUUUAAAAGCAGCCCUCCCCUCCCAUCUCAAUUUGUCUUGAGGAGGGGGGUGGGGAGGGAGAGAAGGGAGGGAGGAAAGAAUUGCUAAAGAGGGAGAAUGGAAAUGGGGGUGGGGGGAGAGGGUUUAGGUUGGUAAUAGUUUUUCUGUUUCCUUUUCACAAUGGCCUGGCCAGUGCAUGCAGAGCUGGACUCACAAAGCCUCCCUGAAGCGGCUGGAUUCCCGCAGGGCUCCUCACAGUGCAAGUUUGCUGUGUGUAUUCCCAUCUACAAUACAGCGAGACUCUGCAACAAUCUCCAGUUUGGGGCAAAUAUUUCCACAGCUUUCUCCUAAUGGCUCUUUUUAAGGGGGGAGAGUGAUGGUAGCAAGAGAAGGUGCGUGUGCGUGUAGAAAGAAGGAUAAAUGCAUUGAGGGCAGGGGCUAUCUCUUGCUUUGUUAAUUUGUGUUUUUGGCAGAGUUUAAUUUCAACAAGACUUGCUUUAUUUUUUAUUAGUGCUUGAAAUACAAAGCUGACCAGGUGGAAGCCCUGCCAGAUGCCUGUGCAGAUUUGGUUUACCCAGGGAGAGGGAAAUGAACAUGACACAUAAGUAGAGAAGCUCUUCUUUUUAAUACAAAUCCACAGAUUCCAGGAAUAAGGGCUGCCGGUGUUGAUAUGUCUUGAUUCAGGGCUUUGGCUCAAAUGAGUUCCAGUGUUUUGAGUUCUAAGGGUGCAUUUAAAUUAGCUGUUACAGCCAAGUGGCACUUGGAAAUUUACUAUAAGCUAUUGUGGCUUAUGUUUGUGCUAGCUAUGGAUAUGCAGGUGCCUCAAAGUAACUUUAAAGGCACAUGUAAAAGUUAAAGGACCCCUGACGGUUAGGUCCAGCGUUCAUCUCUGCUUUCAGGCCGAGGGAGCUGGCGUUUGUCCACAGACAUCUUUUCAGGUCCUGUGGCCAGCAUGACUAAACCGCUUCUGGCGCAUGGAGGACCGUGGCGAGUGCCAGAGCGCUUGGAAACGCUGUUUACCUUCCGGCCACAGCGGUACCUGUUUAUCUACUUGCACUGGUGUGCUUUCAAACUGCUAGGUUGGCAGGCGCUGGGACAGAGCAACGGGAGCUCACCCUGUUGUGCGGGGCCCAAGAGACUCUGUGGUUUGGACCACAGUGCCAUUCAUGUCCCUGAAGUAACUGUAGCUGAUAAAGAAAGGUAUAUAUAGAAACCUCUGCCCAUUCCAACCCACGCUGACCCCAGUCAGAUGCAUGGGGGGGGUAGGGUUUGGAUUACAGCCUAAACUAAUUGUCUAAGUUACCCACUUAUAUCUGACCAAACAUAUUUAUGAAAUGCCUUGCCCACUGCUCCACCUCAAGCUCACUCACUAAACAAGUUCUUUAAAAUAACAUAGAGGUGUGGGUAUAUAUGACAUCUUAGGUGUGGGUAUUAUAGGCUCUGACCUUGAGAAAGUUAUUUGACAUCACAGGAAUUUAACUUAGUCACUACUAAAUUGUCGCAUAGAUUUGAAUGGGUAAAACAUUUUUUAAAAUUGGCAAAACAUUUAAAAAGAUAUAUAAAUGAUGCAGUUUUAAAUCUUCACACAGAGCUGUAAAAUAUCCUGUCUCAUAAAUUGUGUAUAUAAUUUACUAUCUUUUAGAUUAUCUGUCUCUCUGAGUAAUGGGGUUCAGGAAGAUUUUUCUUUUGUUGAUGUGCGUAGGGCAGAAUUGCUAGGGACAAAAAUGUCAUCUAGUGAGGUAGGAUCAUCCAUCCAGCAAUCCCUUGCAAAUAAUCCAGCAAAAUCCAAAAUACAGUGUGUGUUUGCCAUUGUGGGAAAGUGUGGAUGAAGCACUGAGAGGGUGAUGUGAAGCACCUGGCACACGCUGGACUAGUGGCUUACUUCUAGCAGAAAAGAUCCCGAAGCUGUUAGUAAACUGUGACAAAAUCUGAGGGUUACAGCUGGGAAGCUAAAUGGGAGAGAGUAACUUGACUGAAACCUCAUAAGCAAAUAUGAUAGCACUGCACUUAGAACCUUGGUUUCCCAGAUAAACAAAACAAAACAUUAGAGUCUCUGUUUGGCUUUUGGCUUAAAAAAUGUGAUAUGUACCAUAGCUUUCCUUUGUCUGUUUGUUAGAUAAACAAAUGUUGCCCUCCUGCUAAGUCCACAGAUUAGUGGUUCUAUUUUUUUAUAUAUAUAUUAUUUAGUAAAAUGAAUUUUCCCAGGUUCACACUCAUCUGUAAAACCAGAUGAAACAGUCUCUCCUUUAAAAAGCCUUGGGACAUAUUUUCCACCCAAAUGCAUAAGUAGAAACCUGGCAACCUGUUUACAAGUUCGCUGAAGGCCUGCCAUUUGGAAAUUAUGUAUUUAUUUGUAGUAUUUAUUUACUUUAUUGGUCGUUUUCCAUUUAGAAAUUAUCAAAUUACUUACAGGAAUAAAACUUCCUGUAUGCAGUACAUUAAAAAAAGCAAACCCAAAUACAAACACCAACAUGGUUAAGCUAUUUAAAACAAAUCCCCCCAUUCUUCAAACAGAGGCUUGACCACCAGACAAAUGACCCAGAAAAUGGCAUCAACUGCUGCAGAAAAUUAACAUUCAAAUGCCUGAGAGAAGAGAAACCUCUUUGUGUGACACCAGAAAAAUGGUUAGUGUUUGCCAGGUGAGACGCCCUGAAUGUUCCUUAAGGUGAGGGGAGGCCACUACUCAAAAGGCCCGUUAUCUUGCCACCACCCUCCGGUCUUCUUGCCUCAGAGUCCAGCAUGGUUCCUAUGGAGAAAGGUGUUUUGUAAGGCUUUGUAGGUUUAAAACAACACUUUAAAUCUUUGGCUUGAAAAGCUGUCUGACUGAGAAUUUGAAGGGUUGAAUUCUUUGCUGUAAAAUUCAGAACAACUGAACACUACAUAAUAAGUCCUUUGGCAGUUUUGAUGCUUAGGAUCACAUUGGUGGCAUAGAGCAGUAUCCCUUUUAUGAGCCACUUCAAAUGAGAAGAGAUAAUCUGAAAAGCAGGCAGUUGUAUUUAAAAAGUGUGAUUUUCUAUAGGCACUGUUUUCCUUCAUCCUGUGCCUGUCUGUUGUUUGUAAGCAAAGACUUCUGCAAUACUAAUUGAUAAGAGUUUACCUGACUGGCCUUUGUAACACCACUAAAUCCCAGAGGGAGAUUAAUUUAAGGAACCAAUGGAAAAAGAAACUGACAAUUAAUAUAGUGAGGUGAGAGGAGCUUCCUCUCCUCUACACAAUUACGUUGAUGAUGGGACAGCGUAAGUGUACAGUUCAUAAUUUUUGGAAUAAUUCAUAUAGUUACCAGCAGAUUUACCUGAUGUGCAAUAUUUGGUAUUUGCAGAAUGGCAGCAGGACAAUUAAUAACCUACAAUUUCCUGAGUAACUUGAUUUUUCGGACCCAUUUAAGUAACCUUUACCAGGGGUUAGAUCCUGUGAUUCUCUUGGACCUCAUGGCAGCUUUUGACACCAUUGACCCAUAGUAUCCUGAACCAGCUGUCUGUUUCAGUGGCAUUUUUUGGCAUUGACAGUUGUAUUCAUUUAUUUAUCUGUCUACAUAUUUAUGAUCCUAACUUCUGUAAGAAAUAUUUCAAGGCGAUGUACAACAUGUGAGAAUAAAAUGAAUGAAAUAUCCAUAAAAUGUCACUAAGAACAUCAACAUAACCUAAGUAAAUACUGACUUGCACAACCUGAUGGGAAUGUGGUUGAAGGUACCACUGGGGAAUUGUGAACAGUCUUGGGAGUCUCUCACCUGGUUUGCCGUGCUUUUCGACAUCUAAAUGAAGCUCCAUGGGGAGGCCAUUCAGAGCAGAGUGAGUGGCCUAGAUUAUCCAGAAAUGGUUGUUCAUCCUCUUUGUGAUGAGGACCCUGCCACUGUGAUACGUGCCAUGGAGACCUCUUUUGGAUUUCUGCAGUGUACAUAGUGCUACCUUUGAAGAAUGUUUGGAAACCAGAGCUGGUCAAAAAUGCUGCACCUCCACUGACUUGAAGUGAUUACCAUGUUAUUUCUGGGCUCAGUUCAAAGAGCUGCUGUUAACCUGGCCCCAGGCUUUAAACAUCAACUGCAUAAAUGUAUUCUACCAUACACUCUCAGUCAUGCCUUAACAACUGCUUAGGAGUUCUUCGUCUUCUUAGUUGUGCUCAGGAAUUUGCCUGAGCAUGUUAUGUUGAAGAGUGGGAACAGGUGCGUGCAUGCGAACCUGCCCCAACAUCCCCAUGCGGAAUCAGCCUUGCCUGUUCAGUUCUCGAGCAGUUCUAGAGCAGGGUCCCUGGUCACAUGGAGGGUUAAUCCACGACUGAACGCACCUGCAGAACUACCCCACUCAACAUAGGAAGGUUGGGCCAAGGUACAUGGGGACGGAUGCACAUGAGGAUGUUGGGACAUGGCUUGAAUGCAUGCCCUUGCCCCAGCUCCCCACUAUUAGACAUUGUUCUUAUCCAGAGGUGCCCAAAAACUGGGACCAAGGGGCAGGGUAUUGGCUAUGGCAUCUGGUCUCUGAUACUUCUUAAUGGAAGUUUGCCUGCACGAUUCUGUUAUGACUUCUCAAAAGUUGUCAAAACACCUCUUUAAUAUUUGGUGCUCUUCUUCAACAUACCAGCAGGCUUUUGCUUGUCUUUCUGCUGCUUAUUUCCCCUUGAUAGUACAAGAGCAGUAGGUUGAGCAUAUGGGGUGGUCUGUAUGCAUCAGGGUCAGCACUGGUUUUGUGUUUAUAAAAGUUGCCUGUAGCUGAUCUUUCUGUUACCUGUUACUACAACUUUGUGUUUUCUUUAAUGAUGCAAUUUGAAGGUAAAAGGUGCGUAAGUGGCUUGUACCCAAAAAGCUGCUAGCACGCAGAGGCCUUGUCACCACACCUUCCCAUGUGUAGCCUUCUGCCCUCCCCGCCCCCUAGGCUUGUGCACCUGGCAGAUGUCAAAGCAUGCAUGUAACUGAAGAGACUAGCCAAGCUGAGUAGACCGCAGUUUAAAAAUAUAGCUGAAGGUGCAGUUCACACCUUGGCCCUGGGAUGAAAUUGAUUCUGGGUGCCUGGGGCAGGGUUGAUCAUAGACAGGGUAUAGGGUAAGGAAAAUUUGACUUUUCCCUCCCUGUGUUCAGCUGCUACUUUCUCCAUGUCUACAGCAUUCAGGUGCCAAGGUAGGGCCUUGCCUUCCUUAUCCAGCUUUUUCAUUGUUCUCUGCCUCUCUGAGGAUGAAAUAAAUUACCAUAUUUAUUUCACAUGUUUAAAAAAGUCACACGUGAAGCUGCCAAAAGUUGACAGCUGUUCAAUUUCAAAUGCCAAAUAAAGGAUCCCCCUCCACACACUUUUCUUCCAGAGCAGUUGGAAUUUCCUAUGUUCCAUGGACUCCCUUUGUGCAAAAUAGAAUCUUGUACACACAAUUAUUGUAUCAUCUCCCUAUCUCUAAUCUAUCUGUAAUGUUAGAUUGAAAGCAAAUAUAGCUAUAUUGUUCAGUGAUGUAGCAUCAUUUAUUGUUAACGUUAUGAGGUUGUGAGUUUUGGAUUUCUAGGUAUGUGGUGUGUUUUUUAAGGCGUUGAAUCAUAGAAUCAUAGAGUUGGAAGAGACCACAAGGGCCAUCGAGUCCAACCCCCUGCCAAGCAGGAAACACCAUCAGAGCACUCCUGACAUAUGGUUGUCAAGCCUCUGCUUAAAGACCUCCAAAGAAGGAGACUCCACCACACUCCUUGGCAGCAAAUUCCACUGUCGAACGUUUAAUGGAUUCUGUUUUAGAGUGAAGUCUGAGAGGGCAGAGAGAGAAAAAAUGUCAGUCCAGCAAAUCUGGGUGCAUAUAUAGAACUGCCGAACCCCAUCUUCAGCCUCAGAAUGUUCUAUUACAUUUUCUACCUCCCACUUUCUCUUUUCCCCUCUCUCCUUUUUCUUGCUGUCAUCUAACCAGUUUUUAUUACAUCUGCUACCUAGUUUAAAAUCUACAUGCACUUGAAACAUGCCAGAGAUAGUAAUCCUUUCUUUGAAAUCAAAGUAUUUUAAUCUUAAGAUGUUCUGUGGGCAUGUUGCAGAAAUUCAUCUGAUUCAUGGGGGCAGCAUCCAUCUAUUGUCCCCGAUCUGCUGCAAGUAUUAACUGCAUGCAAACACAUGUCAUGGCCCUAUUACUUUAUUUGAAAAGUCACUUCUGAGUGAAUGAAGCAGGUUUGAGCAGUGUCCAUCCUCUGUUUAAAGGUGUCUUCGAUCUGAAGGGCUGCCUGGCUUAGAGAUUUUCUCAUUUAGAAAACCCUAAGAAGGGCGAGCAGCAGGGUGUAUUUGAUUUAAAUCAAAUCGAUUUAAACCACGAUUUAAAUCACUAGUCAGUAAGACUUGAUUUAAAUUUUAAAAAAAUUACAAAAAGACUCUUGCUUGCUGAUAUAAUCUUUACAACCAGAAGAAGUUUUCAUUUUUGGAAUAAGAAAUUUUCAGAGUAGUUUUUACAGUUAUACCAAAAAUUACUGAUUUGUCUAUACUACACAUAGACAGAUAAUUAUAAAACUGUUGUGAGGUUUAAUAAGUUAACUGUUUAUAUUUGGACUUUUCUGUACUUUAUUGGAAGGAGAAAAAUAAUCAUUUCCUUAAUAACAAUUUAAACAAUUUAUUUAACUAAAGCAACAACAUUAUAGCAUAUGUAUCCAUGUUUGUUAACUGAUGUGGUUAAACGAUUAAAAAAAACACCUUAGACUGAAUUUUAGCACAUGUGAAAAACUUAAAACAAAUCCUAUUUCCUGAUGAAUAGCCUUUGGACUAUAAUGUAACUUAAAUAGAAAACUAUAUUUACAAAGAUUUUUCCUCCAAAAGCAUUUUAUUUUAAAAAUCCAACUUAAAUAAUUUUUUUAAAAAUAGAAAUCAUUGAUUUUUAUCCACCCUGGCGAGCAGGGACCUUGAAGUUCCAGGCACCUGGAUAGCACUUGGGCAGCAGACUGAGCAAACACUUGGGUCACCUGCUCCCAGGCUUCCCCACUAGGGUGAGAGGUGCCUCCCCCAUUUAAAUUUGAAAUAUGCAUCUAUACAUAUAAAUUUCCAUAUUCAAAGUACAUGCAAAUCAGUGUCACCCUUUUGCCCUCUUUUUUUGUUGAUGCAAUUCUUUAUUGACAACAUAUGAGAGGGGCCACCCUGAUGAAAUAAUAGGCAAGGAAGUAGUUAAGCAUCUCUUCUCUCAUUACUUCUCUGCUUUAGAUCUCCCCUGCACCAGAGGGUUCUUGGGGAGAGGCUGGCAGGCUGGUUAUACACAUUCGCUUGUAAUAGAUAAGUAGGCCCCUGAAAGCGGAAAUCACAAGUCCUCCUUUCCCAUUCACCCUCUCUUUUUUUUUAUUGCCACGCUUUUUGGUUGGAGGACCAGCUGAUGACUGAUGACCGGGACAGGCUCCUCCUGCUCAAAUGGCUGGCUGCAGAGGGUCACGACUGAAUGUGUUCCUUCUGCAGAUCCUGUUGGAUUCGCUCUCUCUCUCUUCCCUGUUUUAGUUUUGUGUUGUAGCAACUGCCUUUUCAUUUGAGCCACUUGGUCAGGGCGGGGUGCCGUUGAACUGCUGGUGGCUUGGUGCUUAUGCCCUCCUUCCCUCUCAAUGAUCCGAAAUGAAUGAGAGGGAGAGGAUGAAAGGCCACAUGCUUGCACACAAAACAGCACCGAGUAUGAGCUGGGAUCCAUGUUGAUUUCCACCAGGAAGCUGCCUCUCAGCAAUUAUGUAGUCCCCACUUCCUAAAGAAGAAAAGAGUUUUGUUCCCCUAUGACCCUCACUCUCCAGCAAAUUCUGCACUCCUUCAAACGGAGAAACCAGUUCUGGAAUGGAACGGGUCAGCUGGGGCCUGAGAACUUUGAGGGGGUGGUGGUUCUGCCUUCUAUCUGCUGUGCAAGUGAAUGACAACACUUCUUGUCUUUUAACCUUAACCUCCCUUCUGAUAAAUAAUAAUAAUAACCCCCCUGGAAAUAUGAAAGAUUCUAAUUCUUCUUCUUUUUGUAUUGUUGCCAGUCGGUUGGGCUUCUAAAAGCCCCUCCCUGUAAGGUGAAAAGGGACAAGAAAGAACAAAACAGUCUGGCAACAGGAGGAGAUGAAUGACACUGGCAGAGACUAUUGUUCAUUUUAAUGCUGCAGCAAGGGCAGAGGGAAAUGUUCACACGCCAUUUUUGGGCAUCCUGCUGGGCAAGCAAGGGAAGGGGCAAUCCAGCUGGUCAUGAGAUUUGGCUGGCCAGAUAGAGUUGGGCUGAAUAGAUUUCUGUCCAUUUAGCUCAUGUUGUGUUUGGCUUUUUUUAUAUACUUAAAUAGUAGUGCACUGAUUAACAGCAAUGGAACCUGAUUAUAUGAAAAAUCUGAGACCAUUGUAGACCACUGCAGACACAAGAGUUGUCAGGCUACUAGUACGUGAUAACCAGGCUUUAACCCCUUGCAGGUUGACAGAUUUUAUUCAAGAGCAAAAAUAUAUUUGUUAUUAGGAUAAUUUGUGGAAAAACCUCAGUGGCCAAAUACCUAGAAACAAAAACUGAGACUAGUUCCUGGAAUGUUGUCUUUGCCAGGCGACUUGCAGGCCAGCAAUUUCUGUCAAAUCAUUUCCCUUGGUGACUGUUCUAUAGAAUUGGGACGUAUUCCUAUAGCUAAGCCUAUUUUCUUCACUGUGUUCCCACAUUGUGCAGAUCCAUGUAAAAAUAUGGAGGAUAAGUAGAUGAAUGGUAUACAAGCAGUAUACACCUGAAUAUUGGAUACUGGGGGACAAACCACUGGAGAAGAUGAUCUACCAUCACACACUGCUUGCGAAUGCGACUAGAAGCAUCUCAAUGGCCAGGAGCAGAAUGGCUGCUAACAUUGAUGAAACUUGGUCUGAGGAACUAAGGAAAAGUUACUGGGAAUCAGCACAGAUAUCUAGGACCCAGGACUUUUUUUUCAGCCGGAACUCGCCAGAAGUCAGUUCUGGCAUCUCUCAGGUGGAUGCCAUUACCAUUCUACUAAGAGAAUGAUGGAGGUGUUCAUGGUGAGUUCCGGCACCUCUUUUUCUAGCAAAAUAACACUGCUAGGGCCUCAAAUGCUUCCUUGAUGGGAGCAGGCAAAGUUGUAAAGAUGAUCUGAGGGUUUUUGUUGUAUAUGGGCUACUGGAUGAGAAUAGCUGUACGUCUAGACUUCCCCUAUAGAAUAGCACCAAACCUUCUUUUAUCAAAUGAAAAUUUAAAAGGGGGUGCAGAAGGGCUGGUUGGCACAGUUAGUUGCCAACUUUGGAGAAGUGCCUGGAUUGUCAAAUUUCCCUUCCCAAGUAAAGCAUUUGGGCUACUGGAUGAGAAUAGCUGUACGUCUAGACUUCCCCUAUAGAAUAGCACCAAACCUCCUUUUAUCAAAUGAAAAUUUAAAAAGGGGAGGGGGUGGCAGAAGGGCUGGUUGGCACAGUUAGUUGCCAACUUUGGAGAAGUGCCUGGAUUGUCAAAUUUCACUUCCCAAGUAAAGCAUUUGUGUCCUUUGCUUUUGGGCAUUUUUAGACCCUUGGGAACGUAUAUGGUCACGCUUGACAAAUCCUCAUUGUUCUACUCUCACUCGAAUAAGAAAAAUGACCGACAGCUAGAAUAAAGAUGGGGAGCUUGCUUGUCCAUGUCUUUCCUGUUUGUCUUAUUUGUCUUGGUGCUCUGUCUGAGCAGCUUGUUAGUGAACUGCCGCUGUGUCUGGAGACUGCCUGAUCCAUGCCCUCUGCUCCUUCUGUCACUUGUUUAACGUGUUGUUCUUUAGUUAGUUUGCGCUGUAGAGGAGUGCAGCUGAUCGUUUCACACAAGCUACUGGAGCCUUGUGAAAGGGAGCAGUGUGCUGCAAAGUAGAAGCAGGGGCGGGCGGUCCUCUGCCCUUUUCUCUCCCUCUCCCCUGCUCCAUAUAGUCCAGCUUUCCAAAUAGGAAUGUGGGCGGCGGGGAGGGUGUGCUAACAGAUAGGACUGUAGAAACACUCUCAGGAAAGUUAUCCAGUCAUUCUACACUCCCUCAGUCCCUGCAAGGACACCCCCCCACACACACACGUGUGUGCCCACUGGUUUGGAAAUGUUUCCGUAGGGAGGUGAAAAGAGCAGGACACAAUUGGGAGGAGAACAAAGGUCCUUUGUGGGCCUUUGGGAACAUUCUCAACGGGUUUGUUCAGUGUCCAGUACACAUUUGGGGAGGAUGGGGAACUGUGGGGACAGAUGCAAGCUUCUGAGGUGGGUUAUAUUGCCUGUCUCAGAUAGAAACAGCAGUGUUGCCAAUUACUCCCAACUGGGUGGCCUCCCAAAUAAAUAGCAUCUAUCUGAAACUGAAGGCCAUUCCACCUUGAGUAAAACUUGGAACAGGAGGGUAUCGCCCACUGAUAGCCCCUCCUAAUUAUUAAAGCCAUUUGAUGCUUUAGAGCUCAGCUCACCUAUCAUGCAAAUUUGAGAACAUGAAUUUCGAACUGGAAGUACCUGGUAGUUCUUAGUGUCUGCUAGCUUUGUCUUUACUAUGACGAUGCUAAUAUUGGUUCUGCUGGCUUCCAGAAAGGAUUACAAUGAAGUGACAAGCUUUGUGCUCUUAGGAAAAGUGGUAUAUAAGUAUUAAGUAUUGCAUAAAAUUUGAAAUGCACAAACAAAAGCACUGCUGUGUUUGUAUAAGGUAUAUUUUUUCUAAAAAACCUUCAGUAGAAUCCGACAGAUGUUGUUCUGUCAUGAAGCUCAUCCUAUGAACCAUCUUGAAGUGCUUUCAUAGUACAACAAAAACAUGCAACAAAUACAUAUAUAAAAACAGUUGAAACUAUUGUGUAAUAAUAAACAAUUUCAGAUGCAAUUCAGAUAUAGACAAGGACAGAAAUAUUCACUUAGGGACUAUUUGUUGAAAGAGGAAAGUUGACAUUCUUGCUACCCAGCUUUUUCCUCGUAUGUAUGUGCUGUAAUUGCUCCUUCUAGUCCUGUUCAUAUUCUCUCUCUCUCUCUCUCUCUCUCUCUCACACACACACACACACACACACCAGAUAGUUUGCUCAUUUUGCCCAUCAGCUGAUUGCCACUUUGGGCUUAGUUUCCGAAUUUGCCUACUGCAAGAUUACCUUGCAAUAAGAUCAGUACUAAAACUGUGAAGCACUGAAAUACAGAAAAAUCACUGUCUAUAAGAGGACCUCCUGUCAGACCAUAUGUUUCAUUUUGGUCAUUUGUUUCCUGCUGAAGCUGCUGUUGAGUAGGACCAAAAGAGCAGGUGUGCAAGAAUCAUAGAUACCAGAAAUGUGGCAGCUUAAACCAUUUUUAAGAUUUUGCACCAAAAAGUGACCCGAAGUUGGUGUCAGGAAGAGCUGAAUUCUGUGUCCUGUAUGAAUUGUGCUUAUUUAGUGGAAUUACACAAACAUGGUUUGUGUGUGUGAAUGUGGGUUGUUGUUAUGUAAGGGUGAAUUUUGCACCGAGUUGCAAAUUCUGUGGUGGCUGCAUCAGCAGAAUAGUAGCUGGUAUGCUAGAUUCUGGACUGUGAACUACGCUUAGAGAGGUUAAAAGCACACUUGCUUGACUGUUUUCCUGGAAGUGCAGUAAUGGGUACUGAAUAAAAAUAACUGGUUAUGUCCAAGUCUGCAGGAAGAACUAACCCUUCUAUCAUGUGGCUGGAACUUUCCUCUUCUUCAGCUCCCCUGUUUUGUUUUGUUUUGUUUUGUUUUGUGUGUCUUUUUUAAAAAAAAAAAAAAUAUCCCGGUGUUUCUUGGUAGCUUUGCUGAAGUUCCCCUCCUGUGGCUCCGUCAACAUUUAACAAAUUUUCCUCCAGUUUUCAUGUUUCCUUUGGCUCUGGAUCAACACAAACUCCCCAAAUCCAAAACUAAUUCAGGACUCUAAGUAACAGUAGCAUUUAAGUUUUGGAACUGUGCCAGUCAGAAGGGCAGCCUCUUCAUGGAGGAACAAUCUAAUUCCAGUGUCAACAAUGGCUGUGGAGCUGGCCUUCCCUUUUUAAUGUAAGCCUUUCAGUAAUCUAAACACUACUACAAGAGAUUGGGACCUGCAUCAACAUCUCUAGAGCCUAACUGGCCUUUGUUUUCCGGUAUCACAGGAUGCAAUUGCACUUCAUUCAGGUCAGAGGCCAAGACAGGAAAGACAGGCCAUACUUUGAUUGCUGAAGUGGAGCAGGAGGCUUUAUUUUAAUUUCCUGAGUUAAGUGUGGAACUCCUGACACACAACUGUGACACUGAAUUGGUUUCCAUUAGGGUUUGCCUAAUGAUGUGUUUAGUCGCAGAGUUGAUAGGGAAGGGUGGGGAGAGGAAGAAAAAUGAUCUUCUGAAUUAAGCUUGGAAAUGCCUCAUUUCAGUUUCCUGCUCUGUCCCACAGUCCAGGUGGGUCCACAAGCAUAUCAGAUGAGUUUGAACUUCAGAGGUGAAGAAUAACAAUGACUUUGGCUUAUAUGUGCAGCACUCAAAAGUCAGUGUUGCAGUGCUUCUGAAAUAGGAUAUAAAACCCUGGUCGUAUCUGACUGAGGUUUGUAAAUGUUGAGGUGGUUUCUUUUCUCCUUGCUCUGUAGCUUUUCUCUCAUGCUGAGUCUUCUAUAACAACUGAAGCCAUUCUCUCACAAGCUCAGGGAUGAAACCAUGAUACAGCCGUUGAAUUAAUGUUGAAGUGAGGAUCAUAAUGGAUUAGAGAACUUCCCAGCGGACAAUCGGCUGAAAAGCCCUGCUGAAUCAGGCCAAAGGCAUCCUGUUCUCACAGGGGCCAGCCAGAUGUUUGUGGGAAGCCUGCAAACAAGAUGGAAGAACAAUAGUCCUCUCCCCACUUGUGACUCUCAACAAAUGGCAUUCAGAGACAUGCCGCCUCCAACAUUGGAGGUAGAAAACUAUCAUUGUGGCUGGUAGCCAUUGAUAGUUUUAUCCUCUAUAUAUUUGUCUAAUCCUCUUUUAAAACUCUUUUAAGUUGGUGGCCAUUACUACUUCUCAGGGGAGCAAAGUCUAGCUAUGCACUUUGUGAAGAAGUACUUCCUUUAGCCUGUCCUGAAUCUUCCAACAUUCAGCUUCAUGGGAUUUUCUCAAGUGUUAUGAGAGAGGGGGGAAAGCUUUUGACUGGUGGUGGCUGCAAACCUCUUUGGUCCAGCCACUUGUUUACCUGCCCCACACAUGAUGUCAUGUAUCAUGUUAGGACUGGUGGAUGUGGCUUGGCUAAAAUGGCCUUAGCAGGCCAAAUGGGUAGGCCUGGCGGGUCUAAUUAGGUCCACUGGCCAGGGGUCCCCCAACCCUCUCCUCCAUCCGUAGAGUCAAGGACUGGAUCUUGUUCUCUGUACUGAGGAAGACUUUUUGUAAGGGAGACUGGAGCCAGGAGGCAGUGAGAAUUGAAGCACGACUAUUCGCAAGCUCUGUAGAAAAGCAGGUGAGAUGUGGGUGGGCUGAACAGGCCUGAACUUUUCUGCUUGUAUGGCAGCUGUGCAGUAACUUCCACCACGGUGCAUCUUGCUUUUCUUUCUGGCAGCACUGCUGGAAACAUCUAGCCCCAUAUGAACCCAUAAAAAGUAUUUAUCAUUGUGGUUUCCCCCUGCUCUCCCACAAAAAAAAUGGCCAGGAUGCCUUUUACUUUCAAGUCUUAAUUUCUUCCAGUUUUCUGGUUAGCAGUGGGGGAUCUGUGAUGACAUUGUGGUCAUGUAGUGCCCCUUAUUUGAUGAGCCUGGCCUAAUUCUGCCAUAGUCAGCUCAGUCUGGGCAGUUAAUAAUUCUCCCUAUUUUGCUCGUUCUCUAAGGGAAACAUAAUAUGUACUGUGUAUGUUUGGUUAUAUGUUUAAAAAAACUUUUAUAGAGUAAUUCUUUUUCCCAAGAUAGCUGCAUUUAUCUUGUGGUUCAUCUUUUGAAGUUCCUCUGCCUGUGGGAUUGCAGAGUAGAAGGUUCUGUCUUGAUUCUUGCCACAAAUGGCCGCCCUCUCCUUCACUGGAGACCUCCUCCUGCAAGGCUAGGCCACUGUGGCUUGCCUUCCCAGAUUCUGGUGGAAUAGAGAGUAGCAGCAGAGUAUCUGCUUUGCACAGAUGCUCCACCGUUGAAGUGUUGACAUUCUUAUUCCAAAAUAAUCCCUUUGCUGACCCUUUAGUAUAAAAGUUCUGGUUCAAGUUUUGCUUAUGUCAUGCCACAAUAAUGAAUAGAGUUCUCUUGCAGCCCGCAGAAUCCUCAAAAAUGUCAUACUGAGCCCGAGCUCUUGUUUUCUUAUCCUCUGGCAAUUGCAGCUCUGCUGGUGUAAUGGGUACUUCCCUACAACACAGAAAAAUGGGUUUUCUCCAGGCCCCUAACGAGAAAUAUUGUGCCGUGUUGCCAAAAUCACACAGGCAGUUGGGAAACGUGUUACACGGCAUUGUACAGUAAGCUGGUAUAAAACUUCAGGUAGUCUAAUAUGCCCAGGUACUCAUCAGUCUUUGCAGUGCAUGUAUACCUAUUGGCCAGUGCAUUGGAACAGAAGACAGGUUUCAUUUUUACCUAAAUGAUUAAAUGGAGUCCUGUACUGCCUCUGCUCUUUUCCUUGUCUUUACAUUCCACCCCCAUAUAAUCUCCAUGGCUACAGCUUUGCUUCUUUCCCUUAAAUGGCUUGUGUCCCAGUUACCUGAAAGACUCUUUUCUCCUGCAUGGACCUCCAUUCUAAGACCACCUUCCGAGGCCAUUCUUCCAAGUCCCCUGACUUUUGAAGUAAGGUGGGGUGGCCAAGGAAACUGCCUUCUCUGUUGUUGCCCCCUGGUUGUGGAAUACUCUCCUUAGCCAGGUUUGCUGGGCACCAACUCAGAUGUCUUUUCAGUGCUUUUCAUUUGCCCUGGAUUCUGAUGCAAAUUUUUAGACCUGUUUUUAUGGCUGGAAUUUUACUGAGAUGAUUAUGUUGCCCCUCUUUUAAAUUUACCAGUAGCAUCAUUUUUCCACUUCUAAUUCCAGUCUCUACACUACAGACUCUGAAUCUGAAAAGAUCCCACGUCAGCUUUGCUGCUUGUGUUGUUCAUGGACUGUAUCCUUCAGUUUGGCUUCGGGUGUCAGAAGGGUCUAGAGCAGGGGUGGGCAAGGUUUACCCCGCCUGGGCCGGUUCACUCCAGCGGAGAUCCCUCCGUGGGCCAGAUCGUGAGCACGCGUGGCCGCAAUUUCCGGCGUCUGAGCAUGCGCAGACGCAAUUUCCGGCACUGCGGAAGCGAGUUCCUGCGCCACACUGCACCGGUAUAGCGCAGCAUGCGGGGACUCACCAAGCGGGCGGCUCGGGGGCCGGUUAAACGAUCCCCAUGGGCGGCUUGUGGCCCAUGGACCUUAGGUUGCCUACCCCUGGUCUAGAGUGAGCUGCAAUUUAGUGUUAGGGAAUGGAGUAUCACAGCCCAAUCCCAGGCAGAUUUGUUUGGGAGUCCUGCCAUGUUGAGUGUGGCUAACAUUCAGCCAAGUGUGCCUGGUGUGGCAACCUUGAUAGGCCUCUUCAGGUCAGGCUGUUAGGAUCCUGUUCUCUUGAAACAAGAUUAAUAGGCUGGAGAAUACGUAUUCCCCUUCAUAAUGGUGAUAAUGGUUUAUUAAUGAUUGUAAUGGGAAUGGUAAUUCAAACAACGUUGGUAUUAUGAAAAAAAUAUGAUUAAUGUUCCUCAGCAAAAGAAAAUAUGUUUUUACUCCUAAACUGCUGGAAAAGAAUAAGAAGAGAAAUGGCUUCCUAGAUGUGGGGACAGAAAAUUUAUUUUCUCGAAGAAGGUGUGCAAAUUUGUUGAAGCAUUCAACAUCAAAGGGAUUUGUUUGGCUCUGUAGGUUUUAAUGCAUAUCAUGACAUAAUAGCCAGAAGAACAUCCUGCCUUUUAGCUUGCAUGGCCUGGGAUAGCUCAGACAAUAGAGCAUGAUAAUCUUGACCUCAGGGUUGCGGAUUCGAGCCCCAUGUUUCCAGAAUUGCAGUGGGUUGGACUAGAUGACCCUUGUGGUCCCAUCCAACUCUAUAAUUGUGUGUUUCUUUGCACUUCAAUUUUCAUAUAAUUUACAUGAUAUGAUAGAUGAUAUGCAGUGUUUGCUGAUUAUGUUCCCCUUAUUCUGUCAUAUUUUGCAGCUGACACAGUGGUGUGAGACAGCUCAACUUGACUGACAUAUGCUGAAGAAAAUUUAUUAGUGGUUUCCAGUUUGAUUAGCAGUUCUUUAUGUGAUAUACCUGAUAACAUCCUAAUGUCAAAGCCAUAUAACAUGUUGGUGAUCAUGUUAGUUCUGAACCUUAGAUGCAUGGAGUGAGGAUCACAUUACUGAGAGGGUUGGGUGUUAGAAAAUCAUUCCUGACUAGUGUUUGUAAUUUGAAUAUGAAAUACCACCUAAAGAUUAAGUGUGUUUUUCCUGUUUUAUUCUCCUUGAAGAGUUAGUUAUUGGAUAGUUUGCAAUGUGAUAGCAUUUGACAUGAAUAUUUAAAACAUGUCUAAUGGUAGGAAAUGCAUUUGGCAAACAGGAAGUUCAGUGUCCUCACCGCCUGGAGUUCUGUAUCCUAUCUACAACAAAUUAAGCAACCAGAAGAAUCUGACCUCUGUGAGUUAGGACAGAUAUGUAGUGAUGAGAUCUGUCUUAAGAGACUGGACUGUAGCCAGUGCCUUGGAAGUCAGUACCAAAAUAUCAGAGCAGGGAACAGAGAGAGAUCAAGCACCAUCAAAAUAUAAGAACUGAGAAAAUGAAGAGACUAAACAUCAAUUUGCAAUGCACUGGAAGCUUAAUGGCUGUGGAUAAUUUGCAUAAAUUUGCCUGAAAAUGGUGGGUGCUGAGCUGCCAGAAUGGGAGAAAAUUUCUCUCUCCCAGCAAGUUGGGUGGACUUUUAAGAGCCAUGCUGUAGUUAUCUCAAUAUCUUGAAAAUCCAGAUUUAUGCAUAACCUGUGUUUUAGAAAGUCUUGACCUGUAAUAUACAUUUAGGGGAGGAGCUUUUACUAUUUGACAUGCAUCUUUCUAAGUUUUUCUCCAGGCGUGAGAUACAGAGAAGAAUUGUAUACUAACCGUGUUUUUAAGCUUUCCUUUCAAAUCCAUGAACAUCCUUAUAAAAUGCCAACUGUACUAAGGAUUCUAAAUUGAACUCUAAAUGAAUGGUAUUAGUAAGUGCAUUAUUGGUCAAUAAUGCCUGAUGUCGUGAUUAUUAGAUUAAUUAGAGGUAUUAAACAUUUUGUUCCAGUAGUAAUGCAUACAAAAGUUGAUGCAGAAAAUAUCAGGGAGUCAGUGCAGAAGCCGAAAGACAAAGUUGGGAUUGCAUUGGGCAAGAGUUAACUUUAGCCUAAGCAGCAUUCUGAUUUGCCUGAAAAGUGCAGAGAUGACGAGAGCAAAGGCUGGGAAGGAGGGAGGUUGCAGUAGUCUACGUAAGAUGUGACUGGAACAUGAAUUAGGGUUUUAGCAACAAAUAUAGAAAGAAAGAGGUAAUUCUUGGAUGGGUGUUGGAGAGUAGGAAGUGACAGUACCCUAGGAUUUUUGGAAGGCAGAGGAGAUCAGAGCAGUUUCUGCAACAUGAUGGAGAAGGAUCAGAUGAGAAGACUGGAAUUUCCAUUGCUGGCCUUGUCAGUUCCAGGUGUCAGCAGCAUAGUCUGGAGUAAAUGCCUGUCUAUUAGUUAAAUAUUAGUUUAAUACAGUGGUACCUCUGGUUACGUACUUAAUUCGUUCUGGAGGUUCGUUCUUAACCUGAAACUGUUCUUAACCUGAAGCACCACUUUAUCUAAUGGGGCCUCCCACUGCUGCUGCGCCGCCGUCGUGCGAUUUCUGUUCUCAUCCUGAAGCAAAGUUCUUAACCCGAGGUACUAUUUCUGGGUUAGCGGAGUCUGUAACCUGAAGCGUAUGUAACCUGAAGCGUAUGUAACCCAAGGUACCACUGUAUAUCAGAUUUCCUAUAUAUGUAGAUUUCCCCCCCUAGAUUUUCUUGUUAAGUAAUGGGGCUUGAAUUUAACUAUGCUUGCUGACAUUACAUUGGGAUUAAUGACCAAAUGAUGAUGCACUCCUGUGGGAGUCAGUUCCAUUGAACUCAUAGCGACUUACUUAGUAAACAGGUUAGGAUCUGGCCAAAACAACCUCUCUAAGAUUGCAGCAUUUGUAUAUUUUAAAAUCAUUACUUGUAACAAUGACAUACCAGGAAACUUGCUAUUGCAGCAUUAGUAUUUCAAUUUUUCUCUCUUCAGAUAUUUAUGUUAGAUUGCUUCCUACCGGAUGUGAAUUAUAUGACCCUGAAUUUUCUGCCUCUUAUCUGAUGCUUUUAUUUUGCUCUCUCGUGGGCAUUUGCUGCUUUUCCUGUUUUGGUGUUUUCUGAAAGCACCUCUGUGGAUAAGUUCCCCUUUUCCAGGUCACUAAUGAAGAUGUUUUAAAACAAUGGAUCUAACAGUGAUCCCUGUAGUUUCUAAGAGCUCCAUCCCUCCUGCAGUUUGGUAUGUUGCUGUUUCUCAUUACCCUUUGUUUAUGGUUCUUCAGCCAGCUUUUGACUUUUGUGUUCAUAUCCGAGCCAAUUAUAAUUACUUUUCUGAAUAGCGGGCCAUGAUAUAAAUUAUCCUGCAAAGCUUUCCCCAAUAUGCUCUGAGCCCUUGGAGAUAUUGCAGCAUUUUCAUUUCUAAAGAUGUGGUGACUUACAAAAUAUUUAAAGGGAAGCUGCUCAGCCCAUUGUCACACUUAAUUAACAUAGGGUAGACAUGGGAACUCAGUCUUGCUUUUUAAUCAGAGGUGCAGCCACUUAGUCUUUUUAAAGUGAGGGUGGGGCAGAGUUAUUCUUCUUUCAGAGUAGCCGAUUCUUUCACUUCCACAUGAUAGUGUGCUUGCAUAUGCCUUUCAGACCAUUGCUGCUUUACCAGAAUAAAUUGCAUUUUUAUUGGCUAGCCCAGACUUCCUUAGAAUUGGCAGCAGCUUUCAGUGGGUACUGGAAAAGUUACCUCCAGUCAUUGGCUUUCAAGGCAAAUGUUUACAAGCACUCUUUUUCUCUCCUUCCCGUCACUCUUCAGUUUUGCUACCCUUGAGAUUUAUUGCUUUCCGUGCUCCAUUCCUUUAUCAUGGAAAAGUACUUUCCUCGGGUUCCUGUUAAUCUUUAUAGUAUGUGUGAUUGCUGCCAUUUAUGCUUACCCAAGCCAUAAACCUUAUCUGACCUGUAUAGACUUGUUGAAUUUCUUUUCCUUGUCUGUAUAAAUCAGACCUGCUGAAUUUGCUUGACAUGUUCCCUUAAGCUUUUAAAGAAUAAAAAGGGAAACUUCUGAAUGUCAGAAGUUUCUGCAUCAGUGUCUCCAUGAGGUUUAGUGAAGGUGAGGGAAUAGCUAUAGCUCAGGGGUAGGCAACCUAAGGCCCAUGGGCCACAAGCGGCCCACAGGGCUUGUUUAACCGGCCCACAAGCCUCCCCCGAACCGAGCUGCCCGCUCAGCGAGUCCCCGCACACUGCUCUAAACCGGCGCGGCGCGGGGACUCGCUUCCGCGGCGCUGGAAAUCACAUCUGUGCAUGUGCAGAAGCUGAAAAUCAUGUUUGGGCAGAUGCAAACGCUGGAAAUUGUGUCUGCACAGACGCCGGAAAUCGCAGACGGGCGCGCUCAUGCAUGCGCGCAAUCCAGCCCACAGAGGGAUCUCUGCUGGAGUGAAUCGGCCCAGGCGAGGUAAACCUUGCCGACCCCUGCUAUAGCUGGUCCUUGGUUCAAGCAGGAAAAUAUUUCCACAAGUGUGUUAUGCCUCAUGUAUUCGUAUAGCAUUGCAUGAAUGUGUUGAUUGUACAAGGAGAGUUGGAAGCUUGAAUGCUUCCAGCUCCAGACUGGGGAGCUAAACUAGCCUUAAAAUCUUCCUUCAUUAUUACCUUAUGUUUCAGAAAUGGUGGAGUAAACAUUUAUGUUUAACAACAACACCACACAUAAACAUCAACAUCUCCUUGGGUCUCCUGUGAAUGGCAGACCAGGAGUUUAAAUCCCCACUCAGCCAUGAAGCUCACUUGGAUCUGUCAUCAACUUUCAGCCUGACCUGUCUCAGAGCUGUUGUGUGGAUAAUACGGAGAGCCAUGUAUGCCACCGUGAGCAACUUGGAGGAAAGGUGGGAUAGAAAUGCAACCAACCAAUCAACGAAUGUCUUAUGACAGAGAUACUGUAAUUAAGCUUGGACUGUGUCAUCUUCCAAAGGUGCCCAUGGAGCAUGAUACUGAGCCAGUGGACCUUGACACCUGUAAAAUUGGUGACCUACAACACCACAUUACGUAGCCAUACUUAUAAGUAGGUGGGAUUCUGGUCAGGUGUUGGACCCCUGGUUGAAAUUAGUUCUGCUUCUUAUGCUGCGUUAACAGAUCUUUGUGGCCUGUAUCAGUGAGUGAUGUUUCUUCUGUCAUUAGAACAUAUGAGUGCAGUGUGGCCUUCCCAGUUUCUGACAGAAAAUUUCUCUGUUAAAACAAUGGGUCAGCAAAUCCCUCUAUUAAGACUGGAUUAACUGUACUUUUCUUCAGUGGGAAACUGCUACUUGAGGUUAAAAAUCACUGCUUCAAGUGACAAGUGAAGGAAUAGUAGCCAUUUGCUUCUGAAGUUCAUUUAUGGAAAGAAUAUCCCUUCAGAUCAAAGAAGAUUGUCCUGCUAACUAGCCUGUGUGUAAAAGUACAGCCUUCCUCAAUUGUUAAGCUUCCUAAAUGAAGCAGUUCUCCAAAGAGUGUAGAGCAAUGGCAUGCUAAUGAAGAGCCAGCAAUAUUAUCUUGCUGUAAUGAUGGCUGAUUGAUAGCAUCAGUAGAGAAUUAAUGAAAGGUUGUGGGAAGCAGACCCCCUUCUUCGGAGUAAGGGGUGAAAUAUCUUCUUCCUUGUCUCUAAGAAAGGUGAUACAAUUUUCGGACAAACGUUGAGUAAAUUGCUUUUCCCUCUGACAACAUGAAAGAUUCUAGAGAAAUACUUUGUACUUAGAAGAGAUACCAUAGCUGUUACCGGAUUUAAAGUCUGCAUCAGCCCAAGCAGCACCAGAAACAUUUUGACUUGAUUACGAGAAGCGUAUAUUUUAUCCCCUUAAGCACUGCUUUGCUUGCCUAAUAGGCAGGUGCCCUGACUUCCUGCUCAUUUCCGAAUCUCCUUAGUUGACCAGGGAUGGAACAUGAGAAGCUGAGAGGGUCAUAAUCAGAGACAUGGAUCCUGUUCUGGGUUUCUGAAACACAUGAGUGAGCUAUCACACGUGUCCUAUUUUUAGAGGCAGAACUUGCUUGCAAAGAGUUUGACUUCACUCCGUCCGUUUGUAGCUACUUCCUUGUUUCUAUUCUUGAUAUGACCACGUACCUUGAACAUAUCUCCUAUUUCAGGUACAGUAUCAUUAUAAUAUCACUAUAAGUCUGUGAGCAUUUCAGCUGUGAGAAUGUGAAGGGGAAAAUGGAAAUUAGCACACGACAAUACUGGCUGAGGAGCGGCUGCCUUUUUUUAUGAAGCAGAAAUGAUGGCAUGUGUGCACUGUGGUUUUGUGAAAUAUCCUUCAGCUUAUCCCCUUUCUGGAAUCAAGGGAUGAGAGUAAACAGUUAGAAAGCCUAUAAAAACCUGCAGGCUUCCCUACUUUAUUUAAGUCCUCAUAUAUCUGCCAAGGACUCUGGGAAUUGCCCAAAUAUGGGAUCCAUGCAUAUAUGUGGUGGUGAUGCGGAGAUAGAGGUGUUGUAAAUAGGAUAUUGCUGUAAGCUGCUCCAGAUAUUUGGCCAUGGAACCAACCCUUAGAUUUCCCCCCUGAAUGAUUGCUUUUCAGUCGUUGCUUCCAGUCAGUUGCAUCUCGGGAAUCUUAACACACAGUGGAAUGCUGGGAGUGUGUGCGGUUCAUAGGAAUAUUCCCAGUGUCAUUUUGCACUGCAUUCAUGCGCAUUAACGUGAUGUUAGGUGUCCCUUGCUUUUUCUUACCUCUAAAGCAUGUCAAUUAUUUUCUCCCUGCAGGUGCAGGCAGCAGUGGCAGCAGCAGUGCAGAGUGCGCUUGUGGACGAAACCACUUCACCUGUGCUGUUAGUGCUUUUGGCGAAUGCACUUGCAUCCCUGCUCAGUGGCAGUGCGACGGUGACAAUGACUGCGGGGACCACAGUGAUGAAGACGGCUGCAGUAAGCGAACGGUCCAUUCUUAAGAGGGAGGAAGGGAGGGAGAGGGGAAGGACUGAGGCGAAAGAAGAUUGGUGUGUGCCUGGGUUCUGUGAAAAGUCACAGGUCGCUUUUUGCCACCACCGUGGCUAAGGCCUGUGACAAGUAUCUGCCCUAAGAGUUUCUUCCAGUCCAGCAGAGUCAGUGGCAUGUUGCUAACUUGGGACGUGUUGCAACAUGUCCCUUUUCCAGACAUUUCCUUUGUUGGCAUUCUUGGAAGGUUGUGGCUGUGAGGAGAGCUAGCUGCUUGCUUAAUUAGCUUUUGUGGCCCAUGCUGUCAACAAAAAGAAAACAAAACAGAGUUUGCAGCCGGUGUGGGUGGGGGUGUCUCCAACCUUCAGUUUUGCCUUGUGGUCCUAAAACAGAGGAGAAGGUCCUCAAGAGCAUUAGAAACAACAGACAAAAUCACAGGAUUCCCCCAAAACAAGGAAAGUGGUAUAAAAACUUAUUUAUAAAUAGGCAAAACAAUUUCACCACCCUUACGAGUGAUUUACAUAUACGUACCUUUCAGCCCCAAAAGUCUGAAACAAGAAGCAGGUAAAACAUACCUUCUCCUUGGGAGAAUUUGCACUGAGAACAUCCACAUUGAAAUGUGCAACACCCAUGAAAAAUGUACAGAAAAGCUUCUCAUUUUUUGCUUUUGUUUUGCAAAACUAUGCGUACCCCUCUCUAGAAAGAAUUAUCUCAUUUCUACUGAGGAGCAAGCAUCCUUGCUGAAAUACGAGUUGAACAAUGAGACAAGCUACUGCAAAAGAUGCCUGUCAAAAAUCCAUAAUAGCAAAUGACUCUUCUAUUUUAAAUGUCUAGUAAUGAUUCUCCAUGUACAUCGGUUGACUUGAAAGUUGAGUUUUAGCAAUGCAGAAAAAGGACAGAACCUCCCUCAGAGAGAUCUAGACUUGAAUCAUAAUUACAGCGCAUCCACAAUUCCAAGAUUUGCACUUCUGCAGACAGACUGUCCUAUUUGCAUAAGAACUGCCAUCACAAUGACUGUAGAGCCAAAACAAGGAUGCUAAUUGUUAGUAUUUUUAAUAUCCAGAAGUACAUAGUAAUGAAAUCUCAAAGUAAAAAUGCACUUCAUCUGAAUAAAGAGAGCCCCGAUUUAUAAUUCUCAGCCCUUGGAUUAUGAAAUAAGGAGCAGCGAUUCCUGAAAAGUAGAAUCUAGCCAUUUUACUUUUUUUAAAAAUCCAUACUUACAUGUGUGCACGCACACACAUGUAUGUAUAUAUAUCUGUCUGUCUACAUGUGUGCAGUCAUUGUACAUGCACAUACAUUUCUGGACCCCAUUUUCAAUGCUGGAUUUCUUUACAUUUCUAAACGCCUUGGGACAAGGUUACCUGAAAGAUGUAUUUAUUUAUUUAAAUAGUUAUAAAUGGCCUUUUCAUAUAAAAUAUUGCAAGGGGUUAUACAGACCAAAAACAGCAGUACGCAUUUCAAUGAAAACAUCAUCAAGCACACGGUAAGAACUGGUUGGCAAAGAAUCUCUGUUUUGAAACACCUGUCUGAAUGAUACAAUUUUAAGAAGACUUCUAGAAAUGAGGAGGGAUGGCUCUUGCUUCUAUUGUCAAGGAAUUCCACAGGAGCCAUCAAACUUCCCCAGAAGAAGACAUGACUGAUCAAGGAGGAGCAUAAGGAAUCAUGUGGUCAUGGAAUGGCCUCCCCCAAGAGGCUCUAGCGUCUUCAUAGUGUCUUUUUAAACGUGGCUUUAAAUAAACUUCACUCUAAUGGUGUGGUCUUAAGCUGUGCUGCAAAUAAUUUUAUAUUGUUUCUGAAAUAACUGAAUGCACUCGUGUGCAAAGGGAAUGUGUGAAGAGUUGAUUGAACAGAUAUAGUUAUGCACAUUUCGGCAAGGGAUCAUCAUGGUGCUCUGCAUCAGGUGCAAACCUUAAAUUAUUGCUAUAUAUUUGGUAGUGCAACUCAAUUUUCACCUUUGGUAACUGCCCAGCGUGUCACAUGCUGUGUGUCUAGUACGUCUGUUCGAAUACUGUGAUCUGAGAGUCUCCUAGCUGUGGUUUUUUUUAACGAGUCUUGCAUGUUACUUGGCUACGGUGAUGGUUUAAAAAAUACAUACAAAGCAUUUUUCUGAAUCUCAUAGCCUUGCACCUCCUUUGCAGUUCUUGGUUUCUCACAGACCGUAUUUUUCGCUCUAUAAGAUGCACCAGACCAUAAGAUGCACCUAGUUUUUGGAGGAGGAAAACAAUAAAAAAAAUAUUCUGAAUCUCAGAAGCCAGAACAACAAGAGGGUUCGCUGCGCAGUGAAUGCAGCGAUCUCUCUUGCUGUUCUGGCUUCUGGGAUAGUUGCGCAGCCUGCAUUCGCUCCAUAAGACGCACACACAUUUCCCCUUAUUUUUAGGAGGGAAAAAAUGAGUCUCAUAGAGCAAAAAAUAUGGUAAAUGGUCUUGCCGGUAAGCAGCAUCACUUCCUUUUUCAUCUGCAAACUUUACAUUUGAAGGGUUUUCAUCUUUACCAAACCAGUGUCUGUUUAGUUUCCUUAGUUGUCUUCUUUCUUUUCCUCCAACUGAAUUAAUCUACUCAUUUUCCCUAGGCCAAAAAAUAAAAAUGAAAUCCAUUUGCUCUCUAAAUAUUUAAUUGGGAUGGGCAUAUCUGAAGACACGAGGAGGCACGUUGGUACCAAGCCUUAGUUUGGUGUAGGGGAGAAUAUUUUUUGUUUCUGCUCUUUUGUACCUGUUGAAAUGUGCCUAUGUGCCUGAAAAAGCCAUAGAGAAAAAGGAGGUAGAGAUGCUUAGACCUCCCAAUAAAUUUUCUGUGGCUUGCACUUCUGCUUUAUUAAGAACAUAAGAUGAGCUUGGUGGAUGAGGCCAGUGGCCCAUCUAGCAUCCUGUUCUCACAGCGGCCAACCAGAUACCUCUGAGAAGCCAGCAAGCAGGAUUUGAGUGUAAACCUCUUGUGGUUUCCAGCAACUGGUAUUCAAAAUCAUUGCUGCCUCCCAAGUGUGGUGGCAGAGCAUAGCCAUCAUGGCUAGUAGCCAUCAAUAGCUCUCUCCUCCAUGAAUUUGUCUAAUACUGUUCUAAAGCUAUCAAAAUUCGUGGCCCCCAUCGCCUCCUGUGGGACUGAGUUCCAUAGUUUAAAACUAAGUGAAAUUAGAAGUGCCAUUGGUGCAUACUUAGAGAAAUGAAUGCACGAGCCCCUUGCCUUGCCUCUCUGGAGCUGCAGAGUCCCAUCAUCAUUUUCGAGGAGGGGGAGCCAGCAAGAGUCUUUAAAAUCAAGUGUGGCAGAGAGCAAUGAAUUAGAAUGUGCCCUUACAGAAACAACAACAACAGCCUUCUUAAAAACAAGGGGGGUGGGAAUUAGCAGCAGCGUAUGUGAAGUGCAGAAUCAUGUUGAAGUGAGCAAUGAACAGCAUAUGACAAUCAAAGCAUUGCUUUUCUUUUUUCUUUUUGUCGCUAGUCAAUUGCAGAAUGAGCUUAUGGAUGCACUCACCCAUGUCUUUCUUGCUAACGGCGGCUCUGAUUUUGUGUCUUUCCCUGACAUACUUCAUCCCCUGAAGUAUUCUCCUUGUUCUCCUUGUUAUCUGAUAUCAUUGCUUCAGAGUCAGUCCUUGGGUAUGUGGCUUUCAAGAAGCACCUCAUAUCUCGGGGAGUUGGCUUGUCUCCAGUGUCGCUGUUGUGCCGUGGGGUUGGGGUGUGCUCAGGGAGCGUGUCCCUCAAAUAGUAGUCCACCAUCCAGAGUUCAAGAGCUCCUGGCCCGACCUGGCGGCUUGCAGCCCUUCUCUUUCCGUCCUCUUGAUGUCUGCUGCUCUUCCCUCCGACACAGCUCCAUCUCUCCCCCAGACAUUGCUCCAUCACCUUCUUCCAACAGGUCCCUGUUGCCUUCCAUCGCUCUUGGUCCUCACGCAACUCCUUUCCCAAACGUCCACCCAGGGAAGUUGUGUCAACAACAAGGGUGCUGGAAUUCUUGGACCCAAGUCAGUCAUGGUCAUUUGUUUCAAUGAGUCUACUCUGGGGGGGGGGGAGUUGAAUGCCAUCCACUAUAUAUGAUAGUAUACAUGUUUUUACCUCUCUGCAAAGAAUAACCCUUUGAUGCAAAUAUAAUGCAAAUGAAGCUGCUCUAAAAGAUUUUUGGUUGGGAGUGAGAAGAAGAUUUAGGCUGAAUUUAGUAUGUUCAAAAGGGUUUAGUUGUGCCAGCCUAAAGGUCAGCCUUGAUAAUGAAGUGUUUUGAGAGGAGAGGCUUUUGCUGCUUUUCUGCUUUUUCACCCAUCCUCAUGUAGGAAUCCUUCAUGGAACUUAUAGUCACUAAUGGGAUUACUGAUUGCCUUUGAAACCGCCUGCUUUUUAGGCUGGAAACUAAUGCUAGUUAAGUACAGUUUUCCCCAUUGUGAAAAUGGGCAAUUUGGCACUUGAGAAGUUAUCAAGCAUAAUUAUGUGCUUUUAGAAAGGUUUUAGAAAAUCAAACACCUGGAAAUACAGGUGCUCCUUAUAGAGGCUCUUGUGAAUGCUGUCUCAGGGAUAGGAGGAAAAGAGAAAGGUCUUUUUUAUUUGGAUUUUGCCUGUUGAUGGUCAUUGAUGUAUGUGGGUAUUUCCAGCAUGGUUGAAUGAAAUGGGAAAUAAUGAAGAAUAUAGGAUAUCUAUUUAUUGGUUGCUAAUCCCAAGCAGCAAUAUUGGCUUUUUCAUUGGUUUCUAAAGCAAGGUUUUGUGGUUGGAAGGAAGCCAAUGGCUCCUGAAUCUUGGAUUGACUAGAUGAAAAGCCUCAUAACUUAAGGCUUCUAUUACAUAAAGUGCUACUUCAUGUACUAUAUGUGUGCAAUAUACAGUGGUACCUCUGGUUAAGUACUUAAUUCGUUCCGGAGGUUCGUACUUAACCUGAAACUGUUCUUAACCUGAACCACCACUUUAGCUAAUGGGGCCUCCUGCUGCUGCCGCGCCACUGAAGCACGAUUUCUGUUCUCAUCCUGAAGCAAAGUUCUUAACCUGAAGCACUAUUUCUGGGUUAGCGGAGUCUGUAACCUGAAGCGUAUGUAACCUGAAGCGUAUGUAACCCGAGGUACCACUGUAUAAGGAAUAUGUGGACUUUUGAAAAAAGUGGUUAGCUUAUGUUAUAGAUAUCAUAUAAGAACUUAAGAAGGGCUAGCUGGAUGAUGCCAGUUGCGCAUCUAGUCCAGCAUCCUGUUCUCACAGUGGCCAGCCGGAUCCCUGUGGGAAGACCAUAAGCAGGACCUGAGUACAACAGCGCUCUACUCUCCUGUGAUUUCCAGCAACUGGUAUUCAGAAACAGACUUACUCUGACAGUGGAGGUAAUUUUCUCUCUGUCUCCUUCAGCUCCUCAAAGUUGGCCGCUUUGACUCUGGCCUCCAGGGUAUGCGCAUGUUUUUGGAGAGCCAGAUUCUUUCCAAUGAGCGCAUCCUCUGUCAUGCUUCUGACUCUUGAUGCAAAACAGUAGAGAGCUAUUCUCCUUUUUUUAGACUUUUGCUGAUACCCUUUGACCGCUGUUAAUUGCAGUUUCCUGGAUGGAACUCUAGCGUUUGGUUUAUUUUUAUUUUUAUUGGCAAGGAUGCAAUCAUUUUAUAAUUACUAUUUAGUCAGACACUUCCCUUAGUUUUUCACCCCAAUUGUGUGUACUCCGGGACCUCCUAACAUAGGUGGAGUGAAGGAAGGAAGGAAGGGCUUUUGGUUUCAUACCCAUUGCAUCACUUUCCCAGACUUGCUGGGGAGGUUUCUAAAGGGAUGAGGGAAGGUGAAUGUGAUUUCCACUUCAAAACUGGGAGUAAUUAUUUUGCUGAAGACCUAGGCUGGCAUAGGAGUUGGAGCGGUUUGCAUUUUCAAGGUAGAAAACGGGGAGUGUAUCUGGAUGCCCUGGGCUGCCCAAACAACGAGACAGCCUCCCCCCACUUGACCUCACUGAGGCGGUCUAAAGGAAAUCAGAGGAAUACAUUUGGCACCAGCUUGGCUGCAGGAGUUGCCAGAAGGAGGCUCCACUCCGGAUUUGUGUAGGAUUUACUCCUUAGCCUUUUCUUCUCCUGAAGAUACCACACAAGGCAGCAGAGGUUUAGGAUCAGAGUUUUCCUUCCCCUAGAUGGGUCCCUUUCUGUCCCUCCAUUCCCUCUACAGAAACCGCCUUCUUGACCAUUGGACCCUCUGUUAGUUUCAGCUGCUCAAUCCCCCAGAACCUGUCUCAAUCCCCUGACACACAGGGGAAGUCCUUAAUUCACCAAGGGUUUGAGACCCAUCAGCUACCCUCACCUAGUUAAGCUGGCCAGUCAGAAUUGUUUCCUGGCGUGUUGCUGCUGUCACAUGCUGACAGCUUCUGGGAGUUACAGGUGAGAGCUGAGUGCAGGGUGAGGAGCAGAGGUAGACCCCAGAAGGUGCAUGACAUUUCCCCCGUCAGAGGUACUAUCCCUCCUCUAACAGUCUACUUUGAAAGAAAAAGCCUUCUGUUGUUGCCAUUGUUAAGCAUUUAGUUGUCAAACUCUUCCUGAUCUAUUGCAAUUUAUCCAGCAGUCUAAUAUCGUAGCACUUUGCUUAUGUUCUUCUUAGGAGCUUACGUUCUUCUUGGGAUCUGAUGUUCUAUGAUACUGGAGACAAAUUCCUGGACUGAGGAUGUGCUCGCACCAGCACCCCAUUCCUUAAUUAUAACUGUGUGUCCAUCCACCCUGAGCUAUUAUUUUGCACCUGGCUCUGGUUGGUGGAGCUUGAAGUUCUAGUAAAAAUCCAAAAUAGACCUUGCAAGUCUGAAGAUGGUCCACCCAUGGCCAAGUAUGAACAACACAGCCUGACUUUGCUGGAUUGUCAGACACGCUGAAGAGGGAACAAGGGCCCCUCUUUGUGUGUAACCGUUUCCCUGUGUCACUUUCCCUCCCGCCCCCCUCUCUCUCCCCCUAACUUGAAGCUCAUUUUUCAUAUUUAAGGAGGGCAUUACAUUGGGAGGAACUACUCCCUGUAGGUUUGGAAUUUCAUUUUGAGCAGUUGCCUCAUGAGAGUAGCAGCAGUUCAAUAGGAUAAUGGUAUCCGCUAUGAACCAGCGCUAAUGGCCUAACCCUGUGGGAGCCAGAAGAAUUCUCCCCCAGAGAGCCAGCAUGCAAAUUCCCUUCCAGGCGGCUACUGCUCAGACCUUUGGUGAUUAGUCAUGCUGGGGCUCAAGGCUGCAUAUGUUGGGAGGGGUGGGAUUGUGUGUGUUUGUGCUACAGCUGAGGCCUGGGAGAGUUUGGUCUGCGCAGAGAAAGUGCUAUCUCCUCUCCCAUCACAUCAAUGUGCUCUGCCUUCCUGUGUCUUAAAACCCCUCCCCCCUUUUUUAUGGAGAGGAAGACAGUAUUUCCAGGAGUUAAGGAAAUGAAGAGAUAGUUCAGAAUAAAUAGCUUUCUAGUUAUGCCUUACUCUUCAUUGGCCAGGAUGGAAAAGUAGCUUAAGUUACAUUAGAUAUAGAAAGAGCAGAAUUGGUAUGGCUUAUACAUUGUUUUGAAAGCGUCCCAAUCACAAAACUUUAUUUUUCAUACUGCAUUUAACCAGUAAGGGGUUACAGAGUGUUGUAAUUGAGCCGAGAAUUAAAUGUGCAUGAUCUCAGAUUGUCAACCAGCAGGUUUACAUUCUUGUUUUAACCUGAAAUAUAUGAAACAACAAAUAUUUAUUCUGCUGUUCAUGCAAGGCAAAAUAAGGGGGUACUCAAUCUCACAUUAAGAGAUCUGAAGGGAAAAAACCAAAGCUUGAUGGUGUAAUCAAAGUGUGCCCUUGCAGUUGUGUUCUAGGAGUUGUGUGAUAUGUGAAACAUUGCUGUUUGGAUCUGUGAAGCAUUCAUUUGUUUCAUCAUGAGCAUAGUUUGCUGGUCCAACCCAUGAAAGCAGUCAUUUGAAUGGUACCUAAUUGCUGUCGAGGAAGGACUGGGUCUGUGGAUUUAGAAAGCACAUGACAUGGGCCUUCUGGAAUUAUACCAAUUCAGAAUGCAAAUGGAGACCCCAUGUUUGAAUGUUCCAUCAUGUUAAAAAACAAAUUAAUAACCGACCAUACCUCCCCAUAUGACCUGUGAGGUGGUUAUGAGAAAACAAGGCCUGUCAUCUGGAGCUGUUUGACAUCAGACAAAGCCGUGAUGCCAAAUUUGCAAGGAAGUAUUGGGAAUGUACCAGUGCAUUCCUUCUUCUUCCUUUGCAGCUCUGGCUUGUAAAAACCUUAUUUUCAGCUUCUGUUCCAGAGCUCAGAGGUGAGUUUGGGGCCAGCCAACAUAAUCCCAUUCCACCUAUUCACCUGGAGCAUUUUAGAAGAGAGGACUUCUAAUCGUAAGGAGUAAAGCCACCCAUUGGAGGAGCACGCAACUAAUUUUGAAGUUCAUCUUCCAAUAACAGCCUGGUUAUAUGUUGUGGUAACUUUUGCAUCCCUUUCUCCCUUGGCUAGGAACAGUUUUUCCUUCCUUCCAUUUGAGCUACGAAUCUUCAAGGCUGGGAACAUGGGUUUUGCUUUCCCAUGUUAAACUUGCAGCCAUUGCCUUAGAUAAAGUCAGGUAAACGGGGAAAUGGAAAAGGACAAUCUGUACUGUGCGGUUAACUGAUGUUUACACUGGACAGUGGCAGGCAAUUCCAGUUGAUGUGGAGCUUGAAGCAAGCAACACUGACCAUCCAGAGUGUCGUUCCUAGACUGCAAGGGGACUUCUCUUUCCUCCUGCUCCUUGUGUUACUGCUGCAUUCAUUCCCCUGCCAUUCUCUUGUGUUGGUGGAAGGGAAGAAGCCCAGGUGAUGACAGCUGGGAGAUAGUAUCAGCAGACCAGGCAGGGAUGAAAGGGCUUCACAAUCUCCAUCUUCUCUUUGCUCUGUUCUAUUCUUCCUUUCUUUUUUUAAAAAUAGUUGGAAGUAACAUUGUUCCUUUGGAGAACACACCUGUCAGGAGCAAAGUCCCGGUGCUACUCCCUUCCAGUCAUAGUUGGCAGCCCUUGAAAGCGCAGCCCUCCCAAAGGCUGAGAGUUUCUUUCAACCCUGAGGGGGUAGGCAGGGCUGUGAUUGAUUUAUGCUGUCCUUUUGAAUUCCGGCCUUUUACGGAUGGCAGCUUCACCUUUCUAAGGGAUUAUUCUUCUUGCUUGCUUGGGGAUGUGAGGCUGCCAGUACUGAAUAACCGCUGAGAAUUGUGGACGCAUUCUCACUGCGCGCGUCUUGGGAUGUAGUUGGGGCCUCUCCAAAUGAACAACUAAUAGAGCAACAAGUGUGCCCUUGUGGCUCAUUUGUCGUCUGGCAUUCGCACGCAUUCUCUUGCUUAGUUAAAAGAAGGAGGGGAGAGAAAUAGGUUUCCCCCUUUUGCCAGGAAUGUAGGAAGCUUCCUUAUACUGAGCCCAGACCAUUAGCCUGUCUACACUGAGUGACAGUGGCCCUCCAGGAUUUCAGGCUGGGCGCUCUUCCCAGCCCCACCCAGAGGUGCCCUACUCAGGGAUCCAUCAUGGGACAUUCUGCAUGCAAAGCAGAUGCUCUACCAACUAAGCUACAGCUCUUGGCAUAGCGAUUCCUGUUCUGCAUUGCUUUUAUGUCAUGCAGCUUUCACUUUUGGUGAUAGUGUGCUUUUGGAAAUCUCAGGCUGAGCUACCCUCGAGGUAUGGUUGAGCGGCAUUUGGGAUGCGGUCAUCUCAGAGCGACUAACCAGGCUAAGAAGGGUAGCAGAAGGUGUGUAACAAGAAGAGAUACCCUUGUUGAAACCUUGUACUCGUUCUACACGCCUGUUUUAUAGUUUUGUUUUUCAUCUUUUCAUUUUCACCAGUUGUUAUAUCUGUUCUCUCUGUUUUAUAUACAUUAUAAAAAAUGGAAUAAAAAAUAUUGACCAAAAAAAUAAUCCUGGUCUUCCUUCUUUUCAUAUGCAAGGGAUGAACAUAACAAUUCUCCCCUACCAACUACUCAGAUUUGUCUGUGGAGAGCGAUAUUAACCACUAAUGCCUUAAGAAUAUGCUUGAAAUGACAUUACAUAAUCAAUGUAAUGUCUUAUUUUUGGUGGAGAUUGUAUUACAUAACUAGACUUACACCCAGUUUUUCUUGUAACCGUUUUUAUUAUUUUGAAGGGGGGGAAAUAGUGAAAGAAAAAGAAAAAAAAGCUUGGAUAAAGAGAGUCCUGCCCAGACAGAAGUAUCCUGGGUUCAUUACGGUUACUAACUUUGUUUUAGUAAGUUGGUCAUGUGUAAUUUCUCUUUUAUUGUCUCUAGUUCUCUUGGCACAAGUGUUGUAGGAUUAAAACAAAACAAAACAAAAACCCCAUGUAUUGGUGAAACCUUUUGGGUGCUCUUAAUCAGUUCCCUCUCUUCUCCUCCUUCCAUUCUAGUGCUGCCCACUUGCUCCCCCUUGGAUUUUCACUGCGACAACGGCAAGUGCAUCCGUCGCUCAUGGGUCUGCGAUGGAGACAAUGACUGCGAAGAUGACUCCGAUGAGCAAGACUGCCGUAAGUUCACUCAUCACCGGUCCUCAGAAACAGGGCAGAGCCACUACUGCUGUUCCACCCUACUUGGUAGGAUAGCGGCUCCAGAGUCGUGACUCACCUGCCUGGGAAGCUGGCGUCGUGGCUCCACACCCCCCGGCAAUCUGCUUCUGCAGGCCCCUGUUCAGAAUCGUUUUCCAAGAGCACAAAGAGCAUAGCUGGCAUAUCUCAAGCAUAGCUGGCUCUUUGCAGGAGUAAGACAGGUCACUAAAAACCACGGUUGUUAUUAGCAGCAGUUGUAAUUACUGUGGUGUAGUUUGCAGUCCCAGCCAGGCUGGGCAUUGAGUGGCCUCCUUUGGUAGGUGGGAUGCGCUGCCUCAAGCCCUUGGGGAUGGUGUCCUCAUGCUGCUGUUCGCUUGAUGCUGGGCUCCCGUAAUAAGGGCGUACCCCAUAAAUAGAUAGAGGACACAGUUCUCAAAGAUGCUGGGCAGCACACAAACACUUUCCCGGCUAAGCGAACCUGUGUGUGUUUCUGACUUUGCUCGCCGUUUGUGCUUCCUGUAUCCUUUACAGCUCCCCGGGAGUGCAAGGAGGAUGAGUUUUCAUGCCAGAACGGAUACUGCAUACGCAGCCUGUGGCACUGUGACGGUGACAAUGACUGCGGAGACAACAGCGAUGAACAAUGUGGUUAGUAGCCAAAUCCCACAGAGAUUGCUAGAGAAGGGCUUGUGUUGAAGGCAGUGGGCUAAGAUUUGUGCAUUUCAGAAUCUUUGCAGGAAGGCUGCUGGCAGUGGGGAUUUAGUGUAGCAGAUAGGGCUGGUUGGUCACUGCUUCCAAGUCAGUGGGUGAGAUCGAAACAAAAAAUGCUCAUAAAGUAUUUGCACAGAGGGAGAAGGCUGGGAAUUACUCUCCAACCAGACCGUUAUUGUAUAUGAUAUGAUGUUAAAGUUGUAUUUAUAUAACCUGCAAAUCCCGCCUUUCCUCCAAGGUGGCAUAUGUGUUCCCCCCACCCCCACCCAUUAUAUUCUCACAACUUCAUGAGGUACGUCUGGCUGAGACCCAGUGAGCGUCAUGAUUCAUGGUGAACCCUAGUCUCCCAGUUCCUAGUCCGAUGCUUCCAACCAUUACACCACACUGGUUACCUCAGAGGAAAUUAAGAUUACACAUUUGAUUAUUCUGGGCCGAGCAAUAGGAACUAUGCUGCAUUCCUUUGUUGCUAUAGGCUGCUCCUGGAAGGUUGGGCCUCUCCCAGACAAAACCCCAUUGUCAUGUUAUCAGCAGCCUUGUGUGAACCUUCUUGUAUUUCUUCAGAAUUCCUGAAGAUCCAUUCAAAAAUUAACCCAUUGCCUAGUACAGUGGUACCUUGGGUUACAGACGCUUCAGGUUACAGACUCCGCUAACCCAGAAAUAGUACCUCGGGUUAAGAACUUUGCUUCAGGAUGAGAACAGAAAUCGCACGGUGGCAGCAGGAGGCCCCAUUAGCUAAAGUGGUACCUCAGGUUAAGAACAGGCCUCCAGAACGAAUUAAGUUCUUAACCUGAGGUAUGACUGUAUUAAAAAGGAAAGAGCACAUAAGCAGUGAGCACAUUUGUGGGCUAGCAGAUGAUGAGUUGGGUGCUGAGGCACCUUCUCAUGUUGACAGGUGGGUCGCCUGAUCAGAGUCUGGUUCCUAGGAGGGUGGGAUGGGAUGGGGGAAUGACCUUUCCAUUGAACUGCUCCUUGUCGUGCCUUGCAGACAUGAGGAAGUGUUCGGACAAGGAGUUCCGCUGCAGCGAUGGCAGCUGCAUUGCUGAACACUGGUUCUGUGAUGGGGAUACAGACUGCAAGGAUGGAUCAGAUGAAGAGAACUGCCGUAAGUAUUCUCUCUCCCCCAAGUCGUACUUUCCACUCUGAUGUCACAUGGUAUCUUUUGUAAUGAAUGCUAGGCAUACGUCAGUUUUCUCUUGAAAUAAGGACCUAUUGUGACUCCGAAGCCUUGCAGUGGUGUAAUAGAGCAUAUAGAUUAGCAGUGCAAAUCUGUGCAGGCAUUUUGCCAAAUUCAUACUCCUGAGCCCAAAGCUCUGCUUAAAAUUACAUCACCCCUCCUCCCUUUGAUAACAGCAUGCAUCUCUUAAGCUUUGAAAUGAUAAUGGGCUGCAGCUAGAGCAGCUGCAGCACCUUUCUUUUCUUUCUGUCUUAAAAGAGCAACGCGUUCUCCCACAAUGAUGUUUUUUAGAGAGACUCGUAAUAAACGCAAAUGGGGAAAAGUCACAUUGCAGUUUAAAAUCCAUAUUCAUUAUUCAAGAAAUACCUGUGAGCAAGGACGAACUUUAAAGGGUCUGAUAUGCUGCUCAAAGAGAAAGCAAUAAGAUUUUUAGUUGCAACGUCACCAUUUCCAUUCAUAUUCUUCCUUGAGUGUUACUCCAGAAACACUUAGGUUAAGGGGAGAGUUGUGUUGGACUUGCCCUUUUCUUCAAAGGCAGGGCAUGUUAAUCACCGCCACCCUCCCAUUAUGCAGGUUGGUUAUCAUUAAUAACAUUUCUUCCAAGGAGCUCAAAUUGACAUACACUGUUCUCCCCCUCCCCAUUUUAUCCCCACAACAAUCCUGUGAGGUAGGUUAGGUUAUGAGACAGGGACGGAACCUGGGUCACCCAGUGAACUUCAUGGCUGACACUGGAUUUGAAACCUGGGCUCCCAGUUCCUAACACUGACCUGCUGCCCCUGUAGAAGCGGGGGGGGGGGGGGAGGGAUAAACCACUCUGCAAAGUUUUCAACAUCUGCAGCUAAACCAAGCUACCAGCCACGUUCUCUUACUCAUAGUUGUGUGUAAAAGUUCUCUGUGUUUCUAAAUUUGUGAGACUAAGAUGGCUGCAAUCCCCUGAGCAGCCUGUAUCUUUUGAUACGAGCUAUUGUUGCUCUGUUGGUAGGAAAAAUUCAGCUAACCUUUUGCUACCACUUAAGAAAGUAGUGCUGCUUUUUUUCUUUUAAGUUAGUCUAUUUGUUUUCUUGGUCCCAUAAAAGCCACCAUGUUAUUCAUUUUGUAUAUCUCUGGUAUCUCUUGGCAACUUGAGGUUUGUUUCCCCUAUCUGUUUCCUGAGCGCUGGGGCUUUGAACCACACCUUGAGCAAAGAUUUUUGUGAGCACGGGAAAGCGGCUCAACUUUUUGGGGUGGGCGGGUGGUGGAAGAGGAUCUACUUUAAUUUGUGCCAAAGAUUCUGAGGAAGCACUCUCGAUGAGUUCCUUCCCAGGACUUUAGCCUUGGCUGCAGCCUAUGGAAUCAUCCCUCCCAUAAUCUCCCUUUGCUUGGGCCUUAAAUUUUAUCACCAGUGAGUUAAAAGAUUUUUGGAGUUAGCUGCUGGGAGUAUUGGGGGAGCUGGCUGUAGCCUAUUGUGGGGUUGCCUGUCAUUUAGCGCUUUUUAUCAGGUUUCUGUUUCCCCGCUUACCUCUAUGUCUGAGCAGUAGCAAUGGCAGAACUCUCUCUCUUCCUCCUCCUCCACUUCUGUCUCAAGGGCAUUUUGCAGAAUUUGUUCUAGAUAGGAGGAAACUUCAAAAGGUCUGGGGGUGGGGGUGGGGAAGACGACCGGGGCUGCCAGCUCCUGAAGGGCAAGGGUGGGGAACGGUGUUGUGUGGGGUUGUCUUUUAUCUCCCCAGAUAAUAAGAGCUGGCCAGCAGCCAAAGCUGCAAAGACUUCUGAGCCAGGAAAAAGGCUCUGAGAGAGAAAGCCAACCUCUCUCUUUCUCUCCUGUUCAUUGGCUGGGCCUUCCCUCGCUGGUUAUUAAUAAACAUCCAUGCCUCAGGGAUGGGAGAGGAACGAAACUCAAACGUUGCCAUGUUUAGCGGCAGGGUAAAAGAGGGAUUAGGAAAGGUAUCUUCUUAGGCCUGGGUACUUCUUAAAAAUCUGCCUUAAUAGCUUUUUAAAAAAACACACCCAAGGUGAGUAGUGUUUCCUCCUUUUAGAAAGGUGUAGCCUUGCUACAUCAUUUGUGUUUCUCUGCCCCCAAGUUCCCCAUCCCUCUUGGUUAGUAUUUGCAAUGGAAAAAGAUACAUGGCCAGAACGGUUGACCCUAAGCAUCGUCUGGACCAGAGGUGAUGAGCAUGCACGGAGCUUUUAGGCUCUACCCUUUUCCCUACAACCAGAGCCACAUGCAAAACAUUGGCUUAGUGGGGAGGGAGGACGCAAGCACUUCAAAUUGUGGAGCAGCAUGUGUGCGACCCCAGGAUUUGUUUGUAGUACCAGAACCAAGUUGAAUUUUUAAUGCAAAAAUAAAAAAUAAAAAAAUCUACUCUUUGAUUUUCAUUCACACCAGGGUUUCAUUCUUUCAGCAGUCUAAUUUAGAGAGGGAGGAGUUUCCUCCCCACUCACGCUGCUAUUGGUAAAUUGGUCAGGAGUCAGAUUUACUGAUCUUCUGCUGAUCACCAGAAGAUGUACCACUGCCCACCCUUGGUCUGGAGUCCAGCGUGCUAGGCUCUUGGUGGCCGUUCAUUUGCCUUACCUAAUCUAAUGCUGGUGUGUGUGUGUGUGUGUGUGUGUGUGUGUGUGAACACUUGUGCAUCCCCUGCUGUGGCAGUUCUGCUCAGGCUUCCUCCCAGAGUAUCUUUUUCUUUUUGUGUUCUGUGGUUCUGGUUUCUUCCCUCUUUGAAUCUUACAGUCCUGACAGUGGUGCCUGGGCACAUUGUCCCAACACACACAGAAUGUUCUUGUCCUGCCUAAUUCUCCUUGGAGGGCUCUUUUCUGUGCCAUAAAGAAUUGCCGUGGAGAAGGGCUUCAUUGUAAAACCUUUGUCAUAGAUUAUGCUGGGUGCUGCACAGGGUCAGAGUUCUUGGGAAGAAUUCUUACAAUAAAAAAAAGGGAGAGAGAGAGAUGUUCUGGCAUCAUUUUGAAAGAAGCCGAAUUCUUCAAAAGCCUGGCACUGCUCAGGAUGUCUUCUGCUCAGCAGUGUUAGCAAGAUUUAAACUCUCAAAUGUGCCCUCUGCUUUUCAGCCUUAGCAACUUGGCUAACAUCAGACCUUGGCACAGUCAGCUCUUAGGUGUAUAUGGGUGUGGUUCCAGGGACAGGGAAAAUUAUAGCUCUGUGAUGGCCUGGAGCUAUCUCAAAAGGUUAGCCUGCUUUUUGGGAGCCUUUAGAAAACAGCGGGCUCUGAGCACUUGAUGAACACUUGGCAUGCUUGCAGAUCACCAUAAGUCAGUUCACAUUAUGGUUCCCCCAUGGAUUUGCCCAUGUGCUGAAAUCUGCUAUUCUUAAAAUGUGUGAUGUCACACACACACACACACACACACACGCUGCUGCGUCUGCCUGCCCAAAUAAUUCUGUUUUUGUUUUUAAAUGAUAUUUAUUGAAAUUUUUUUAGAAUUACAAAAGAGAACAAAGCAGAAAAAGAGAAAGAAAAAACAAACCACAUCAAACAAUACAAAUUCAAAGAACAAAAAUACACCACAAACACUCAAAAACAAAUCCAUCAUUCUCAAAUCCUCAACUGUCAUUACCUUCUUUCUUUGACCUCCUCCCCCUCCCUUUUUUUGUAUCCUAGUUGUUAAUUGUCGCAGCAAAUCCUUUCCAUAUUUCAUAAUAUUCUGUCAUUACAUUACCUUAAUCUAUUUUAAUCUUAUCUGACUGUAAAGAACCUUAAAGCUUAAGACUUAAAUCUUAUUUUUACCAACUUCCCAUAACCAUAAUAUUCUUACAUAAUUCUUUAAACAUUUUUGCUAAAGCCAAGUAAUUUCGUUCCAACAUUUUUCUAACAUUCAUCAAUUUUAUAAAACAAUCCUAGUAGUAAAAAAAGAAAUAAAAACAAUCCAAUCUUCAUCCAGCGUCCCUUCCUCCUGGUCCCGGGUUUUGUCAGUCCUUAUUAUCCCAUCGAUCUAGCGCAUUAACCUGGUAACCUUGUAUCCGAGGCCCUUAAGUCUCUUCCAUGUCCCUUCCGCAGCUCUUCUUCAUAUUUAUAGCUGUAUUUUCCUUUGUCUCCUGCUCCUUUCACUCGUGGGAACUCCAGCUUAACAAUGUUUUUGACCCUUCUCGACAAAUCAGCCCCUUUUCCAUAGUCCACACUAAACUCCAUGUGGUAUUUAAGAACAUGUUUCAAAAUCCCUCCAAAAUUAAGAGCCCCCACAACCCCAAACAUCUCACGGCCCAUUGCCAGACUUGAAAAGUCCAAACAUCCCUGCAUAGGGUGGUCUAUCAAACACCCCAAUACCAAACCAAACCAAACUUUAUCUUACCAAAUCUUGCUUUUCCAAGUUCAUUUGUCAAAUCCAAAAGCUCAUGUUCCUGCUGGGCCACAGCUCCCUCCAUCUCUGGCGCCCAAGAUUCAGCAACAUCCUCUUCCCUCAUCUGUUCUGUCAGGGCACACUCCUGAUUUAAUUCCUGGGUGGGCUCCAUAUAAUUUCCCACUGCCUGUUCAAAAUUUCUGAUCGCAUCAGUCAUCAAAUCCGUCUUCUCAUAUAGCUGUUCCAGUAGGGCAUUUGUUUUACAGAAAGCACACAACAGAGCUUCUGAAUACAUUGUCCUGCAAGGUCAGAAGUCUAUUCCCACGAUUGUAAUCUGUAACAGCUGCAAGCUCCCAGGAGUUGGUUACAGUUUCACAGUCUCCCUCUAGGGGGAAAACUUCUAUUUGUUCUUUCUUUUAAAGACAAGUUUAACAACAAAGUUUCCUUUUUCAGAUAUUUUGUCAAUAUUUGUUCCUUUAAAAAGCGAAGGGGAACAAUGGAAUCAAUGUUUUUCUUCUUAUAGCUAUCUGUCAAAAACGUUUGUCUCUGGUCAAUGAGCUUCAAAAAACGUCAGUCCUGACACCCCGCUCCAGGAUCAGGACGGUGGAAAGUUACUUUACUUUACACUCACUUCUGCAGGUUUAAACAGUCCGAAAAAAUCCCCCUCUUCUCCUGCUUCCGAAGGGGUUCAACAAUUUUAAAUGAUGAAAGUUAAUCUUUUACAAGCGAUUUUCUGAGCUCUAGUUUGCCAUGUCUUUGCUUUAAUCUAUCUACAAAGAAACGGAAGGCUGACUUCCUGUUUAGACCUUCCCGUUUCAGUGCCAAAUUGAGGUAAACUUUUAAGUCCAAUUUUCCUUUCUGCUCACAAGUCCUUAUUUAAAGUCCAAUUGUCCGAGUUUAAGUACUCACGGGUGAUUAUUUUAGAAGCCAAGUUGUCCCAGGAAAAAGGCAGCCCUCUCUGGCAACGGCUGUGCGGCUUCGCUCCACGGAAGAAGCAGUUGACUCUCAGCACCGCGCCACUUCCCCCUCUUCGCUCCGGAGCCCGUUAGUGGGUUCUUUUGUGGGUUGGGGGGGCGCUAAAGGUGCCCGCCGAGUCCCAUGGUCACAGGCUUCAUCCGCCUGUGCUUUUUGAAAGGGUUCCCGCUUCGCCAUAGCGGAAAAGACCCGUUUCACGUGGAGCUAGUCCCUCCAGAUCAGAGGGAGUCCGCCAUUGCCGAUGGCGCCACCCCAGAAGUUCUCCCAAAUAAUUCUAUUUUUGGUAGCGUUCAUCAGGGUGUGGCACCACUGAACAGCAGCUGCAAGGUUACUUUUCAGGGACAUGAUAUUCCUGCUGCACCCGAAUGUCAGGAGGGGACUGCCUCCUCCAUGACACCGAAAUUUUCAGCAUGCUCAUUGUAUGCACUAUGCUGGCUUUAAUGUGUGGGACCGCUAGGGGCAGUUACCAUGUGGAAGGCCUAGGUAAAUUAGGCAAAUGCCCUUAUGUGAGACCUGAUAAGAUACAUAGAAUCAUAGAAUCAUAGAGUUGGAAGAGACCACAAGGGCCAUCGAGUCCAACCCCCUGCCAAGCAAUGUCUCUGCUGCUGGGCAUGACCACUGCAAAUAUGAGAAAUAUGCCCUGUUUUUCAUUUUUCUGAUAUGUAGUAUUGGGAUUACAAUAGGGAAGUGCUGCAAAGGUUUCAUUCUUGGUGGACACUUGCAAAGCAAUGAACAUUUCGUCCAGAAAUAAAGAAUUGCUGCAGUGCAGGUAAACACUUUUCAGUGUAGUGGCAGGCUUGUAUAUGCGUGAUGCCUUCCUCUUUUGUCUUUCUGUAUUUGAGAAGGGCCACAGUUUAGUGAUAGGUCAUCUGCUUUGCAUACAGAAGGUCCCUGUUUCAAUUCCUGACAUCUUCAGGUAGUGCUGGGACUUCUUGCCUGAAGUUCUGGCCUAGAUUGACCAAGGUGUGACUUGUUUUAAGGCCAUUUUCUGCGUUCCUGUGUACCUUGUUGCUCACAGUGCCAAAAGCACAGGGUGGCUAGCCUUACAUAAGUAUUCUUCAUCCUUUUUUUUAGCAUCAGAUAUUCCAGCAACAACAUGUAGCCUGGAGGAGUUCCAGUGUGCAUAUGGGCGCUGUAUCCUGGACAUCUACCACUGUGAUGGAGACGAUGACUGUGGGGACUGGUCUGAUGAAUCCGACUGCUGUAAGUUACCUGGGGCGAUGGCGUGCUGGGUGGGUUGCUGCAUUGCAUUAAAAAAAAUAAAUCAAUUUCAUUUCUGAGAAGACAAAACUGUGCUGCAUCGAGAAUCCGUAGCUUCUACGCUCAGAAGAAAUAGUACAAAUCCAAGAAUACAUUUGCUUCCAGCGAUUCUGUUUGCAACAAGGGAUUUCCCCAGAAUUAACACUGGGUUGGAAAGGCAAGAAAGGAAAUGUCCUAGGGAACAUGCAGUGGAGGUACCUGGGAUUUACUCUAAUCUGAGCUCAAUAAAGAAUGGAUUGUAAUGCACUGUCUUCCCUUUGCAGCCUCUCACCAGCCAUGCCGCUCAGGCGAGUUCAUGUGCAACAAUGGUUUGUGCAUUAAUGCUGGAUGGAGAUGUGACGGUGACUUUGACUGUGACGAUCAAUCGGAUGAGAAGAAUUGCAGUGAGUGCCUUGGGGCUUGCAGAGGAGGUUUAGUGUAGGGGCAGCAAGGGCGGGUGUGGCCCUGGGGAUAUCAGACAGGGGGCAACUUUCAGUUUUGGAUAAGACACGCUGGCUUUGUUGUUUGGAUUAUAUAUUUGUGUUUCUGUUGCUAAGUAUUCGUUUAAUCUUAGUAUGUAUUCAUUAAUAUGUUUGGCCUAUUAAUGCUUGCAUGGCUAUUCAAAUUUAGGGAUGUUUUGCAAUUAGUGAAUAAUAUUUAAACGUUGCUGUGUUUUAUUAUGUAAACUUUUCUGAUACGUGCUUAUUUGCCUUAUGCCUGGCAUGCUCUGGUCCAUGGGGUCACGAAGAGUCGGACACGACUAAACGACUAAACAACAACAACAAAUUAUUAUUAUUAUUAUUAUUCCGCCCUAUAUCCGGAGGUCUAAGGGUGGUUCACAUAAAAAGAUCACGGUAUAUAAAAUAAGAAAGAGACUUUAUUUAAAGUUAGGGAGGCUUUCCAAUUGGUGAAUUCUACUGAAAAGUUAUCUAAACCAUUUCUGAUGGUGUGAGGCACUUUCGGGUAAAGUGACAUACAAAAAAAACAUGAUGAUGAAGAACAGGUGGAAUUCACUGAGUUCUCUCAUUUUUAUUUCCUCAGCUACGUCUAUGUGCACAGCUGACCAGUUCCGCUGUAAAUCUGGCCGCUGUGUCCGCCUGUCUUGGCGCUGCGAUGGGGAGGAUGAUUGCACUGAUUACAGCGAUGAAGAAAACUGCGAGGAUACAGGUGAAAACUGUGAAAGCAAACCGUUGUGUUGCAGGGUUUUGUGUGUCCCCCACACACAACCCUGCAACCGUUGUGUUGCAGGGUUUUGUGUGUCCCCCACACAUUAGAAUCAGUUCUUAAAUAUUAGAACUGGAAAGGGAGUUCAAUUUGGUUCCAACUACUGGAUGAAGCAAACCAGUAUGUCCUGAUCCUUCAUUUUAAUACUUGCUUUUAGUUAACAAUGAAACCCCAUUGAAAACAAUGGAUCUAAGUUAGUCAUGUCCAUUAACUUCAAUGGAUUUACUCUUUGUGGGACUAGCAUUGAAUACCCCCCAAUGUAUAUAGUAUUACUUCAAGUUACAGUGUAAGUUGAGGCUACUGAGCUAGAUACAGUAGGUUAAUGGUCUGACUUGGUAUUAGGCGGCUUCCUGUAUUUUACUGAGGCUGUGGAAUCUUCUAGAAUGUGACUGCAAAUGGAGAUAAACUAGUAUCCUUACUGUACAUGAAAAUUAGAUUACCUUCUCUUAACUGCUUCUAACUUUCCUUUAUGCCCCUUUAGGAAGUCCCCAGUGUGCCCCAGAUCAAUUUCUGUGCAGAAAUGGACGCUGCAUUGGUCAGAGAAAGCUGUGCAACGGUGUAAAUGACUGUGGAGAUGGCAGCGAUGAGAGCCCUGACCAAAAUUGCCGUAAGUCAGGGCUGCCGUACGUCCGGAAUUUCCCAGACAUUUCACAUCACAUUAGACCAUAGCUAAAAUAAACUGUGGUUUAGUGUGGACAAGAAACAUGCUACCACACACUGCAGGAAACAUAGGUGCUUUGUUCCUCCUCUGCUCCUGCUGCAGUGCCCUGAGACAGGUCACGGUCUGGCUUCUGGUGUAAUCUGAACCUGUGCCCAUGGUUUGUUUCCUGUAAACAGACCAUAAGCAGUAAGCCAAGAGCAAACCUUGGCUUCCACUCAUGGUUUGUUUGGAGAGAAACAAACCAUAAGCCCUGGGUUCAGACAACGCGCCAGAGUGUGGAUUGUUUCCAGCAGGAGUGGAGAAGUAAAAUGCGAGCAACAUGCACCAAUAUACGGAUGGUUCACAUUAAGCCAUAGGUUGUUGUUGCUUUUUUUAAAAACGCUAUGGUUUAAUGUGAUGUGUUAACCUGGCCUUUGUAGGGCUUCUGCAGCAUUUUAGAAAAAAUAAGCAGCUGCCUGGUGAGUUUUCAACUUAAUGUGCUUAUUCUGCAGGUCUUCGGACUGGAGAAGAAAACUGCAACCUCAACAACGGGGGCUGCGCCCAGAAGUGCCAAAUGACUCGAGGGACGGUGCAGUGUACCUGCCACACAGGUUACAGGCUCCUGGAGGAUGGGAGGUCAUGUCAAGGUCAGUAGCCUCAUGCCUUGGGCCAUCUGUUGGUAGAAUCAUGCAUGUCUACAAUAUGAGUGGAUGUGGAAUUUAGAUUCCUGCUCAGGCCUCUGCCCCAGUGCUGCCAGGACCGGGGUUUAAACAAGUGUAGGGCCAACGACGUAAUUGCUCUGGGACUCAUGUGCUGUUUGCCCACUGGGUUCACUGGGCUGAAAGGCCUGUUGGUCUGAGCUCUUAAGUUCUUAGCUCCUCUCGCAACCUCUAUCAUAUAGUGAGCUGAAAAUUAACAAGUGUGGAAUCCAGAGCAUAAGGAAGAGCUUUCCAGUCCCUUUUGCAUACCUGAAUACUUUCUUCCUUUUCCCUUCUUCAGACGUGAAUGAGUGUGCAGAGGAAGGCUAUUGCAGCCAGGGAUGCACCAACAACGAGGGCGGCUUCCAGUGCUGGUGUGAGCAAGGCUACGAACUUCGCCCCGACAAGCGCAGCUGUAAAGCCCUGGGUAAGAAGGGAUUCUCUGCUCUGGUUGGACGGUCACUACCUAAAAAACACAACCGUGCCUGAUGCGAUGUUGUCAGCUUAGUUUGGCGCUUCAGCUUUUAUUUGGAGUUCAAUCCUGAGUUGCUGAUUGCACCACAGAAUAAGACCCAUGCUCUUUCUUUAUCUCCUCCCUGCCUGCAUGCUCCUGUUGAAAACAGAAAAUGGAUGUGUUUGGUGGCAGUGGUGGAGCUUUAUGGCUGUGCUUUGAGCAUUUUAGCAGGCAGUUGCACAUCUGGGUAAGAAGCAGCAGAGUGGGUGUCAGGAAGCCUGGCAUGAAGAGCACGAUUGGAUUUUUAGUGAAUGUUUGCUUGUCAAAGGCUUUGAGGUGGCUGAGCCAAGAGAUUUGCAGUGCUCAUGUGAGGCUUUUUUGCUAGGAUUUAGAUAUGCUGAUUCAUCUGAUUCCUGAGAAACCACAUGGCAGCUGUGCCAGUCCCAUCAGCAAGGGCUGCAGAUUCUGACUUGAUCAAAACAGAGGAGUUACGGGAAGAGAGGGUUGACAUGGGUGCUGUGGCCCAUAUGCAACCCCACCCCAAUAGGAAAAAAUUUCACAGAUUCCCUUCCCCACAUUUCAGACUGAGUUUAUAAGGAAGGAGUUGAAAUGGAAGGCGUCUGCUGAUUCUGUAUCGGCAGAGCAUUCCGGAGGGCUGGGCCAAUGACACUAAAGGCUCCGUUUCUUGUUAUUGUCCAGUGAGCCUCGCCAACAUGGGGAGCAACCACCGACUCUCCUGCCGACAUUCUCAGCGAUCAAGCUGGGAUAGAAGGGUUCAAGAGAUCCCUGAGGUACCCUGGACCUAACUUGUUCCAGGGCUUCGGAAAUUAAUACAAGGACCUCGAGGGGCAACCAGGACAGAUGUUUUAGCAAUGGCAUUGGCAGGGAUCCCCAUCGCCAGUCUGGCCACUACAUUCGGCUGGAGCUUCUGAACCAGACCCAAGGGCAGCCCCACGUAGAUUGCAUUGCAGUAGUCCAGUCUUGAGGCCACUGACACAUGUACUACGGUGGUCAGGCAACAUCCUGAUAUUGGUACAGAUGUUCUUGUUAACAUAUUUCUCUGCGUGUAUUUCCCUGCAUUGUCUUUAUGACAGUGAUGGCAUCCAGUCUUACCAGCCCCCCUUCCUUUGUCCAUGUCCUUCAGGACCGGAGCCUGUGUUGCUUUUUGCCAAUCGGAUUGAUAUCCGGCAGGUCUUACCCCACCGGUCAGAGUAUACCUUGCUGCUGAACAACCUGGAGAAUGCUAUCGCCCUUGAUUUCCACCAUAGCAAGGAGUUAGUCUUCUGGUCUGACGUCACACUGGACCGCAUCAUGAGGGCUAAUCUCAAUGGCAGCAACGUGGAGGAAGUGGUGUCCACAGGGCUGGAGAGCCCAGGUGAGCGUCUUUGAGAAUUUCAGAGUCACAGGGAAUAGAAAUACAUUGAUGGCAUAUACUGAAGCGGGGAAUGAUGAAUCUCUAGGUCAAUAAACUAGUGGUUUUGCUAGUGUAGUGCAGCUUUGAUUUGACAAAGCAUGGCGAAGGAAGGACUCUGCUCCCCUUUUCCUUUAGUUGCUUCAUGUGAUUCUCUUCGUUGCACAGAACACACUAAUCACCUUGACUUCCCUUCUGUUUUGUGUCCCAGGUGGAUUGGCCAUUGACUGGAUCCACGACAAGCUGUACUGGACAGACUCUGGAACAUCUCGCAUUGAAGUGGCAAACUUGGACGGCACCCACCGGAAGGUGCUUCUCUGGGAGAACCUGGAGAAGCCUCGCGCAAUUGCCCUUCACCCCAUGGAGGGGUGAGUGAGGAGGGGUUGGUUUUCAGGAUGGUGGUUCCCAUGUUAAUUUAUUUGUCCAAACAUACUGAACUGAAACUGGCCAAGCUGACCUGCAGACAAAACCAGCUGGAGGUUCCAACUGGGGUGUGUGCGGUUCUUCUUCUUUUUUGCUAAUUUCCCUUUCACACCUGCACCCAACCCUCCAGCGUGGCUUUUCAGAGGGCUGCAGGCGAAAAUGAAAUUUGCAAAAAUAAAUAAAUCCUCUCCCUUGCUCCAGCAGCAGGAGCAUCUGUUGAAUAGAGUUCUGCUCAUGAGAACUAUUGUACUAGCAGUGAAGCUGUUCCCAUUCUCCUAGGCCUCAUGAGUGCUCCUGAACACCUGAAUGCAUAAUCUAUUGUCAUUUUGCCAUAGAUAUGCCUGGUUGCUUUUCACCUAAUCCACGAAGAUCCCAUAUUUCCAGCCUUUACAACUUUUCUCUUCUCCAAUAGCACCAUCUACUGGACAGACUGGGGAAAUACUCCUCGCAUCGAGUACUCCAGCAUGGAUGGCUCCAAUCGACGCAUCAUUGCUGACACUCAUCUUUUCUGGCCAAACGGGCUAACUAUUGACUACGCAGGGCAUCGAAUGUAUUGGGUGGAUGCCAAGCAUCACGUUAUUGAGAGGGCUGACUUGGAUGGACAGAACAGGAAGGCUGUUAUUAGCCAAGGUGAGAUAAUGGAAUGCCCCUCCCUCACCAAAUUUGAUUGGCGGCAUUGAGCCUAAUGGGUUUUAGGUGCCUUUUAAAGUCAUAUCUUUUCAGUUUGGCAUUUGGAUAAAUUGUUUUGAAAUAGAGUAGAAGCUUGCCCUUGCUGAUUCUGAUUUGCUGUUACGGAUUUUGAUGAGUUUUUCCAAUGGUUUUUAGCGUUGUGUUUAUUACUGUACAGUCAUACCUCAGGAUAAAUAUGCUUCAGGAUAAGUAUUUUCGGGUUGCUCUCCGUGGUGACCCGGAAGUAAUGGAGAGCAUUACUUUUGGGUUUCGCCGCUACACAUGCACAGACGGUUAAAAUGACUUCACGGACAUGCGCGGAAGCGGUGAAACGCAACCUGCGCACGCACAGACGCAUCUUACGUUCUAUUCAGGAUGCGAACGGGGCUCCGGAACUGAUCCCGUUGGAAUCCGGAGGUACCACUGUACUAGGAUUUCUUAUUGUGACUCGCUCUGGGAUUGAGUUCAACGGAGAGCAGGGAAAAAGUGGCUCUGAUGAAAUAAUGAAUAAGGACAGUGGAACUGUUGGCCACUGGACUUCCAGUGCUAAGAAACUACAGACACAGUGCACACUCUGCCUGUGUCUUGCACAGUUAAUUGUAUGAGGCAGAGUCAGCAAUGAGAGAGGCUGCUGCCCAUCACCUUCACUAGUCAAAGUGAAGUUUAAGCUCUCGAGUCACAUAGAAUAGGAAUGCACUGUAUGCAGUUUGUUCACAGCUCUGAUCUAAGCUAUACUUACUUUCUAAAAUCAGCAGUCAUGUUUCUCCUUGGAGUGAGCUUCAUCUCUGUCUUCUCAGCUCAUGACUUGGCCAUGCUUACUCCUUUAAUUGGAGACAGUUCUGAGUUAGGGGUAGAAGCACUCAUUGGAAAGAGUGGUAUUGUUUUCUCUGGAGGCUAGAAUAAUCCAUGUGCCUUUACUGCCCUCUUGCUGCAGGCCUUCCACAUCCGUUUGCCAUCACGGUGUUUGAAGACAGCUUGUACUGGACAGAUUGGCAUACCAAGAGCAUAAACAGCGCCAACAAGUUUACUGGCAAGAACCAGGAGAUCAUCCGUAACAAGCUCCACUUCCCCAUGGACAUCCACACAUUGCAUCCUCAGCGCCAACCAGCAGGUAACUUCAGAAGGAAAAGGGCUAUGGUGAUUAGCGCCUGCUAUCCGGAGACUCUCUUGGGCCAGAUUCAGCUAAUCAGUCCUGCUAGAAGAUGCCAGCACAAGCUCUUCUGCUAGUGUAACAGGGCUUUCCCCCCCCCUCCUCCUUCUCCUUUCUUCCACAUUUGACAUGCGAGGGGUGGGGGGUGGGAUCAGGGGAACUCCUAGAGCAGAGUUUGGGGGCAGGGAGACAAGGCGAGAUGGUUCCAUCUGGCAAGCUGAAAUGCUUGUGUUGACGGAAUGGUCUUUUUAGUGGUAUGUUGAACUCCUCCCAUUGUAUUUGCACUGACGUGGUUAAAACAUGGAGCUUGAAAAGAAUAGCUAUCUCCUGUUGUUGAGAAACAUUUUUAGAGUAUGUGUCCUGUUAGGUUAAGUUUCAUUAAAUUAACCCCUAUCAAAAUAAAUGUGGGGUGCUUUUGGACCUCUCAAACCCUCCCUUUUUAUUUUCCAGCUUAUUUUAACCUAGAAAAAUGGGUAGGCUUUAAAGGUCCAAAUCUUGACUCUUGAUUCUGAAUGUUUGGGCAGAGCAACUUCAGGGAUCAUGGUCACAUGAGCUAUCUUUGAAGACCCAAAGCAGCUUUUCCAAAGCAUGCCCUUUUGAAGCCCUGAAUCUUUCCCAAACACUAACUAAAGCCUUUGCUUUCUCUACUAGUUUCCUUAUAUGUGGUUGUUUUUGGCUAUUUGAGCAGGGAGAAACCGUUGCGGAGCCAACAAUGGGGGCUGCACUCACCUGUGCCUACCGAACAACACGUCGUAUACCUGUGCUUGCCCCACAGGCUUUCGGAAGACCAGCAGCCACACCUGUGCUCAGAGUAAGUGUGAUAAAGAAGAGCUUUUACACCUUGAUAAGUGUCUGUGCACACGCACGCACAUGCAUGUGAGAGUGAGAGAGAGAAAGAAAGAGAGAGAGGAGGAGGGUUCCAGACAAAACAAACAGAAAAAAGGCAUAUUCUAUACUAUGGACGAUCAGGGAAAGGAUUGAAAGUAAAAUGGCAAUAUUGUGAAGUGUUUAUGUAAACAAAAUGGGUAGUAUGCAAAGUGCUUAUGUACAUUGAUGGCAGAGCUGCCUUUUAAAUGUUGUGUUGGAUUCUGGUUGAAUCUAUAAAAAAAUACUAUAGAGAUGGAGAAGAUACAGGAGAGAACUUGCAAAAUGAUUGGUGUAACUGAGCCCUAUAUGAAAAGGUGAAUAUGUUUGAAGGUUUUUCGCUUAGAACAAUAAAAGACAGCUUUGUGGGGAUUUUUGGUUAAAUUGAAAAGUGGGUUACAUCACAAUAGAGAGAUAGAGAUGGAACACGACAUGAGUUUGUAAAGUGGUGUGGAGAAUGUGGAUAGAGGGAAUGCUUUUUCUCUUACGUCAUACUAGAUUUCAGGGUCACCUAAUGGAAUCAGUCAUGAUUCGAGACAGACAAAAGACACAAUGCGCAAUUCACUUAUGAAAUAUACUAUCACAUGACACUUGCAUAGUUGUUUCUUAAACAGGGUUCAGACAAAUUUUAUACUGAAUUAUACUGUUCUGUUUCCAUGUGGAAAGGAUUCACCUGUUUUAUACUUUUAACAGUUUUAUCUGUUUUAUAAUGGUGUAUUCUGUUGUUGCCUGCCCUGGGACCUUAAGGCAAAGGACAGAUAGGAAAUCGUAUAAAUAAAUUAGUAAAUAAUUUAUGGGGCAUAUGUUUAUGAACAGCUCCUAGCCAUGACACUGCUGAUUCAGAAGCAGUAUACCUCUGAAUGCCAGUUACUAAGGCGAAUUUGCUUUCAAGCCCUGCUCCUGGGCUUUCCAGAAGCAUCAACUUGGUCACUGUGAGACACAGGAUACUAGGCUUGAUGGACUGAUCCAGCAGGGCCCUCACAUCCUUAUCUCUUAUUUAUAUGGGAGACUGGUGAAAGGAUGCUUCUCCUCUUUUUAGAAGGACUGUCAGCCCGCUUUCAUUUUGUGUCAGACUUGCUGCCCUUGGGGAGAUGCUUUCCCAGCAGCAAGUCCUCCUCUGUCCCCAUCCCAAGAAUCCUGCCAACGGCAGAUGCGUACAGCAUCCUACCCACUUGCUAGCUAUGCAUUGUCUGUCCUCCACUAUGUAGGAUACACGUAUCAUAGAAGUCCAUGCAAAAGGGGCGUGGAUGCAGCAGAGCUUAAGACGUAACGAGAUAAUUUUCUGUUGUCUGUUACCAUGUUGUUGAACUUAGAGAAAUUAAAAGAAGACCUUUCGACCUUUGAUCAGGUCUUGACAAGUUCCUGCUUUUUGCCCGAAGGAUGGACAUCCGUCGUAUCAGCUUCGACACAGAAGACCUGUCUGAUGCCGUCAUCCCCUUGGCCGAUGUGCGCAACGCAGUGGCCCUGGACUGGGAUGCAAAGGAUGAUUACGUCUACUGGACGGACGUCGGCACUGAUUCCAUUAGUCGGGCAAAAUGGGAUGGAACAGGACAGGAGGUAAUGUGCUUCUGGGGUGGCGAGGCACCACACAGCAUUGUUUUGGAAAUUUAAGCCUUUUCGAAGAUGAAUAUUUCGGUUUGAUUGACUUCUCUGUAUUGCUGGCUUGGCUGCACACCGGCAUGCGCACGCCACCUUGCAAGUGCCUGUGGGCGGCUAAUGCAAUCAAACAUUGAAAUGAGGGCAUCUGCGCCGUCCAAUAAAUGAGUGAAAUGAAGGUAGCUAGAAUAUGAUCUAGACUGUCAGGAGAUAAUUAGAGUGUACCUUUCUCAAACAGCUGGGACAAAUUAAAUUUUAAGUCUCGCUAGCGCACAUCAAUUCUCUAAUCAUCUUUCGCGUGCGCCCACAAUUUAUCAUCGAAGCAGCCAGAUGAUGGCAUGCUACGUCUUAGUUUGUUCUGCAUCCAUCUCUUUGACGUUGAUACUCAGUUAUCUAUGAACAUCCAUUUGUAGUUGAAUGUGGCUAGUACAAGUUUCUGCUGCUGAGCAGGAUCCAGCAGCAAAUCUGUUAAGGGUACCCCUCUCUCCCCCUAAGAUUCCUUCUUGCUUUUGUUUCUUGCUAGGUUGUGGCAGAUAGCAGCCUGGAAAGCCCUGCUGGUCUGGCUGUGGACUGGGUCACCAACAAGUUGUACUGGACGGAUGCAGGUACUGACUGUCUAAAACCACCUUAGUCUCUGGAGCAUUGCCUCCUAAAUCCUAACUGGGCCAUACCAAAUAAUGCAUAUUUGGAAGUAUGAACAAUAUCCCCUCCCCCACAGACAAAUUGGUUGGCAUAUUACAUCCUUCUAUGGACAUGCAGUGCUAUUCUACAUGGAUUGUUCUCAGACAUCACAAUAAAUCUGUGGUUUAUCAGCCAUGCCCCCGCCCCCCUGGGUUUGGUAGCUUCCCGCUCCUGUCUCCUCCCCCAGCUUGGUUGUCAGGAUAAUAAUGAAAGCUUCCUCUCCCAAAUUCUAUUACUUUAAUGUGUCACAUCUGAACUGUAAACGGUUGUUAAUCUUAACUAUGGUUUGUUGAAACAAAUUGGAUUAAUAAACUGUGGUUUGAAGUUGGCUGUUUUGAAACAAGGUUCAUCAGUUUUGUAAGGUUUGAACAGCACAGCGAGUUGUGGUUAAUCAAAAAUGGGCCAAACACCUUGUGACUAUGUUGGGAGGCGGGGGAUAGCUCAGGGGUAGGCGAGACUCAUUUUCUUCCCAUUAAAAAUUAAAGCAUGGUGUCCAGAUGCAGCUUUGCUGCUUUCCUAGAAAUUCAGGGAGUAUGAGCUCCUGUUUAAUAAUCCGAGAAAGUAAAGUUCUGAAAUAGGAAAUUUCCACAGGAUGUUCUCAAUGGCCGCACAAAUGUCCUUGCAUGACAUUUCAAACAUCUUGCCGUGCACCUUAUUCUUAUAUGGAUUUGUUUGUAUAGACCACAGAAUUAAAGCUUUUCCUCAAGCCGUUUCAGACUGUGGCUUGAGGGCUGCAUGUUUGGAUGCUUCCCCAUUGGGGAAGCAUGAUUUAUUUUCUCUGCAUGUGGAAAAUAAAGUAUGCUCAGGUACAGAGAUGAUCCAGCUUCCAUUUGUCCCUGGCAUGCUAUUUUUCUAUGCACAGAGGUCUCUCUCCCCCCCCCCUUCAUGGUGUAGUGUUCAAAACAUGCAGCCCAUCACCUGCAGCCUGAAGUGGUACAGUCCAGGAAAUGAUUUACAUUUAGCUAUGCUAAUAGCACCUGUUCCUCUGUUUCACUGAUUUUAAUGGAAGUUGCUUCCGAAGUAAGCUUGCUUCAAAAUGCAGCCUAGUUGACUGAGAGUUUGUACAGAUGUGGAGUGGGAUUCUAAAGCAAACAUCUCAGGGUCGCUGAGCAAUUUAGCUUGCUGAUACUUUCCGUUUGGGUGAUGGGAGUGAAGUGGAGACUGUACAUUUGUAUAGAUGUUUCUCUUUAAUGGUCUCCCCUAUGACUCUGGAGGCUUAUGGUCUUUCCAUCCUCUUCCUCUAAUCUAUGCAGGAACAGACCGGAUAGAGGUGUCUAACACAGAUGGAACUAUGCGGACUGUACUGAUCUGGGAGAAUCUAGACAGACCCAGGGAUAUUGUGGUGGACCCUGUUGGAGGGUGAGAAGCUGCUUUCGCAGGAGUCUGCAUAGCAGGGUCUCCUUUGUGCUAUUGUGUUUAAAUUUUCCAUGGCAUUGCCCUGCGAGGUCCCUGCUGCAAUUCCUGAAAGGUUGGGGGGGGGGGCUGGACGCUGAUGUAGCUGGCUCUGCUAAAACAGCAGGACUGGGAGCGAUCAGACUGCCCUAGUCCGGCCACCCUAAUGCAAGGCUCCUCCUCCUUAACUCCUCAUGUGCAAGCCAAGAGCAGAAGGGGCCAAAGCAUACCUGAUCAGAGUUGCCUGUAGGACAAGGUUCAGUAAAAAUGUAAAAGAAACGAACAAAAGCCAAAUAAACCACAUUGGUCUUUAACUAGUCUGCCCUUAUCUGACCUGGAGUUUGAAAUGUUCUUUCUGGUGGCAAAUAGGGACAUAUCUUAGUUCGCCAAGGUCCCACAGAAAGAAAAAGAAACCCAUUCCUAGCUUUUUAACAUUGAUAGCUCAGCCAGUAGAGCAUGAUACUCUUAAUGUCAGGGUCAUAGGGUUGAGCCCCAUGUUGGGCAAAAGAUUCCUGCAUUGCAGGGGUUAGACUAGAUCCCAACUCUAUAAUUCUAUGGCCUUCACUUUUUAGGAAGGGCUGUAGCUCAUUGGCAGAACAUCUGCCUUGCAUGCCAAAGGUCCCGAGUACCAUCCCUGGCAUCUCCAGUUUGCACUGGAAAAGUCCCCUGCCUGAAACCUUGUAGAGCCACUGCCUAUCAGUGUAGACAAUAGUGAGGCUAGGUGGACUAGUAGCCUGACUCUGCACAAGGCAGCUUCCUAUAUUCCUGAUGCUCUGUCUCUGGCUAUGGCCAUUUCAUAUUGCUUACUGUCACUACCUGGAAGGAGACAUUGUGAGAAAGCAGUGCAACCCAGAUUUGCCUACAAAAACAGACUGAAGAGAAACUGUGUUGUCUUACUUUGCUGAAGUUCAUGGAAUGGUCUGAUGGCACGUGGAAGUUCUGAACUACUGCUGCUUCCAUAGAUUAGGAGUGAAAGUCUUGAAAUUCUAUUGCCUCAUUUUUGCAGAAAAGAGAAGGCCCACAUAAUAAUGGGAUCUCUUGGCAGCCUUUAUUAUUAUUAUUUUACUCUUCCUUUGCAUGGAGCCUUAAAGUAGGGCGUUUAGAUUCUGGUUUAGGAGAGCAGUCCCUAUGAAAGUUGAAAGCACUUGCCAGUUCGUUUGUGGAGCUCAUUGGCAGGGGGAAAUAAUUCUGCCGCUAAAGGAACAGAAGUCAUGUGCAGUUUUGUGUGUGCGCAGAUUCAUGUACUGGACUGACUGGGGGGCUAACCCGAAGAUUGAGCGUGCGGGCAUGGACGCCUCUGACCGCUUGGUGAUCAUCUCUUCCAACCUGACCUGGCCCAAUGGACUAGCCAUUGAUUAUGAAUCUCAUCGUCUGUAUUGGGCAGAUGCCGGCAUGAAGACAAUUGAGUACGCUGGCCUGGAUGGCAGCAACAGGAAGGUAAGAAACCCAAGGUGAAUCGAAGGCUUCUGGGAAAGGUGUUGUAAAUAGGAAUUGCUUGGGGAUUAAUAAUAAUAGUAGUAGUAGUAAUAAUAAUUAUAGUAAUAAUUUUUUAUUUAUACCCCACACAUUUGGCUGGGUUUCCCCAGCCACUCUGGGCGGUUUCCAACCGAAUAUUAAAAACAAUACAGCAUCAAACAUUAAAAACUUCCCUAAACAGGGCUUCCUUCAGUUGUCCUUUAAAAGUAAAAUAGCUGCUUUUUGCCUUGACAUCUGGUGGGAGGGUGUUCCACAGGGCAGGCGCCACUACCGAGAAGGCCCUCUGCCUGGUUCCCUGUAACCUCACUUCUCGCAGCGAGGGAACCGCCAGAAGGCCCUCGGCCCUCGACCUCAGUGUCUGGGCUGGACGAUGGGGGUGGAGACGCUCCUUCAGGUAUACAGGACCGAGGCCGUUUAGGGCUUUAAAGGUCACCACCAACACUUUGAAUUGUGCUCAGAAAUGUACUGGGAUGUGUGUUUGCCACUUAGUUCAAUGCAACUUACUUCUGGUCUGCAAAAGGUCUCGGCUGCUUAGGUAAUUAGCCCGAGGGUAGGGACCGCCUUGUUAUUGACCCAAAAAAUUAAAAAUAAAAUAAUGCUUUGAAUUAAUGUCUGUCUGAACCUGCAAAUCAAUCUACUCCUGAGUGAAGAAUGCAUACUGGUAAAAGUACAAGGAGAGAGAUGGAUGCAUUGCUGGGGCUGCCUGCAGCCUCUAGACCGGGGUGGGGAACCUGGGGCCCAGGGGCCAAAUAUGCCCUCCAGGUCUCUCUGCCUGGUCCUCAGACCUCUUCCCAUGCCAUAACCCUCCCUGGUCCUGUUUUACACCCCCUGUGCUUUAACCUGGUUGGAAUGUGUCCUUCAACUCUGAUAAUGUCUUUUGCUUGCCUGCAUGGAGGAUAGAGAGGGUAAAAUACAGGCUACUUGUUGCACAGACCCUUUUUGCCUCUGGCCGCACCCACCAAUUGCACGUGGCCCCUGGGAGGUUGCCCAGAAGGAUAUGCGGCUCUUUGGACUGAAAAACAGCCCCUGUUGCCAUGCCGGCUGUGUGUUGUUACUAAAACUUCUUGCGGGUCUUUGUUUUGGGGACUGACAGGUGCUGAUCGGAAGCAACCUGCCUCACCCCUUUGGGCUUACUCUUUAUGGAGCUCGGCUCUACUGGACCGAUUGGCAGGCAAAGAGCAUCCAGAGUGCUGACAAAAGGACGGGGCAGAAUCGUGAAACUCUGCAGGACAACCUGGAGAACCUCAUGGACAUCCACGUCUUCCAUCGGCACAGGCCUUCAGGUACAUGGGAGGGGAUGCACCAUCCCUUGCUGCUUGGCGUGACCCUAUAGCUAGAGAGCCUCUAUGGGAUGACUGCCUAUUCCUGCAUUGCAGGGGUUUGGACUAUAGACAAUCCUCAAGGUUCCUUCCAACUCUACAAUUCUGUGAUUCUAAGCACCCUGCACCCCAACAGAAAUUUAUCUCAAAAGUACAUGCGAAUGAAUCCUUUGUGACUCAUUUUCAUGGAAAGAGCUCCUCUGUGCCGUUUAUGUUCCCGUGCAUGCUUGUAGAAUUUUGAAGCAUGCUGUUGCUGUUAUCAUCGUCAUUUUUUAUUUGUAUACCGUCUUUCUAUCUUAUAGUACUCAAGGCGGUUUAGAAGCUGAAGAAACAAAAAAUGUACAUCUUAUAACAAUCUAAUGCAAUACAGUGGUGCCCCGCAAGACGAAUGCCUCGCAAGACAAAAAACUCGCUAGACAAAAGGGUUUUGCGGUUUUUGAGCUGCUUCGCAAGACGAAUUUCCCUAUGGGCUUGCUUCGCAAGACGAAAACGUCUUGCAAGUUUGUUUCCUUUUUCUUAACACCGUUAAUACAGUUGCAACUUGACUUCGAGGAGCAACUCAUAGAACGCGGUGUGGUAGCCUUUUUUGAGGUUUUUGAAGACUUUGGUGAUUUUUGAAGCUUUUCCAAAACUUUUCCGACACCGUGCUUCGCAAGACGAAAAAUUCGCUAGACGAAAAAACUCACGGAACGAAUUAAUUUCGUCUUGCGAGGCACCACUGUACAAAAAUGUGAUAAUAAAACAUAACUUUAAAAUAGGCAACCUACAUCAAAAAAGUAACAUUCAACAAUCAUUAGAAUAAUAUAAAAUAAUAAUAUCAAAAUAUAAAAGUUAAACAGAAAUCCACUCAACAGUUAUAAUAAAUAAUAUCUAAACUAUAAUCAAUAAAAUAACGGCAAGCCACAGUACAGUGGUACCUCUGGAUGCGAAUGGGAUCCGUUCUGGAGCCCCGUUUGCAUCCAGAAGCGAACACAACCCGCGUCUGAGCGGGUCGCGACUCGCCGCUUCUGUGCAUGCGCGUGAUGUCAUUUUGACUGCGCAUGCGCGAGUGGAGAAACCUGGAAGUAACGCGCUCCAUUACUUCCGGGUCGCCACAGCGCGCAACCCGAAAAUACUUCUCCCAAAGCUACUUCAACCCGAGGUAUGACUGUACAUAAAACAAUACAAUACACAUUAAGAAGCAGAGACUAGAGGGUAGAGCAAGGCUGGUGGAAGGAGGCCUUGCCUGAUGGAGUCUCUCCCCUCACAGUUCUUCCUCCAGGAACAGCUCCCUUAUGAGGACUCCUAGGGCCGGAGGGUGGGGCAAGGCAGGUGGAAAGAGGCCUUGCCUGAUGCAGUCUCUUCCUUACAUAUUCUGCAUUGGGAUUCUCUUCUUUCUUUCUUUUACAAUGUUUUUAUUGGUUUUUACAGUUUACAUUUUUAUUCAGAUGGGUGUGGUAUAAAUAAUAAAAUUAUUAUAAAUUAUUAUAUUACUAUCAUAAUCAUACAUAUAAAGGAUUCCCUGAAUCCUUGGACUUUCCUCCACCCCUCCAUGGGUUCCAUCAACAUUCCUUUUUUCAGCUGCAUCUUAUAAGAUUCUCCAUUUUCUUAAUAAUAAAAAAGACCUUGUUUUCCCAUAGUUCUUGUCACAUGACAAGUAUUGUUCCAAUCCGGCCAAAGUUUUUAGUUGCUUUCAGUGUUCUGCAAGAUAAAUUAUAAUUUCCCCCCAUUCCUUAGUAAAAUUUCUAUCUUCUUGAUUUCUGAUCUACCCGGUCAUUUCUGCCAUUUCGGCGUAAUCCAUCACCUUUAUCAGCCGUUCCUCUCUGGUCAGGACUUUGUCUUCCUUCCAUCUCUGGGCCAAAAGUAUCUGUGCUGCCAUCAUCGCGUACAUGAAUAGUCUUUUCUGCUCCUUUGGUAUUUCUGCAUCUAAAAUUCAUUUUUUUAAAAAGCUUCAGUUUUUUUCACAAAAGUUAUUUUAAACAUUCCCCCACCCAACUCAUUAUAUAUCAUUUCCCAGAAUGCUUUGGGCUUCUCUGUCUGGCCUUGUCGUGAUGCAUUGUUUUCUUCUCCUUUUUUUCAGUACAUACAGCAUGCACAGUUAAUAAUGGUGGAUGCAGUCAUCUUUGCCUCCUGGCUCCUCUUCCUAAAGGUUACAGCUGUACUUGUCCCACCGGUAUCAACCUACAGCCAGAUGGCAAGACUUGCUUACCAGGUAGGUCUCCUCACAUUCUGCAGCAUCUGGAUCUCUAAUCCCCAGAGCCUGCUCUUGAUAGGCCUCUAGGUACAAAGCCCUACAACAGGGAUAACCAGUGUUGCUGCACCCCAGCUCAAAUCAUCCCUGACCAGUUGGAGUCCAACAACGUCUGGAGGGUGCCACAUAGGCUUGGGAAACACAAAAAAUGCUCUUGGUAUGAAUACACCCACCAAAUAAAUCUUGGCCCAGGGAAACCCAGAUUCUGCAAUCAGAAUAUAUUGUGCACAUUUAAUAUAUGGCAUAAUUAGCAUGAUUCUGCCUGAACAUUUAGGAUUUAUGGUAAAGUAAAGAAUGUCAAAAAGGGACGCGGGUGGCGCUGUGGGUUAAACCACAGAACCUAGGACUUGCUGAUCAGAAGGCCGGUGGUUCGAAUCCCCGUGACGGGGUGAGCGCCUGUUGCUCGCUCCCUGCUCCUGCCAACCUAGCAGUUCAAAAGCACGUCAAAGUGCAAGUAGAUAAAUAGGUACCGCUCCGGUGGGAAGGUAAACGGCGUUUCUGUGCACUGCUCUGGUUCGCCAGAAGCGGCUUAGUCCUGCUGGCUACAUGACCCGGAAGCUGUACGCCGGCUCCCUCGGCCAAUAAAGCGAGAUGAGCGCCGCAACCCCAGAGUCGGUCACGACUGUACCUAAUGGUCAGGGGUCCCUUUACCUUUACCUUUAAAGAAUGUCAGAAGGCAAUGAAACAAAGCAGAUUUGGCUAUUAAGAUAGCCAACGGGGCAAAAGAAACCAAAGGAAUGGUAGACGCGGCUUGAGAUCCAGAAAAGGAAAUAAGAUGCUGUCCCCUGAAAAACAGAAGUCAUAUAUUUUCUGAGGAUGAGAAGUAAUGUAUGCUCAAAGUAGCAAAUUAUAUGCUUGUGCCACAAGAAGCAUGGAAGAUGCACAACCUUUAUUUCAGAGCCCUAGAGCUGUAACUCUUGCUUCUACUCUUUCAUUCCACAUCCUCUUUGUCAUACCAUAUAUGUGGUCUGUAACAGAUCAUCCAGUGACAUCCUUAGCAGAAGUGGUUUUUUUUAAUGUUUGGCAAUUACUAAUUCUUGAAUUGCCUUUCACAUGAGUCUCAAGACAUUUUACAAGCAUACAAUAAAACUACCAAACUUAUUUUUUUUUAAAGCACCAAAAACAAAUAAGAUUCAAAAACAAUAUUUGAAAAUAUCCUUGUUGCUUCUCGGUUAGCUCAGAGAUGGCAUAUUUGAAACUGCUGAGUAGAACAGUGUUAAAUGUGGAAUAUAUUCUUGUCUUCAACUCCGCAGGCAUGACUAGCUUCCUGAUCUUUGCUAGAAGGUCAGAUAUUCGGCUGGUUUCGCUUGACAUCCCGUAUUUUGCCGACGUAGUUGUGUCAGUCAAUGUCACCAUGAAAAACGCUAUUGCCAUCGGAGUGGAUCCUCAAGAAGGUCUGAAAUGUGUCAUUUAACCAUUUUAAGCACUGAUCCAGUGGGGGCUGGUUGGACUCAAAGUCUAACAACAUGUGGAAGCCUUGGGUUCUCUAUCCCUGAUCUAUGAAUUGUUAAGAUGUAGACUGAGAAUUGGUCUUUAGUAAAAAAAAAGAGAGAGAGAAGGAGAAGGAAAAAAGUAGAAAUAUCCCCCCCCCUCCAAAAAAAAUCCCUUAUGCUUUUGGUAAUAAACAUACUAAAAAAUAACUUUUCAUGUAAUGCCAAUACAGUUAUAGCUUCUGUCCUUUUGAAGAGCAUAUCACAAUGUCUUCAUUUUUUAAGAGUAUAUGUUUCAUAAUGCCUGUGAGUGGUGUGUUUCAUCAGUAAAUACCUGCAGUAACAGGUAGCACUGCUGCUGUUGUUUUUUAACUGGGCUUAACGAAAGCACACCAAAAUGGCUUUCCCCAUUAGUUUCCUCAUCUGCUAAUGCUACUUCCUUAAUGCCUAUUUUUAGGAUUUUCUGUGUAGAUGUUGCUGAUGUUCUCCUAUUUCUUCCACAGGAAAGGUCUAUUGGUCGGACAGCACCCUGAGGAAGAUUAGCAGGGCUGCCUUAGAUGGAUCUCAGUAUGAAGAUAUUGUUACUACAGGUAAUAGAUGCUUUACUGGAAUAGCCACUGCUCCAGGCUGCUUUCAGAGGUGGAUUUUGCCGGGUGAUGUGAGCACAGUCUUAAUAGCAUAGUCAGUUCUCUGAAGUUUACUCAUGGAGUACCUAGGAAUAUUUAUGGUAAGAAAUGCCUGGCGAAUCUUGCGGAUGUUUUUAAGGAGGGAAGAUCCUAAACGUGAUGGUUAGCAAGUAGCAAGAAACAAUGACAUCGCUACUGCUUUUUUACUAGGGUUGCAAACCACAGAUGGACUAGCAGUGGAUGCUAUCGGUCGCAAAGUGUAUUGGACUGACACAGGGACCAAAAGGAUUGAAGUGGGCAACCUGGAUGGGUCAAUGAGGAGAGUUUUGGUAUGGGAAAACCUGGACAGCCCAAGAGCCAUUGCCCUGUAUCACGAGAUGGGGUGAGUGCUGGCUGUAGUACGUCUUGGUCAAGGGAAAGGCAGAGGAUGGGAAGACAUGGGAAUAAUUCCCAUGCUGGCUUCUCAGUUGGUUGCUUACUAGCUUUUACUCUUCCUUCAGUUUUAUGUAUUGGACGGACUGGGGAGAGAACGCCAAGCUGGAACAAGCUGGCAUGGACGGCUCCAGGCGCACGGUUCUUAUCAAUAACAACCUGGGAUGGCCAAAUGGAUUGGCUGUGGAUCGAGCUGGAUCACAACUGCUCUGGGCUGAUGCACAUACUGAGGUUGGAACUGCUACAUCCCAUUUUGGGAUGGAGUUCAUAACUUUAUAUCUGAAGGAAGGGAUGGCAUGAGAGGGAUUAAAGAGUCCUUGAGGACUAAGGGAAUUCAUAAGUGCAGGUUCAUCGCUCAGCAGUAGCAGUGGCACACACAUUAAGCCAUAAUUAAUGUCUGACAUUCAGCUGUGGUGGAGCACAAAUGAGCUGCUAAGCCAUUCGCUGUCGUGCAUCCUGCUCAGAAAUUCCCUGCUCUGGUCCUUCCUUGGUCCUCCUACCUGUGCUGUGCCAGGAGCAACAAACCAUGACCCCUUGGCUUGUGUCAAUCUGAACCCAGGAUCAUGGCUUGUUUGCCCGAAAAUGAAGAAUAAAGCUAGACUACCACUUGUGGUUUGCUUGAGACAGCACAAUGCACCAAGACUCAUGGCUUGCUUCUCCUAGUGCAGCUGGGAGCAGGAGCGAAGCAAUGACUUCUGAGCAUUGUGAGCAGUUUAACUGUGUUUUAUCGUAACAUGCAAAUGAGGCCAGUCAUUGCAACAUCUCUUGGUGACUUCCAUAUCAGAAAUCCCUAUCAGGAUUCAAGUGCCAAAGGCAAGGCUUUCAUGUUGCCUGGCGUUAACCUCAAACACUGCAUUUUGAUGGGUAUUGCUCAUGUGUUGUCACUUGAUGAACUGCAGCUACAGUUGCCCAGCGAAGAGAUAACCAAGUAUGCUUGUGAGAUUUUUCUAAUAUGGUAGCUUGGAAUCAUAGCUACCUGGGGCCUUUGUUUUCAGCUUUCUGGGGAUUUUCUCUGUCUCUCAAAAAGGGAAUAAACAUUCCAUCUCUGUCCUUCAGCGCAUUGAGGCUGCAGACCUGAAUGGUGCAAACCGCCGCACCUUGCUUUCUCCAGUACAGCACCCUUACGGCCUCACUCUGCUGGAUUCCUACAUCUACUGGACAGAUUGGCAAACACGUAGCAUCCACAGGGCAGACAAGAACACUGGUGCUAACGUCAUCUUAGUCAGGGCAAACCUGCCUGGCUUAAUGGACAUCCAGGCUGUUGACAGGAAGCACCCUCUGGGUAAGUUUCCCCCAAGAUUUCCAUCAAGCGAAACAUUGUUUGGAGAGUCCUCUUAGAAGUUGGCACCAAGGGGGUUCUUUACUUCUCCUCUGUACCCCCAAGCCACUCCCAGAUACUGUUCACUGCAAUGCUUUAAUUCUUUGCAUUUCUUCUUCAAGGACUUGCGAUUUUUUCACGUCAGAAUUCUUACUUGGCCUUUGUGCCUUUUUUGCAGAUCUUGCUCCGUUCUCUAAUCUAGCCUUGCCAGGCUAUGUGAGCCAGUUGUUGUUGGACUACAGUGCCCAUCAGCCUUGACCAUUGACCAUGCUGGCUGGAGCUGAUGGGAGUUUAGGUCCAGCAGCCUCUGGAGAGCACUGAGUUGGGAAGCCUUGCUUAAUCCUAGCUACUCAAACUUUUUUUAAAAAACCAAUCUACAUUCAAACCACUCAAGCACUUUGAAGCCUUCCAUUUUAUUUGAAUCAGCUGUCUUGUCAUCCUCAGAUUUACAAUCUUCUCAAGUGCCUGUUCUGUGUGUUUAUCUAGUUGCCAGGAGUUCAUCUUGCUAUUUCCCCUGUAGGACUAGGGUUUCCCCACAGUUUGAAACAGCAUUAUUGGUGCCAUUGUGCUGGCAAAUGAUAGUGCAAAAUCGAGACUCUCUUGGCACCUAUCUUGUUGAUCAUUUUGGGGGUGCAGUCAGGAGGUGUUUUUUCUUCAGAGACACUGGCAGGCUUUGCUUUCUGAAGUUCCACCUCUCUGUGGUCCCUUUAACUUUUUAUACGACCCUUUAAAAAAAUACCUGAGGUACACUGGGUAGUAGUAGCCCUAGUCAAGGCCUACAAAUGUUUGUGCCUACUUUUGCUUGAGAAUCUCCUGUUUACAAGGACUGUAUAGGAGAGUACUGAAUUAAUAUGGACCACAGGAAAGUCCAGUCUGAGAGACUUCCUUUGUUUUCCCAUAGGUGCUAACAAGUGUGGAGUGAGGAAUGGUGGGUGCUCCCAUCUCUGCCUGCCAAAUCCUGAAGGCUUCUCCUGUGCCUGCCCUACUGGUAUCCAGUUGAAGAGUGACGAGAGGACCUGCGAUCCUUCUCCUGAAACCUACCUGCUCUUCUCUAGUCGAGGCUCUAUCCGUCGCAUCUCACUGGACACUAGCGAUCACACUGACGUUCACGUUCCUGUCCCAGAGCUGAACAAUGUUAUCUCUCUGGACUAUGACAGUGUAGAUGGCAAAAUUUACUACACAGAUGUCUUCUUAGAUGUCAUCAGGUAGGAACCCAUUAGCUUCCUUUUGGUGCAUUAAUUCAUUAAUUACAUGAGACCUUUCGCUAGCUGGUCUUUGUGUUGCCUUACAAUGUGGUAUUUUAAUAGGCAGAAAUUCUUAUUUUCUUUGGUAUCUACUGUUUUCCAGGCGAGCAGACCUUAAUGGCAGCAAUAUGGAAACAGUUAUUGGUCAAGGACUGAAGACUACGGAUGGUCUAGCUGUGGACUGGGUGGCUAGAAACCUCUACUGGACUGACACGGGCCGCAACACUAUUGAAGUUGCAAGACUAGAUGGCAGCUGCAGGAAAGUGCUAAUUAAUAACAAUCUGGAUGAACCCCGAGCAAUUGCUGUCUUUCCCAGGAAGGGGUAAGUUGGGGGACAACUAGAGGCAGAAUGGGAUGGAGGGAGGAGAGUAGUGCUUGGGCCUAUAGGAGCAUCUGGUCUGUUCACCAAGUAGGCUCCUUUACCAGCAAAGCUUUAUGAGCAAACACACUAUCCAGCCAGUUGUUCAGCUGGGGCACUUUAUCAAGUGGUUGCAGAUUAGAUUGUUGGAGCCCCUCCUGCCUGUGGUUCUGUUCUUGCCUAGAGGUGAGCGUUGCUGGACCAAGAAGAGUUAGGACUACAAUCUGACUCUUAGAACCAGAUGAUCUGUUGGUCUUGUUGAAGAGUUGCAGCUGGCCAGAUGGCUGGAGGAAGAUGUUUUUCAAAAGGCAGUCACCAGCCCUCCCCACCAGCAAAUCUACUCCCUAGUGAGGGGUCUAGUAAGAAGAGACAUUGCAAAUAAUAGCAGCAAAAAGUUUCAGAUGAAACAGCUUCUCCCUUCAUCUCCAAAAAAGAACUACUUGGUGCAGAAGCAGCCUGUGGUUUGUUUGUUUUUUGUGUGUGUGUGUGUGUGUGUGUGUGUGUGUGUGUGUGUCAUCCUGUGUUUGGUUUUUCCCCAGAUACCUCUUUUGGACAGAUUGGGGACAAGUCGCUAAAAUUGAGCGCGCAAACUUGGAUGGUUCUGAGCGCAAGAUAUUGAUCAACACUGACUUGGGCUGGCCCAAUGGGUUGACCUUGGAUUAUGAUACUAGGAGGUCAGUAUAACAGUCCCUUUCCACGUGCAAAAGUCAUUUCUCUGCUUUUAAGGCAGCCUGGAGCUUCUGCAUCACAUCAGUAAAGAAGUGCAAGAAGGAUGGGGAAUCAUUUUCUUUGGGAUGGGAGGUUAUGGUGGAGGUUGGUUUCACUUCUCAUACUUUCUGUUCUUCUAGGAUUUAUUGGGUAGAUGCUCAUCUAGACCGCAUAGAGAGUGCUGAUCUCAACGGGAAGCUGCGUCAGGUCCUGGUCAGCCAAGUAUCACAUCCCUUUGCCUUGACACAGGUACAAAGGACCUUGGUGGGAACUCUGCAAUGUCACUAGAUAGAUGAGCUCCCAAAGAAAUAGUAUAUUUUUUUUAAUUUCUGGGUGUUGGGAGAAGUUGGUGUUCUCAUUCUUCCUCCUGCCAUACACUGGAGAAAUGGUUUUGGUUGAAUAAACUUAUGUUACCUUUCUACAUGGUUUUUGUAUCUUCCUAAUCCUUUAUCUCUUCAUUUCUGAGCAGCAAGACAGGUGGCUCUAUUGGACAGACUGGCAAACUAAAUCUAUCCAGCGAGUGGACAAAUAUUCUGGUCGGAAUAAGGAGACUGUGUUAGCCAAUGUUGAAGGACUUAUGGAUAUCAUUGUAGUUUCUCCUCAAAGGCAGACAGGUAUAUGCAACAAUCUGGGUUUCCUCACUUUAUAUAUAAUGAGAGUCAACAGGGUGCAUCUUCCAAAAUAUAUUCUAAAUGUUUCCUGCAAAAAUUGCAACACAGAGAAUCACUUGUUCAGUCGCGCCCCCCCCCCCCCGCCGCCGCCCACUUGACCACAUCUUCACAUGUGCCUUCAUGACUCUAGGGUGUCAUGGGAGGAAGUGGUUGUGAGAAUAUAACAACUCCAGCUAGUAAGGCUGGUACAUGGAUAAUACGGCAUCAUGGACUUAGGACUGCUGUUGUGGAGUUACACAAUUUCCCUUCAAACUUGGAGGUUGGGUGAAGAUUUGUCAUACUAAAAACAGGAAUAAGGGGAAAUAUUUUUUUAUUUUAAUCUGGGAUAUUAGCUACCCCUCUCCCGUACUGUUUAAAUAAAACAUAGACUGGUAUGCAAAACCUGAGUCGUGCUAGACUGAUAUUGUACUCCAGCCUCAGAAAUCUGUGCCUCCUUUGUUGCUUGUGAACUGAGGUCAUCCAUCUUGUCUCUGAACACCUGUCAGGUUCUUUUAAGACAUCUAGUAGAAUGAAGACCAUUGGUAUUUAAAAUAGGCAUGGGGCAGAAACUUAGAAAUCACUCUGACAAAGCAUCAGAUUCUUUAAAACGUUGCUAUUAUCUACAUAUUAAAAAGCCAGUUUCAAAAGAAACCAAACUCCCAAUAGGGCCUGAUUAGUUUAGUUCUCAAUGGCUCCCAUUCAUUUCUAGGGGAUAUAGUAAAUGGACUGCAGUCUAGGACACAGGUGAGAAUGUCUAGGACAUUCCUUUGUUCAUUCCUUUAUAAGUGAAGGUCUGAUAUUAACUUUCCUUACCCUGUGGGGGGGGGGGGUAAGGAAAAUGGCUGGUUUAGAAGGGCUUUUCAAUAAAUAAGCUUGUGCGUGAGAGGCUUUGGUAAGAAUCAUUAUUCUUGACCAUCAGCCACUGUGUCUUGCUGAUAAGAAUGCGAAGCCCCCACAGUUGAGGACAGAAAACGAUGUUCUUCUGGUGGUAAUGUCAAAUACACUGUUUGCAUCUUUUAGGCACCAACGCUUGUGGAGUCAGUAAUGGAGGCUGCACCCACCUCUGUUUUGCCAGAGCUUCUGACUUCGUUUGUGCUUGCCCAGAUGAACCAGAUGGACGGCCUUGCUCAAAUGGUAAGUUGCUUGAGCUGCAGACCUUCAGACAGGAAUCGCGAUGUUUUUGCUCCUGCUUCAUGAGGACUUUUUCUGUGGCGUUUUUCCUGUGAAACCUAAAUAAGUCACCUUCAGAAAACAGAACAGCCUAGGCGGCAGAAUGCAGUCUAGUCAAAGCAUUCAGAUCAGUGCAAGAAAUCAUUAUCCCGUCUCCUCUGGACUUGGGCUCCUUAUGAAUUUGAAAACUUCUCUUUGAAAUUCCCUUCCGUUCUCCAGAUGUCCCAGAUGCAUAUUUUAGCAUUCUGGAUGGGUCUCUGACGAAUACAGUUCAAAGCAGUUCGUUGUAUUUCAUUGGCACUUUGUGUGCAGUAACUUUAAAAAUGUAUGUGCAUAUAACAUCGGGGAUGGUUGGAGAUUGGCAAAAUAAGAGCACGCCAAUAUUUUCUGCUGCUCCCAUACAGGCUGUAGCAGCCCAGUUAACCACCUGUAGCUACACUGCAGUUUUUGUUUUCUUAGGAGCAGAUCACUGUUAGAACCACAGACAGAACCUUAACUGCCUGCUGCUGCGUCUGGGGGAACAGAUUGCAGUUUCUGCAUUUCUGCAAGCUGCGUUUGGCUUAAUUAUCUCCCCUUCCUAAGCUUCUGUUUCCCUUUCUCUUUGCGUUCUGUGUAGUUCCUGGCAUGGGGCCUUCGAUUCCCGAGACCACUCGUGCAAGCAAAAAGAGCCAGACCCCCGCUGGUAGAUCUGGCUCUUCGACAACCAAACCCCAUAUAUCUUUGGAAACGACAGAAGCAAAGUGAGUGGCUUUAAAAGAUGAUUGUGACGAAAGGUGGUGCCGAGUUCCUCACUGACUCUCCUGCCCCAGCAAGGAGGAAAGAGACUAUGCAGGAAUUUUUGCACUUCUUAAUAGGAUGGUGAUAUUGGGGGGGGGGGGGCAGAGCUGUUCCAUUCAUGUGUACUGUUCAGCUACUGUAUUCUUUCCCCCUCCUGCAUGUCAUAUUAAAUGUGAUUCAAAAACACAUUGGGCAUCUGGACCACCCUUCCCCAAUCUGAUCUGUUGUCAAACCUCAUGUCCAGCUGCCUCAGUUGGGUUCAUUCUACUUGGCCAGAAGUUACGUUGCAGAGGUUUGGACUAGAUGACCCUUCCAACUCUUAAUUCUGUGACCUUUCACUACUUUCCUUUUCCCCCUGUGUAGCUGCUCUGACAAAAAGGUUGGCCAAGGCUUGUGCAGCCGAGCAAGCGAAGCUGUGCCGGCAACCACUGGUGAGUUUUGACAUUAUCCCGCAUUGCCCCAGGCUGCACCAGAUCUUUCUAUGUAUCAUGUUGGAGGCCCAGACCCAAGACCGAUAAACAAUAGCGUUACCAAGGCCUCAGUGUGGGUUAAAUGCAUGCAGAUUUAUUUUGGCUCAUAGCAAAGUAGUCAUGCGUUUGCCCAGCUACACACCCACUGUAGCCUUCUGGAAUGGAACGACUCAGCAAAUUUUGACUUCUAGUAAGGAGAUGUUGGUGUACAAGGGAGGGAGGGAGGGAAUCAAACCACUUUUAUUGCGAGUCCAAAUACUGCAUGAUAUAAUUUGGUCUUUGCUUAUCAGCCCUCCCCCCCAAAAUGCUAAUUAGUUACUUCCUGAUAAAAGGUCUUGCAAAAAUUUCUAGGGAAGCGUAAUGAAAUUAAAGAAGAAAAAGAGUUAUUGGGAAUAGGUGUAGAUGGUUUAGCUAAAGCAGAUCGGAAUUAUAAGCAACUCAGAUGAAUUUUAGGUUGCUUGUUUUGUUACCCAAAGGUGUAUACAACAUUUACACAAGUACAAAAUCAUUUCAUUCUUUUGGCUGACCAAACACAUGCAUCAAGAGUUAAAGAGAUGGGCUAAAGGAAAACACUCUUGGAAUGGAAGAAUUGCCAUGAUAAAAAUUAAAAGGCUGUCAAUAUUGUUGUUGCCUUUUCUGACUUUCUUGUAAUUCUGUACAAAAACUAGGGCCCCAUCAGCACUGUCAACAUGCACACAUAUUUACACACAGGAACACAGAAUGUCAUCCUCGAUCUAACCUGUUGCCCUCUUUCAGGAGGACUGCACGUCAGUUACAUAAUCGGAGGCCUUCUCAGUAUAUUGAUCAUUCUGCUGCUAAUUGGUGCUGUGAUUAUAUACAGGUAAUUUCCUUGCCCUAGUCCCUCUGUGCUUCUGAAUUCAUCUUUUUGUUGGAAUACUUCUGACAAAGCCCAGGCCUUCCUUGCUGUAGUUAAAAAUGCCUCAUUGGAACCAAUGCCAGAGGACAUAGGCAUGUUGGUCUGCAACAGAUGUGGUGGUGGCAUUCCUGGAGACGUAACGAGUAAAAAGCAAAGUUGUAACCAUAAACAAGGGAGGCUGAGAUGCUAAUGCUCCUAACUUACAGUUUUUGCAUAAUGUUGUGGACAGUUCCUCCUCCUCUCCCAUUUGCCUCUGAAAAAAUGACAGCAUUGGUUUCAGGGAGCAGUGAAGAGUAGUUUUAACUGCAACAAAUACUCGAUUCAAUUUUUGCCCUGUAGAAAGUUUUUGUUCCUGGGAAAUUGUUCAAAGGAAUCCUGUGGAAAUUUGCACAUGCCUUGGUUUGGUUCUUACAUAUUGACUCUUUGAACUCUGAACAUUUUGCAUGAAUGUGAUCUCUCUUGCUUAUCAGUGGAAUUGCCCCUGAUUUUCCCACUGGCAUACAAGUAAAUAAAUUUUUGCUGCCUCCCAUGAGUGCAGUUGUGAUUUGCUAUCUGGGAUGUUUGCUAUCUGAUAUAAAAGACUUACUUAUGGUUUGAGAAAGGAGAAAAUACAAGACCAUAGUUAUUUUUUUCUGAUAGAGUAGUAGUGCAAAGUAGGGCUUUAGCAGUUGAGGCUCUUUGUUGACAGUUGUAUUCCUGCAGGCACAAGAAGUCCAAGUUCACAGAUCCUAGCCUGGGCAACCUUACCUACAGUAACCCCUCUUACCGGACAUCUACCCAAGAGGUAAAGAUUGAAACAGUUCCCAAGCCAGCCAUGUAUAACCAGCUAUGCUAUAAGGAGGUAAGAGAUGCCUUUAGAAUGAGUCAUCUGUGUCAAGCCACUGUGGUUUUAAACAUCAAAUUGCAAUAAGCCUAACUAAUUUGUCUUAUUCUCAUCAGUCCUAGCUACCCUAAAGAACCCUGUCCUUCACCUCUCACAUUAUUAGAAAGCCACUGACAUGACUCAUAUAAGUUAACCAGCAAUACUAUUUAUUUGAUGCUUUUGUCUUGGGGCACCUGUUGCCCAAAGGAAAUGAAGAGUUCACUUAUUCAGAGUUUUAAUUCCUCUAUUCAGCCAAAAAAAAAAAAAGGAGUCCAGAGUGGCUUGCAAAUCACUGCAACAAGACAGUCCCUGCCUCCAGGCUUAAAAAGAUAUGGCACAAAGGAAAAAUGGAUUGGGAGAGAGGAGGAAGUGUGAGACAAAUUCUUAGUCACAGUUUCUGUUAAUGGCCAUUGGGAGUGGAAAAGUUAAUGGAGAGGAGGUGCCAGAAGUUGCUGUCCUCCCAGCUGUUGGAGUGGCCCUGCAUCCCUUCCCUUCCAUCCUCUGCUGCAGCCUGAUGGCAGGCGACAGUUGAUGGAGGGAAGAGUCAGACUUCUCAGCAGAGCUCGGGGUGCUGCUGCUGCUGCUGCACCUCUUCUCUUCCCCUUCUCUGGUUCAGGCUGAUGUAAGAUGACACACUCCCAGUUCCCACCCCAGUGCCUGGUGGGAUCCCUGUAGUUCAGUAGUCCUGAAUGGCUGUAUGCAGCUAGACAGGUGCGCCUGUGCACUGCAUGGAUCGCCAGUGGGAGGGAGAGCAGACUAAUGGAAAAUUGUUGCAUUUGGAAGGGCACAUGAUGGGCUGUGAUGUCUCAAAGCACUUAGUCUCUCUGUCUUUCCUCCUCAGCAUCUUUCUCACCCCCCUGAUAGCCUUUCACCAUUCCUCUUUUGACCUGCCCACAGCCUCAUAUCAGGUAUCACAGCUCUGCAUUUGUGCAGCCUCUGCCUGCCUUAUUCCUGUAGUGCUGAUGAGUGGCCUAAUGCUGUCUUAUAUUACUUGCUUCUUGGCUGGCUUUCUCUCCCUCUCUUUUUUGUGUGUGUGAGUGUGCGUGCGUGUGCACACGCACCCCUGAAAUACUUGUGUGUUUGUGUGCUGGGAAAGAAAAGUGUUUUUGCCUUGGUUAAGUAAUUUGAAACUGCUUAAAACUUUACAAAAUAUUUGUACCCCACCAUCAUACAUGUGCAGGGUAUGAUCAGUAAAGAGGUUUUCCCCCUCCUGGAAUUGGUGAAGCACAGUUAUUGCUAAUUUUCCUUGCCUCCAUGUUUCCUUGCCUCUAAUUUUCCUCUCCUCCAUGUCAAAUCUGUGUGCACCUUGCUGUUUUUAUGAGAGUGUUCUUUAAAUCUUUGCUAUUUUAACAUAAUUACUGGUUGGACUGAUCUGUGCAGCGCUUCUUAACUUCAGUGUUUAUACCCAUCAGACACAUUAUACCCAUCAGACACAUUUGAAUUAACCAGGGUUGGCUUCUGUGUCCCACUCAAAUAUAGACAACAUUUUUCAACUAUUUCCACUACAUUUCCUGUACUUUGGAACAAAGCUCAGGAUACAGGAGGGUGACUUUAAGAAGCAUCUAGUGCACCCCACCAGAUGCUGUUGGACUCAGACUCUUAUCAUCCCUAGUCAGCAUGGUCAACACCAUGUUGGUGUUGGUGUAGUGGGAGACAUCCUUCUAAGAGUCAGUGCCUGCAUUCUCAUAAUCUAAUCGAUAGUGGCUAUUCUGGAGCUGAAUCUUAAGACAGUUUCCUAGUUUAAUGCUUGAUUUCGCCAGUGCUCCUUUUCACUACCCAUGAUUUGGGAGAUAUUUCUUGUCCUCCCAAUUUAUUCACUACCUUUAUCAUCUUUUCUUUUCAUGAGUUGAUGGGAUGCACAGUUUGUAAUGGAAUUGCCAGUAACAGCUGGUCUGCUAGGAAACGCAGCGCGUGAUGCAUCUAGAUAGUAUUUCAUGCACGCAGACAUUCGAGUCUGGCAAACCUGUGAAAGCUAGCUCUCUUUUCUGGUGUUCCACCCCAUGACCCUGGGAUUUUUGCUCCCUUUCUUAAGAUAGGUCAGGGACCUCCACAAAGAAAGAAAGAAAACGCCCGUGUGGUAUGAAGAUAGGUGUCGAUAGCAUUUUUGUCUCCAGUGGGUGGGUAUUGCUAGCUUUUGAAAUCUACUUUUGCACCAUAUUUGGGGGGUCAGAAACUGUUUUUUUCUUGCCUCUGUUCAGUCUGGCUAGUGACCUUCUUUCCUUCCCUCCCCUGCUGUGCCCACUAUUACCAUAGUGUGUGGUUACACCUGGUUAGUUGGAGCACCUGGAGUCAUUUUCUCUGUAAGCACUUCCUGCUUCGUGGCUGUGUGGGCUUGGUGGGUGAACGGUCCUGUCUAUCAAGCAGAAAGUUGCAGUGGUCAUCUCUUUAGUCCCUCCCAAGUGUACAAUGUGACUUUGUUCACAUAGCAGGAAACCGCCUCUUGUGAGUUUCCUGCGCUUCAGUGUUCUGUCACCUGCUUUUUGCUCUUCAACUCGCAUGUCUCAUGUUAUUGUCUCUGUCCACAGGCCGGCCCUGAUCACAGUUACAGCAAGGAAAAGAUCAAGAUUGUGGAAGGGAUAUGCCUCUUGUCCAGCGAUGAAUCGGAGUGGGACGACCUGAAACAGAUACGGAGCUCUCGGGGGUGUAUCCUCCGUGACCACGUCUGCAUGAAGACUGACACGGUCUCUAUCCAAGCCAGCUCCGGCUCGCUGGAUGACACCGAAACUGAGCAGCUGCUGCAGGAGGAGCAGUCAGAAUGCAGCAGUAUCAACGCGGCAGCGACCCCUGAGCGCCGCGGCUCCCUUCCAGACACAGGCUGGAAGCACCAACGCAAACCCUCAACAGAGAGUGAUGUCUAA